GAGCAUUCCCAGCCUUGCCUCGGGUGUAGGGAUUGCAAGGGAAAAAGCAAAACUACACGGAUAAGACCCUGUGUAGUUUUGUUUUUUGGGGAUAGUUCGAGGCUCAACCGUUCUCACACUGUGUUUUCUGAAAUCAUAUCUGGAUAAGGACUUUGUUUCAGAAGACAAAACCCUUUGGGCUCCGUCCCUCCAAUUCAAGGCACUCUUGUGGAUACAAGGUGCCUUCCACCAUGUCGACACAGGCACCAACAUUUACACAGCCGCUUCAGAGCGUUGUGGCACUUGAGGGUAGUGCUGCAACGUUCGAAGCUCAAAUUAGUGGUAAUCCAGUUCCAGAGGUGAGCUGGUUUCGUGAUGGCCAGGUUCUUACUGCUGCCGCUCUGCCCGGCGCUCAGAUCUCGUUCAGCGAUGGCCGCGCUGUUCUGAUGAUCCCCGCUGUGACAGCCGCACACAGUGGAAGAUUUUCUGUGAGAGCCACCAAUGGUGCUGGACAAGCCACUAGCACUGCUGAACUGCUGGUUACAGCUGAAACUGCGCCACCAAACUUCAUUCAGAGACUACAGAGUAUGACUGUGAGACAAGGGAGCCAAGUGAGACUAGAUGUUCGAGUGACAGGAAUCCCUGCACCUGUGGUCAAGUUCUACAGAGAGGGAGCUGAGAUUCAGAGCUCUGCUGACUUUCAGAUUGUUCAAGACGGAGACCUUUACAGUUUGUUGAUUGCCGAGGCCUUCCCAGAAGAUUCUGGAACUUAUUCCGUCAGUGCUUCUAACAGCAGUGGACGUGCAACUUCAACUGCUGAGUUGCUUGUUCAAGGUGAAGAAGAAGCUGUACCUGCAAAGAAGCCAAAAACGAUUAUUUCAGCCUCUCAGAUUUCACAGACCCGACAGACUAGAGUGGAGAAGAGGAUGGAAGCUCAUUAUGAGGCCACAGCCAUGAUGCACAUGCAAGUAGAGGGUGGGGUUGUGACCAAACAGCUGGCACAUAAGACUCCACCUCGUGUGCCGCCUAAACCAACCUCCAAAUCCCCCCCUUCACAAGUGACUAAAGUGUCAGCUGCUCGCCAGCAGUCUCCCUCUCCUGUGAGGCAUGUUAAGGGCCCGACACCCACUCCUGUCAGAGCUGUGUCUCCAUCUACCAGACUGUCUGUUUCCCCAAUCAGACCAGUCAAAUCCCCUGUGAUGACCCGCAAGCAGGUCACGCAGGCCUCUGAGGUUCUGCCCCCGUGGAAACAGGCGGGGUAUGUUUCAGAAGCCAGCUAUACCCGCAUGAUUGCUGGAGCAAAACAAGUCCAGACAACCUCUACCCAUGUCCAAAUGGAACAGCGUUGGGAAGGCUCUGUUGCUGUUCAGCAACAAGUUGGUGCUGUCAAAGAGGGUGAUGGGAAAAAAGCAGAAGCCGUGGCCACUGUGCUUGCUGCUGUUGAUCAUGCACGUAUACGAAAGCCCACGCAUGCUGAAGGGGCUCAGUUGGAAGAAGAGGCUGACUUAAGACACCAGGAAAUGCUAGCAACUAAGCAACAGGUCACAAGUAAAAAGGAGCUGUUGCUAAUUCCCACUGAAAUGCCAACUUCUACUACCGAGAAGAGUGUACAUGUCACCCAGAUUCAAAGAACUACUGAGGUUAGCUCCAAGGUGGAGACUGACCUUGCACCAUCCCCAGUUCCACAUUUCACAGUAUCAAAAGUUACUGUACCAAAACCAGAUCAUAGCUAUGAGGUUUCAAUAGCAGGUUCUGCUAUUGCCACACUACAAAAAGGGUUAUCCUCAACAACUGCAGCUCAAAAGAUCAUCAAGCCUGUCAAGCCUCCAACACAUAAGAUUGUGGAGACUCGUGUGACCCCAGAGCCGACUCCUCCUCCUUUUAGAGACACUGCAGAGAGAUAUCAGGCUCAUUUUGAAACAGAGUUACACAGAAAGAUAGGCGUUUCAUUUGCUGGGGAAGAAUGGGACACAAAGGUUGUUGAGACUGCAGCGAUCCCCUCAGCUAUCAAAGAGCCUGUAGUGCCCCCUACGUUGAUGGCAGGUUUGAAGAAUGUGACUGUCACAGAGGGAGAGUCUAUCACUCUGGAGUGCCAGAUUUCAGGCCACCCUACCCCAGCCAUUAUGUGGUUCAGAGAGGAUUACAGAAUUGAGCACUCCAUUGACUUCCAGAUCACUUAUGAAAACAGCUAUGCCCGCUUGGUGAUCCGUGAGGCCUUUGCUGAAGACAGUGGCCGCUUCACUUGCACUGCUACCAGUGAGGCAGGAACUAUUAGCACCUCAUGCUACCUGCUUGUCAAAGUGUCUGAGGAGAUUGAGAGCAGAGAGGACAUUACUGUACAGGAGAAACAGACUGUCAUUGAAGCCAAAGAGGAGACCAUUUCUGAAAUAAGUGCGGUCUCUGUGGAAACUGGAGCACCUGCUGCUCCUUUCUUUGUGAAGAAGCCAGUGGUUCAGAAGCUGGUCGAGGGGGGCAGUGUUGUCUUUGAGUGCCAGAUCGGAGGAAGCCCUAAGCCCCAUAUUUACUGGAAGAAGAGUGGAGUUCCACUCACUACUGGAUACAGAUAUAGAGUUAGCUAUAACAAGGAUACAGGGGCAUGUAAGUUGGAAAUUUCUAUGACAUUUGCUGAUGAUGCUGGAGAAUACACCAUCUUUGCCAAGAACCAACAUGGAGAGGUGUCUGCUUCCACGAGCCUUCUUGAAGAAGAGGAGUUUGAAGUCUAUAUGAAGAAACUGGAUGUGACAUAUGUAACGGAAGUGACGACAGUAGUGCAGGAGCCCAAAGUGGCAGAUGUGCCCCCUGUAGUUGUAAGCGAAUAUGAAAAAGAGAUGAUGCAAAGGAGGAUGGCUCAGCAAACACAGAUGAUGCAGUCCUUCAUCUCAGAGACGGAAUUUCAAAUAUCUGCAAUUGAACGAAAAAUAAUCCAAGAGAUUGAAAUCCGCAUCCUUAAAAUAACUUACCGAGAACUGGUGAUUGAGGAUGGUGAGGAGAUGGUCAUGAAUGUUGCUGAGCAUGAGGCUGUCGGAUCCUCAUUUAGCACUCCAGUCAAAAGCUACAGAAUUCUGGAAGGAACGGGUGUUACUUUCCAUUGCAAGAUGGAAGGAACACCAUCACCAAAGAUUGCCUGGUAUAAAGACGGUAAGCGCAUUAAGCAUGGAGGCCGCUAUCAGAUGGAGGUUCUACAAGAUGGUAGAGCUAGUCUGCGCCUACCUGUGGUGUUGCCAGAAGAUGAGGGCAUCUAUACUGCAUUUGCUAGCAAUAUGAAGGGUAAUGCUGUCAGUUCUGGAAAGCUCUAUGUGGAGUCCACAGCAGCUGCUCAGCCUUACUACCCACAGGCCGAAGCUGUGAGGAGAGUCCAGUCUACAUCUCCAAUGUCUGCUCGCUCAACUAGUUACUCCCCUGGCCGUUCCCCUGCUCGCUCUGUUAGCCGUUCUCCUGCUCGUAGACUUGAUGACACUGAUGAGAGUCAACUGGAGAGGCUAUAUAAGCCUGUCUUUGUACAGAAGCCAUCAUCCUUCAGGUGUUCUGAAGGACAGACUGCAAGGUUUGACUUAAAAGUAGUUGGAAGACCUAUGCCCGACACUUACUGGUUCCACAAUGGACAACAAGUGGUCAAUGACUACACCCACAAGAUUGUGGUAAAGGAGGAUGGUACUCAGUCAAUGAUUGUGGUUCCUGCCAUGCCUCAGGACUCCGGAGAGUGGACAGUUGUUGCUCAGAACAGAGCUGGAAAGACUACAGCAUCUAUGACUCUCACUGUAGAAGCAAAGGAAAAUUUGGUCCGACCCCAGUUCAUUGAAAAGCUAAAGAAUAUCAGUGUUAAGGAAGGAAGUUUGGUUGAGUUGGCAGUAAAAGCCAUUGGAAACCCCCUCCCUGACAUUGUCUGGCUGAAAAACAGUGACAUCAUCUCUCCUCAUAAAUACCCUCACAUCAAAAUUGAGGGUACCAAAGGACAGGCACAUUUCCAGAUUCCUCAGACUGCUGGCUCUGACAGUGCGUGGUACACAGCCACAGCCAUUAACAAAGCUGGCAGAGAUACCACUCGCUGCAGAGUCAAUGUAGAGGUUGAGUUCACCGAACCUGAACCAGAAAGAAGACUCAUCAUUCCCAAAGGAACAUAUAAGGCAAAGGACGUUGCUCCACCAGAAAUUGAACCACUGCAUCUUCGCUAUGGUCAGGAACAGUGGGAAGAGGGUGACCUCUAUGACAAGGAAAAGCAACAGAAGCCACACUUUAAAAAGAAGCUUACUUCAGUCAGGCUGAAGCGAUUUGGACCUGUGCACUUUGAGUGCAGACUGACCCCUAUUGGUGACCCAACUAUGGUUGUUGAGUGGCUGCAUGAUGGCAAGCCACUGGAAGCUGCUAACAGACUGCGUAUGAUCAAUGAGUUUGGCUAUUGCAGUCUUGAUUAUGAAGUUGCUUAUUCCAGAGAUAGUGGCAUCAUUACUUGCAGAGCUACCAACAAAUUUGGUGCUGACCAGACCUCGGCUACACUAAUUGUGAAGGACGAAAAGGGUCUAGUGGAGGAUAGUCAGUUGCCAGAAGGUAAAAUGCACAGAAUGGAUGAAAUAGAGCGAAUUGCCCAUGAGGGCGCACCCUCAGGAGUAACUGGAGAUGACAUGACAGAGAAGACCAAGCCAGAGAUUGUCUUGCUCCCAGAACCCAUAAAAGUAUUCGAGAGUGAAACAGCCAAAUAUCGUUGUAGAGUGACUGGUUACCCCACUCCCAAAGUCAACUGGUACCUAAAUGGACAGCUCAUUCGAAAGAGCAAACGAUUCAGACUACACUAUGAUGGCAUUCACUAUAUGGAAAUCACUGACUGUAAGUCGUAUGAUUCUGGAGAAGUCAAAGUAUUGGCUGAGAACCCAGAGGGUACAGCUGAGCACACUGUCAAGCUUGAAAUCCAACAGAAGGAAGACUUCCGGUCAAUUUUGCGCCGUGCUCCUGAGAAGGCUCCAGAGGCAUCUGGCCCUGAACCUGGCAGAGUAUCUUUCGAUGUUGUGAAGGUAGAUAAACCCACAGAGGCUUCACAAGCAAAAGAAGUUGUCAGACUGAGGAAGGCUGAGAGAGUUGUUCAUGAAAAAUCCACAGAAGAGACAGAAGAGCUGCGAAGCAAAUUUAAACGCAGGACUGAAGAGGGCUAUUAUGAAGCCAUAUCCUCAGUUGAGAUGAAGUCUCGCAAAAAGGAUGAAGCUUAUGAAGGAAUGCUAAAGAAGAGAAAAGAAGAACUUCUGCACUGGACCAAAGAGUUGUCUGAGUCAGAAAAGAAGAAAGAGGAGGAGGAAGGCAAACUUAAAAUUCCUACAAUCAGACCUGAGAAAAUUACACUCUCUCCCAGCAUGGAGGCUCCAAAGAUCUUGGAAAGAAUUCAGAGCCAGACAGUGUCUCUGUCUGAUGAAGUUCGCUUCCGUUGUAGGGUUGUUGGUAAACCAGAUCCAGAGUGCCAGUGGUUCAAAAAUGGCAUUUUACUUGAGAAGUCAGAUCGUAUUUAUUGGUAUUGGCCCGAGGACCAUGUCUGUGAAUUAGUAAUCAGAGAUGUCUCAGCUGAGGACUCUGCUAGUAUCAUGGUCAAAGCCAUUAACAUUGCUGGUGAGGCCUCAAGCCAUGCUUUCUUGUUGGUGCAAGCCAAGCAGCUUAUAUCUUUUACCCAGACACUGGAGGAUGCCUAUGCUAAAGAGAAAGACACAAUGGUAACCUUUGAAUGUGAGACAAACGAGCCAUUUGUCAAAGUCAAAUGGAUGAAGAACAAUGCCGAAAUUUUCUCCGGAGACAAAUACAGGAUGCACUCUGACAGAAAGGUGCACUUCCUAUCUGUGCUGAUAAUCGACAUGCAAGAUGAUGCAGAGUACACUUGUGCUUUAGUUGAUGAUGACCACAUAAGAACUUCUGCCAAACUCCAUGUUGAAGGUGCACCAUUGGAAAUUAUUAAAAAUCUGGAGAGCGUUGAAGUGCCUGAGACAUACUCUGGAGAGUUUGAAUGUGAGCUGUCCCGUGAAGAUGCUGAAGGCACCUGGUACUUUGAGAAUAAAGAAGUUACGCCAAGCCUUAAAUAUGUUGUAUCCUCUCGUCGUGGCCGACACUCCCUGUCUGUAAAAGACGUUAGGAAGGAGGACCAAGGCAAAUACACUUUUAAAGUGGGUGAUCUGAAGACAAGUGCCACACUGAAGAUGAAAUUGCGUCCUGUAACUCUGAUGCAAGGCCUCUCUGAUCUGACAAUUUGUGAGGGUGAUAUUGCCCAGCUGGAGGUGCGAUUCUCUCAGGAAAAUGUGGAGGGAACAUGGAUGAAAAAUGGCCAGCCCAUCUCUGCCACAGACAGAAUUCACAUUGUCAUUGACAAACUUGUCCACAAACUUCUGGUUGAAAAUGUCAACAGGGAUGAUGCAGGAAUCUACUCAUUUGUUGUUCCUAUUCAAAACAUUUCUACAACCGGAAAACUUACUGUCCAAACAAUUGAAAUCAUAUCACCGCUAAAGGAUGUCCGUUCUAUAGAGGGUACGAAGGCAGUACUAGAAGCUAAAAUCUCUGCCUCUGAUGUUGCUUCUGUGAAAUGGUACCAAAAUGACAAGCUCCUUGUGGCUAGUGAGAGAAUCCAGAUGGUUGCCAAAGGAACCAAACAGAGACUAGUUUUGAAUAGGUCCUUUGCUUCUGAUGAAGGACACUAUAAGAUGGUUGUCGGCAGAGUGGAAACAGCUUGUAAACUUACUAUUGAGAAGGUCAGCAUCGUCAAGCACAUGCAGGACUGUGUGUGCACUGAAACUCAGAAUGUCACCUUUGAAGUAGAAUUAUCCCACACUGGUAUAGAUGCCUAUUGGACCUUCAAGAAUCAGCCUCUCAAGGCUGGACCCAAAUACAAAAUUGAGUCCAAAGGGAAGCACUAUAGCCUGACCAUCAUCAACGCUAUGAAGGAUGAAGAGGGCCAGUAUACAUUUGCAGCAGGCGAAAAGACAUCCAGUGCAAAACUAACUGUAUCAGGUGGAGCUAUAAACAGACCACUCCAUGAUGUGACUGUAGCAGAAUCCCAAACUGCUGUUCUGGAGUGUGAGGUUGCCAACCCCACCUCUGAAGGAAAGUGGCUUAAGGAUGGCCACUCUGUUAACUUUAGUGACAAUGUCAGAAGUGAGGAUAUAGGUGCAGUCCGCCGACUUGUCUUUGUUAUCACAAGACCACAAGAUAUUGGGGAGUACACCUACCAAGUGGCAAACUCCAAGACAUCUGCCAACUUAAGGGUUGAAGCUGUGAAGAUCAAGAAAACAUUGAAGAACCAAACAGUCACCGAAACCCAAGAGGCAGUGUUUAGUCUUGAACUGACUCAUUUAGAUGUGAAAGGAUCCCAGUGGAUCAUGAAUGGAAUAGAAAUUGUCCCUAGUGACAAAUAUGAGAUAACAGUAGAUGGAUUGGUUCACACCUUAAUGAUCAAGAACUGCAACUCCCAAGAUGAAUCAGUCUAUGGAUUUAAACUGGGAAAACUCUCUGCUAAUGCCAGACUGAAUGUUGAAACUGUUAAGAUUGUGAAAAAGCCGAAAGAUGUGACUUCCCUGGUCAAUGGAACUGCCUCUUUUGAGCUGAGUUUAUCCCAUGAUAACAUACCUGUUCAAUGGAUGUUCAAAAACCAAGAGCUGAAACCGAGUGCCAAUGUUCAAAUAAUGUCUGAAAGAAAAGCACAUAAGCUGGUCAUUCAGAAAGUUGAUGAAAGCAGUGAUGGAGAGUACACAGCUGUAGUUGGACAUUUACAAUGCAGCGCAUAUUUACAUGUUGAAUCUUUGAGAGUCACAAAGCCCCUGAAGAACAUUGAGGUUCCAGAGACCCAUGUGGCCACGUUUGAAUGUGAAGUUUCACAUUUCAAUGUUCCAUCCACCUGGCUGAAAAAUGGAGUUGAGAUUGAGAUGAGUGAGAAGUUCAGGAUUGUGGUGCAGGGCAAACUGCAUCAGCUGAAGAUCAUGAAUACCAGCAGAGAUGAUUCUGCAGAAUACACUUUUGUAUGUGGAAAUGACAAAGUCUCUGCCACCCUGACAGUUAACCCUGUCCUCAUCACAUCUAUGCUCAAAGACCUGAAUGCACAAGAGAAGGACACCAUCACAUUUGAGGUGACCGUCAACUAUGAAGGCAUCACCUACAAAUGGCUGAAGAAUGGUGUAGAAAUCCGAUCCAGUGAUAGAUGCCAAACUCGCACCAAACAGUUCACUCACUCGCUCACUAUCCGAAAUGUUCACUUUGGGGAUGUUGGAGAGUACAAAUUUGUGGCUGGAUCUGCUGAAACCGCAGCAAAGCUGUUUGUUGAAGCUCGUGUCAUCGAGUUCACCAAGCACAUCAAGGACAUUAAAGUUACUGAGAAGAAGAAGGCCACUUUUGAAUGCGAACUCUCUGAGCCCAAUGUCCAAGUAACAUGGAUGAAAGAUGGUCAGGAACUUGAAAUAUCAGAAAGGUACAAAGUGUCCACAGAGCGACACAUGCAUCGUCUUAUGAUCCAAACUGUGCGAAUGUCUGAUGCUGGUGAAUACUCUGUGGUUGCUGGAUCUAGUGUAUCGAAAGCUACCCUCACAGUUGAGGGCAAGGAUGUGCGUAUCAGUGAACCUGCCGAGAAAGAAAUCACCGUACUUGAGAAACAACGAGCUACGUUUGAAUUUGAAGUCAAUGAGGAUGACAUUGAGGGUCGCUGGCUAAGAAAUGGAGUCGAGAUCCAGUUUUCUGUAGAUCAGCGCUUCAACUAUGCCGUUAUUAGAAAAAUUCAUCGCCUGACAAUCACAGAAACAUACAGAAGCGAUGCUGGAGAAUACACAUUCAUUGCUGGAAAGAACAAGAGUGUUGUGACCCUACAUGUUAACAUCCCUGAGCCUCCUCAGAUCAUCAGGCACAUGGAGCCCCUGUCUGUUGAGGCUGGCAAACCUGCACGUUUCUCUGUGGAAGUGAAAGGAAUUCCUCAGCCUCAGGUAUCUUGGUAUAAGAACUCUCAGGCCCUGUCUUCUGGGUUCAAGUGUAAGUUCCUGAGGGAGGGAAAUGAGCACACAUUGCUACUUAUCGAAGUCUUCCCAGAGGAUGCGGCUCAGUACAACUGUGAAGCUAAGAAUGACUAUGGAGUAGCCACAAGCUCUGCGUCACUUAAUGUGGAAGUUCCAGAAGUUGUUUCCCCUGACACUGGAGCACCACUGUCACCACCUGUCGUCAUAACACCAAUACGCAACACUUCUGCCAAUGAAGGACAAUCUGCUAGGUUCCAAUGUCGUGUCUCAGGGGAAGAUCUGACAAUUACUUGGUAUUGCAAAGAUAAGGAGAUCAAGCAGUCUGAUGUAUUCAGAGUGUCUCAGUUUGAUGAAAACUGUCAGCUGGAGAUCACCAGAGUUUAUCCUGAGGAUGAGGGCGAGUACACAUGUGUUGCCCGUAACUCUGCAGGAAUGGUCUCCUGUUCUGCUGUACUGAAAGUGGACGUUACAAAAGCACGAGAGGAGAUUGAAGCAAAAAUUGAGGAAGAGGUCAAAGUGCCACCUGUUUUCAGGCACAAAAUUAAAAAUCUGGAGGUCAGUGUUGGCAGUCCUGCAAAGUUCGAAUGUGAGAUUGAGGAGGCUCCAGGUGUGACCUUCAAGUGGUUGAAGUCUGGUUCUGAGCUCAGACAUAGUGACAAAUGCAGGAUUAUCAGUCGUCUUCACACCUCAUCUCUGGAGAUAUUUAGCCCAACAGUCGCUGAUAGUGGAGAAUUUACCUGCAAAGCUUCAAACCGCCAUGGAAGUGACAGCUGCUCUGCUAAACUAAGUGUGACAGAAAUGUUCCCUCCAGAAUUUGUAUCAAAGCCUGAUUCGAUGACUUUAUUUGUGGGAAAGCAAGCAAAAUUUAAAUGUGUUAUUUCUGGUUCUGAACCAAUGAAUGUUGUCUGGCACAAAGACAAUAUUGCCAUUUCACUUGAUGAUCACUGCAAAGCGUCCUCUGACAAGAACAAGUAUUUUCUUGAAAUCUUGAAUUUACAACAAAGUGAUCAGGGAUCAUAUCUUUGCAAAGCUUCAAACAGUGUUGGUACAGCUACAUGCUGUGCUGAACUGAGGGUUGUAGACAAACCCAACUUUGUGAAGAGCUUUGAGGCAACCACUAUUGCUGUGGGAAACCCACUACGUCUUGAGUGUCAGGUAGAUGAAGACAAUGGGGUUUCCAUCACCUGGUUGAGAGAUGGCAAGAAACUCCAUACUACAAUGGACUGUAAACUAGCUUUCGAGGAAAAAAUAGCCUGUCUUGAUAUUCAAAAGGCUAAACUCAAAGAUACAGGUUCAUAUACCUGUACUGCUGCCAAUGACGCAGGAAGCAGCAGUUGCUCUUCUAGUGUGACAGUGCAAGAACCUCCAGUCUUUGUUAAAAGGCUGGAGCCUAAGAUCUUAUGGAAACAAGGAAUGUCAUCACGUCUGUCGUGUACUGUCAAAGGAUCAGCUGAACUCCACGUGACUUGGUUUUCGAACGACAAACCACUUAGUUCCUCUGAAAAACACAAAAUAACUUUCAAAGCUGGCCAAGCCACUCUUGAGAUUAUUAACUUAUCUGAGUCUGACAGUGGAAAUUACACUUGUGAAGUGAUGAAUGAGGCUGGCUGUGAAAGCUGCACCUCUCAAGUAACUGUAAAAGAACCUCCUGCAUUUAAAAAGGAGUUGCAAAUGGUGGAGGUAGUCAAGGGGAGCACAGCCCAGCUUGAAUGUGAAGUUACAGGCACUGCUCCAUUUGAGGUGACCUGGUUUAAGAAUAAAAACCCAGUAUCCUCUGACAAGAAGUAUAGUAUUGUCUCAAAAGAGACAGUUGCAUAUUUGGAAAUCAAAUCAUUUGAAAGUGCAGAUGUUGGAGAUUACCAGUGUUGCAUUUCUAAUGACGUUGGCAGAAUAACUUCAAAAGCAGUGGCAAAAUUGAAAGACCCACCAUUGUUUGUAAAGAAAGUUGAGAACACCACUGCAGUUUUAGGCAGUGCUGUGAAACUGCAGGGAACUCUGAAGGGUUCUGCUCCUAUCACAGUUCAGUGGUUUAAAGAUUCUGAGAUAGUCAGAGAUGAUGAUCCUAAUAUUACCACGACUUUUGAAAACAACAUUGCUAUUCUGGCAAUAGCAAAUGUGGCCAUUAACCAUGGGGGGAAAUAUACUUGUCAAGCUGAAAAUGAGGCUGGAAAACAAAAAUGCGAGGCCACUGUAUCAGUUCAAGAACCAGCUAGAUUUGUUGAGAAACCGCCAUCCAUCAGUGUGACUGCAGGUGACUCUGCAACUCUCGAGUGCAAAGUUUCAGGGAGUCCAGAUCUCAAAGUAAAAUGGUUCAGAGAUGGCAAAGAGAUUACAGGAAGUCGAAAAUGCAAAAUCUCUUUCAAAGAUAAUGUGGCAGCCUUGAAAAUCCUCUCAGCAGAGAGGGGAGAUAGCUGUGAAUACAAAGUUGAAGUUUCUAAUCGGGUUGGAAAAGAGCAAUGCUCUUGCUCAAUUGUUGUUCUUGAUAAAAUAAUACCCCCAACUUUCACAAAAACACUUAAGAAGGUAGAUGGUAAUGUUGGAGGUACUAUUCAGUUGGAAUGCAAAGUGUCAGGAUCCCAACCUAUAACGAUAUCUUGGUUCAAAGAAGGAAAGGACGUUACAACUGGAACAAAAUAUAAAACAGAAAUGCAGGAAAGCACUGCAAUACUGAAAAUAACUGAUUUAGAGACAUCAGAUGCUGGGGUUUUCACCUGCCAUGCAACUAAUGCUGCAGGACACAGUGAAACAAGUGGAACUGUUUCUGUUAAAGAACCCCCAGUCUUCUCUUUGAAACCUCAAAACCAAGAUGUUAUACCAGGAACUACAGUUGUCCUAACAGCUGCAUUCACUGGGACAGCACCUUUUAUUAUUAAGUGGUUCAGAGAAGACAAAGAAAUGUUAACUGGAGGAACUUGCUUCAUCAAGAAAGAAGCCAACUCAAGUUCACUGGAGCUGCACUCUGUGAAGCCAUCUCAGUCUGCAAAAUACACAUGCCAAAUUUCUAAUGAUGCUGGAAAGGUCUCAUGCACAGCUGCCUUAUUUGUGAAAGAACCUCCAAAAUUUGUAAUGAAACUUGACUCGACUAAACUAGCAUUGAAUGGGAGUCUUGCAACUAUGGAAUGUAAAGUCACUGGCAGCCCAGAGAUCAGUAUUAGAUGGUAUAAAAAUGAAACUGAAAUGAGCUCAAAUGAUAAAUACCAAAUGACCUUCAUCGACUCAGUUGCUACACUACAAAUUUCCAAUUGCUGUGUUGAAGACAGUGGAGAUUAUAUCUGCCAAGCAUCAAGUGAAGCUGGCAGCGAUAGAUGCAGUUGCUUGGUUACAGUCAAAGAACCUCCCGAAUUUGUGAAACCUUUUGAAUCCAAAGAAAUUGUUAAAGGCACAGAUGUUGCGCUGGAAGGAACAGUGUCAGGCUCAGCUCCCUUUGAGAUUUCCUGUUUCAAAGACUCAAAGCAGAUCCGAAAUGAUAGAAGGCACAUCAUAAGCCUGACAAAGGAUGUAGCAGCUCUUCAGAUUUUGAAAUUUGAACCUGGGGAUGCUGGCAAAUAUCAGUGCACUGUAGGAAAUGAAGUAGGGCAGACCUCCUGUGAUUUUCAUGUUACUCUGAAAGAGCCACCAUCAUUUGUGCAGAAGAUGGAAAAUACAAAUGUCCUGCUUGGUGGUGAGGUUUCCUUGCAGUGUGUUUUGAAAGGGUCAUUGCCUAUGACCGUCUCUUGGAUGAAAGAUGACCAUGAGAUCAAGGAAUCUGAGCAUGUUCUGAUAUCUUUUGAGAACCAGACAGCAGUGGUAUACAUUUCUAGUGUGCAGUUAAAACAUGGUGGAAAGUACACUUGCCAUGCACAGAAUGAAGCUGGUAGUCAGAAAUGUACAGCAGUAUUGGCGGUAAAAGAGCCUGCAAACAUCACAGAGCAAGCCAAGUCCAUCAGUGUUACAGUAGGUGAUCCUGCCACUCUAGAAUGCAGAUACUCUGGUUCUAAAGUUCUUAAAGCAAAAUGGCUAAAGGAUGGCAAAGAGCUGACAUCAAGCAAAAAAUACAAAGUACAGAGCACUGAUACAAGCUCCAUAUUAAAAAUUCUUUCUGCUGAAAAGAGUGAUGGUGGAGAAUAUAUCUUUGAGAUUUCAAAUGAUGCUGGAAGAAGCAGUUGUGAGGCAGUUGUGACUGUUUUAGAUCAAAUAUUCAAACCUUCCUUCACAAGAAAAUUGAAGGACAUGGAGAGUAUAAAAGGAUCUUUUGCACAGUUGGAAUGUCUGGUCUCUGGAUCUCUUCCCAUAACUGUCACUUGGUUCAAGGAAAAUAAGGAGAUCGAGACAGAUGAGAAGCACAAAUGCAUAUUCUUUGAGAGUGCAGCAUCUUUGGAAAUCAGUCAUCUUGAUAGCUCAGACAGUGGCAACUACACUUGUAUUGCUAAAAACCAAGCAGGCACUGUUCAGUGUUCGGGCACGCUGAAGAUCAAAGAACCUCCGGCAAUCAUUGAGAAGCCUGAAUCACAAGACGUUAUACCAGGAUCCAGAGUGCAGUUUAAUGUGCUUGUGUCUGGCACGCCACCACUGACCAUUAAGUGGUUUAAAGAUAAGAAAGAGGUUUCAUCUGGGAUUGACUGUUCUGUUCAGAAAAAUGACACCUCUAGCUUACUGGAGCUCUUUUUUGCUAAGCCUUCCGACUCUGGAGACUAUGUCUGUGAAAUAAGUAAUGAUGUUGGAUCAGAUGCUUGCCAAGCAACACUCCUCGUGAAAGAACCCCCCAAAUUUACCCGCAAACCUGAAAAAGUAACAGUGGUAAAACCAGGCCAAUUGGUAGUUUUUGAAUGCCAGAUUACAGGCACUCCAGAGAUAGACACAUACUGGUUCAGAGAUGGGAAUGAAAUAAGUCCAAGUGACAAGCAUAAAAUGACUUUUGUCGAUUCUCUUGCACGGCUUGAGAUAAGUAGCAGUGAUAUCAAAGACUGUGGAGUAUACUACUGUGAAGCCCGGAAUGAGGCGGGCAGUGAGAGCUGUAGUAUGGAACUAAGAGUGAAAGAGCCCCCAGUUCUUGUCAAGCCAUUGAGUCCUCUUGAGGUUGUGAAUGGCUCAAAUGCGUAUUUUGAAUGUCAGGUAAAAGGCACAGCUCCUUUUGAGGUGACCUGGCAAAAAGAUUCAAAGGACAUUAAAUCAAGCCUCAAGCACGUGAUUUUGCAGAAGAAUGGUUCUAUAAUGACUCUUGAUGUACAGAAAUGUGAUGCUUUAGAUGUUGGAGAAUAUCAGUGCAUUGUAGCAAAUGAAGUUGGGAGUUGUUCAAGUCAGACUACACUCAGCAUAAAAGAGCCCCCAUCGUUUGUGGAGAGGAUUGAGAAUGUUGUCACAGUUCUUGGAAAAAAGGUUGAAUUUAAAUGUGUUGUAAGAGGUUCACCACCUCUGUCCAUACAAUGGCAGAAAGAUGAAAACUGGAUUUUGGAGGAUCCUUCAAUUGAGAGGACAUUUUUAAACAGUAUUGCUACUUUGAGAAUCCCUGUGUGUGAGUCCAUCCACAGUGGAAGAUACACCUGUCAGGCUGUGAAUGAGGCAGGGCAAGAAAAGUGUUUUGCUACCCUUGUGGUUCAAGAGCCACCUCAGAUAAUUGAAAAGCCAGAGAUGAUUAAUGUCACUGCUGGAGAUCCAGUAAGUUUUGAGUGCAAAGUUACAGGCUCUCCUGAACUGAAAGUCAAAUGGAUUAAAGAUGGCAAUGAAGUUAUGCCUUCAAGACAGCACAGCCUAAGCUUCAUCAAUAAUGUCAGCCAACUUAAAAUUCAGUCUGUCCAGUUGGAAGACAAAGGAACUUAUGUGUUUGAGGUUUCCAACCACAUCAGUGUCUGCCAGUGCAAAGUGACAUUAAACGUGCUAGAGCAAAUAAUCCCCCCAUCUUUCAUUAAACCUUUGAUGGAGAUGGAGGAAAUUCUGGGCACAAAUAUUCAAAUUGGAUGUAAAAUAUCUGGCUCACUCCCCAUAACUGUGGAGUGGAUGAAGGACGGGACUAAACUGUCAGGAAGAACCAAACAUAAACUUCUUAAGGAUGACAACAGCGUGUCUUUGGAAAUUGAGUGUUUAGAGAAAGCCGACACUGGAACGUAUACUUGUAAACUUACAAACAAAGCAGGCAGUUGUGAAUGCAGUGGUACACUGAGGGUGAAAGAGCCACCAAGCUUUGUGCUGGUUCCAGAAUCACAGGCUGUCAUACCAAAUACCACUGUUCGGUUUAAGAGUACCUUUAAGGGAACAUCUCCCUUCACAGUGAAAUGGUUCAAAGAUGACACUGAGCUGAUUUGUGGACCUUCAUGUUUUACUGGCCUGGAAGGCCUCUCAUGCUUCCUAGAUCUUUUUGCCGUUGGAAUAUCACACAGUGGAACUUACUCUUGUCAAAUAAGCAAUGAUGCUGGUACCGCUAAAUGCACCACAACCUUGUUGGUAAAAGAACCUCCAGAGUUUGUACAGAAACUGCCAGCUGCAAAAAUCAUGAAGAUGGGAGAGCGACUCCAGCUUGAAUGCAAAGUUACUGGCACAGCUCCUCUGAAAAUUAGCUGGUACAAAAAUGACGCUGUACUCAGCGAUGGUGGCAACAUGAGAAUGACUUUCGAUAACUCUGUGGGAGUCCUUGAAAUUUUCAAGUGCAGCUUUGAGGAAAAUGGAGUCUACACCUGUGAAGUCCAGAAUGAUGCUGGAACUAAGAGUUGCAGUACCACACUCACAGUCAAAGAACCACCAACUUUCCACAAAGUGCCAACACCAGUUGAGGGGCUGAAGGGCAAAGAUGCCAGUCUUAACUGUGAGCUGAAAGGCUCAGCACCUUUUGAGAUAACCUGGUUUAAAGAUAAAAAACAGUUAAAGGAGAGUAGGAAGUAUAAAUUUGUGUCUGAGGGAUGCUCUGCAACUCUCCACAUCCUUGGACUGGAAGCAUUAGAUGCAGGGGAAUAUGAGUGCAAAGCAUCAAAUAAUGUAGGAAGUGAUUCCUGCCAGGGCACUGUAAAGCUAAGAGAACCACCAGCGUUUGUGAAGAAAUUAUCCAACAUUACAGCCAUCUCUGGUGAGGAAGUGGUUUUGUUGGCAACGGUCAAAGGCUCGCAGCCUAUGACUGUGUCUUGGGUUCAGGAUAAAGACCACAUUCUCAGGGAUGGUGACAACAGGAAAAUUACAUUUGAGAAUAAUCAGGUCACCCUGAAGAUCUUUAAAGCUGACUCUACCACUGCUGGAAAAUAUACAUGUCAGCUCAAAAAUGAUGCUGGAGUAGCUGAAUGCACAGCAAACCUAACUGUCCUAGAACCUGCAGCAAUUGUGGAUAAGACAGAGUCAAUCAGUGUAACCGCUGGUGACACUGCAGUCUUAGAAUGCACUGUAUCUGGAACUCCAGAACUUAAACCAAAAUGGUACAAGGAUGAUGUGGAGUUGUCUUCAGGCAGAAAAUACAAAAUCACCUUCUCAAAAAUGAUCUCCAGUCUUAAGCUAUUGUCAACAGAGAAAAGUGACACUGGAGAAUACACAUUCGAAAUCAAGAAUGAAGUUGGCAGUGAUAGCUGCAAAAUGCACCUCACUGUUUUGGACAAAAUCGUUCCUCCUUCGUUCUCACGAAAACUGAAGGACACACAGAAUAUUGUUGGCAAAACUGUUGAAAUGGACUGCAAAGCCUCAGGGUCUGCACCUCUCACCAUCUCUUGGUACCAUAAUGAAGAGGAGAUUAAAAGUGGACCGAACUAUGAGAUUACAUUCGCUGAGAAUACCUGCACAUUGAAAGUGCCAACUCUGAAACUUUCAGACUCGGGCACAUACAAAUGUAAAGCAGUGAACAGUGCAGGAACUGCAGAGACAUUCGCUUCCUUAGUUGUUAAAGAACCCCCCUCUUUUGUGACCACACCUCAACCGGUGGAAGCCCUCCCAGGCACAAAUGUCACCUUUACAGCAACCGUUCAAGGAAGUACCCCAAUGAAACUGAAAUGGUUUAGAGGCAGUAAGGAAAUAGUGUCUGGGAGAAGCUGUGAGAUUGCUUUAAGAGGAGAUAAUGCAAUUCUGGAGCUCUACAACAUUGAUAAAUCUCAUGCUGGCGAGUACACUUGCCAGAUCAUUAAUGAUGCAGGGAAGGAAAACUGCACAGUGAACCUUUUUGUUAAAGAGGCUGCACACUUUGUCAAGAAGCUCAAGAACCUGUCUGUUGAAAUGGGCAAGUCUCUGAUACUUGAAUGUACGUAUGCGGGAAGCCCAAAGAUUCUUGUGAAAUGGCAUAAAGAUGGCCAGGAGAUUUACUCCUCUUACAAGUACAACAUCACAACCACUGAGAGCUCCUGCAUCCUCGAGUGUCUAAACAGUGAUAAAGAGGCUGCUGGAAAAUACACUUGUGAGGUUUCCAAUGAUGCUGGACACGACACUUGUGAAGCAGCAGUGUCCAUCUUAGAACCACCUAUCUUUAUUGAGAGUUUGGAGCCCAUGGAGGUCACUGCAGGUGAUGCAGUUUGUCUGAAAUGCCAGAUUGGUGGCACUCCUGAAAUUAAAGUGUCAUGGUUCAAGGCAGAUGGCAAAGUGCGGUCUUCUCCAACCUGUAAGAUGGAGUUCUUCAAAGGCACUGCCUGCCUGAAACUAGCUAAAGUUGCCAAAUCUGACAUUGGUGAAUACACAUGUAAGGCAGAAAACAGCAUAGGAUCUGCCUCUUCCAGGUGCCUCUUAACUGUACAAGAUGUGAAAACACCACCGUCUUUCCCUAAAAAGAUUACUAGCAUUACGCAAAUUGAAGGACAGCCUGUCCAGUUUGAGUGUCGUGUUGCAGGAUCCUCUCCUAUGGAGGUCUCUUGGCUCAAAGAUGGUGAAGCUCUUAGGAGCGAUUCAGAAUACACAAUGUUUUUUGACGAUAACUCUGCUGUCCUAAAUAUAGUCAAAGGUGAAAUGAGACAUUCUGGAGAAUACACUUGCAUUGCGACUAAUAGUGUUGGAACUGCUUCUUGUAGAGCCAAGCUCACACUUCAAGAGCCAAGAUAUCCACCUGUGUUUGAUAAAAAGCUCAUACCUGUGGAUGUGACAGUGGGAGAUACUGUCGAACUGGAAUGCCACAUGACGGGAUCAUUGCCAAUAAAAGUUACUUGGUCCAAGGAUCACAAAGACAUCCGCACAGGGGGCAAUUAUAAGAUAUCAUGUGUGGAUAACACUCCACAUUUGACAAUUUUGAAAGCUGAUAAGGCAGACUCUGGUCGUUAUUCUUGCCAUGCUAGUAAUGAUAUUGGGAAGGACUCUUGUUCUACAGAAGUUUCUGUGAAAGAACGCAAAAUUCCACCUAGUUUUACCAAAAAACCUUCAGCAACUAUUGAGGACACUGAGGGCAAAAUAGUGAAGAUUGAGGGUCGUGUAGCUGGAUCACAGCCCCUGACUGUCAACUGGUAUAAAGAUGGCACGGAAAUCUUCACCUCUGACUGUUAUGAUGUAACCUUCAAGACCAGCCUGGCUGUCCUGUGCAUCAAAAAAUCUCAGCUGUCAGAUAGUGGAACGUAUAUGUGCAAAAUCUCCAAUGAAGCUGGCACGGCCUCUUAUGAAGUAUCCGUUAAGAUUACAGAGCAAAAGGUACCACCAAGCUUUGACUUGCCUCUUAAACCAGUGACUGUGACUGAGGGUGAGACACUUACCCUCAGCUGCCAUGUACGUGGAACUCCUCCUCUCAAGAUUCAGUGGAUGAAGGACAGGCAGGAGCUUUCUUCGUCUGAAAAUACUAAGAUUACAUUUGUUGAUGGCACUGCCACAUUGGAGAUGAUCCAUGUAUCUAAGGCAGAUACUGGGGAUUAUCUCUGCAAAGCAACCAAUGAGGCUGGUAGUGAAUUCUGCAAGUCUAAAGUCACUAUCAAAGUUUCAGAGAAACCAGGAGCUCCUGCCCCAGCACAGGCAGCCCCUUCACCACCUGAAGCAGUUAAAAAGUUGGACAACCUCUUCUUCAUUGAGGAGCCAAAGAGUGUCCAUAUCAUUGAGAAAGGUACAGCUACCUUCACUGCUAAAGUUGGUGGUGAUCCCAUUCCCAAUGUGAAAUGGAUGAAGGGCAAAUGGAGGCAAAUGACUCAUGGUGGUCGCGUCAGUAUUGAACAAAAGGGCCAAGAGGCCAAGAUGGAGAUCAAAGAGGUGACCAAAUCUGACUCUGGUCAGUACAGAUGUGUUGCUUCAAACAAACAUGGAGAAAUUGAGUGCAGCCCCAACCUGAAUGUUGAUGAGAAGAAAGAGACCACUUUAGAAAUGGUGAAACUGAAGAAAACUCCAUCUAAGCAGAAAAGCCCUAAAGAGGAAAAGGAUAUUGACAUUGUUGAGUUGCUUAGAAAUGUUGAUCCCAAGGAGUAUGAGAAAUAUGCUCGCAUGUAUGGCAUCACAGACUUCCGGGGUCUCCUUCAGGCUAUUGAGUUUCUGAAGAAGGAAAAAGAACACGAAAGUGGAAGACCGGAAGUGGAAAGUGGUGCAAGAGAGUCUGAGGAGGAUUUGGCUAAACUUGUUGCCGAUUUGCAAAAGAGGAUGGAACAAACUGAGCCUGUCACUGUGGUACGUGACAUCACGGACCAGACAACUACUGUUAAGAAGGAAGCUGUGUUUGAAUGUGAAAUCAAGAUCAACUACCCCGAAAUCACACUGUCCUGGUACAAAGGAACCCAAAAACUUGACAGUAGUGACAAGUAUGACAUCAAAAUUGUGGGUGAUCGUCACAUCUUAAAGAUCAAGGAUUGCCAGAUGAGAGAUGAGGGCAAUUAUCGUAUUGUGUGUGGCCCACAUAUCUCCAGUGCCAAACUGACAGUGCUGGAUGCUGAAGUGGAACAGCGUAUGCAGGAUGUGGCUGGUAAGGAAGGCCAAACUUGUGCAUUGACUUGCCAGUUCUCUGUACCUAAUGUAAAAACCCAGUGGUUUAAAAAUGGGAAGCUUUUAGAACCUCACAGCAGAUACACAUUUGCUGUGGCAAAUUACACUCAGAAGCUCUCAAUCAAAGAUGUUAGACCUGAAGACCAAGGAGAAUAUACCUGCAAAUACAAAAAUCUUGAAACGACUGCAAAUCUUUGGAUCGAAGCCAAGCAAAUACAUUUCACCAAACGCAUCCAGAACAUUGUGGUGCGAGAACAUCAGUCAGCCACUUUUGAGUGUGAGGUGUCUUUCGACAAUGCUAUUGUAACAUGGUAUAAGGACACUUGGGAGCUUAAAGAGAGUCCCAAAUAUACCUUCCGAAGUGAAGGGCGACGCCACUUCAUGAUCAUCCGCAAUGUUACCUCUGCCGAUGAAGGCGUGUACUCGGUCAUUGUCAGAUUGGAGCCCAGGGGUGAGGCUAAAAGUACAGCUGAGCUUUACCUGUCAGGCAAAGAAAUUGAUAUAGAAAGGGUACCUUAUGACAUCCCAGAUACAUCAAUACAAGUGCCUGAAGCAGCUGCAUUAACCAUUGAAGCUGAAUCUUCCAUGGGAUAUUACCAUUACGAAGAAAAAAUGGAAACACAAGAGUAUGUGAGCUGGACAGCGGAGAGUGUUGUAGAGGAAAUAUCAGUAACAGCCCCAAGGGUGCCAGUCGAAGAGGCUGUCAGUAGAAAAACCCUGGGAAUGAGAGAGGUGGCUCCAACAACAGAAUUCGAGGAACCUGAGCCAUCUAAACCAGUGGAGCUAGUCCCUGAAGUACCUGUGAAAGCCAAAAAGCCUGUGGAAGAAAUAGUUACUGCAGUUAUAUUGCCAGAGCCAAUUGAACCCCCCACAGCAAAAGAAGUGCCACAGCCAGCAGCACCUGUAGCUCCUGUGCCUUCUGCACCUGAGCCUGAAGAGCCUAAAGCUGCACCAGUAGCUGAGCCCAAACCAGAACCAAAGCCUAAGCCUGAGCCUACACCUGUGAAAAAACCUGAGCCACCCCCAGCCAAAGUUCUUGUGGAGGAAAAGCCAAAACCAACAAUUCAAGAACCACCAAAGAAAGUGCCAGCUAAACCCCAUGAAGCCAUAGCAGUUCCAGUGGAAGAACCGCCAAAGAAAGUUCUUGUGGAGGAAAAGAAGCCAGAACCACCAAAGAAAUUGCCAGCUAAACCUGAUGAAGCCAUUUCAGUUCCGGUGGAAGAACCUCCAAAGAAAGUUCUUGUGGAGGAAAAGAAGCCAGAACCACCAAAGAAAUCGCCAGCUAAACCUGAUGAAGCCAUUGCAGUUCCGGUGGAAGAACCUCCAAAGAAAGUUCUUGUGGAGGAAAAGAAACCAAAACCACCAAUUCAAGAACCACCAAAGAAAAUGCCAGCUAAACCUGAUGAAGCAAUUAAAGUUCCAGAGGCAGAACCUCCAAAGAAAGUUCUUGUGGAGGAAAAGAAACCAAAACCACCAAUUCAAGAACCACCAAAGAAAGUCCCAUCUAAACCUGAGCAAGUGAUUACAGUGGAAGAACCUCCAAAGAAAGUGCAAGAACCUUCCAAGAAGCCAGAGGCCCCUCCGUUUUUGCCUACACAGAGAGAAGACUUGAUUGAGGAAAUAGGUUAUAAGAAACCAGAUGCUGCUGUUCACAAAUUAGAAGAUAAAGAGAGCAAGGUGCCUCAGAAGCAAGAGACUGUUGCUGGUAUCAAAAAGGAAGAAAUUACAGACAAACUACCUACAAAAGAGACUGUUCCUAUCCCUAAAAAGCAGGAAAAGCAAGAGGUACCCCUUCCUUCUAAAAAGGAUGAGGCAAUUGAACCUAAAAAGAAAGUGGUUCCUCUUCCUCCUAAAAAGGAUGAAAUUGUACCUCAAAUGAAAGAGGUUCCUCUUCCUGCUAAACAAGUUGAGGAAAUAUUACCUAAAAAGAAAGAUGUUCCUCCUUCUCCUAAAAAGGAUGAAGUUGUACCUCAAAAGAAAGAGGUUCCUUUUCCUGCUAAACAGGAUGAGGAAAUAUUAUCUAAAAAGAAAGAGGUUCCUCUUCCCCCUAAAAAGGAUGAGGCAAUUGAACCGAAAAAGAAAGUGGUUCCUCUUCCUCCUAAAAAGGAUGAGGCAAUUGAACCUAAAAAGAAAGUGGUUCCUCUUCCUCCUAAAAAGGAUGAAAUUGUACCUCAAAUGAAAGAGGUUCCUCUUCCUCCUAAAAAGGAUGAAAUUGUACCGCAAAAGACAGAGAUUCCUAAAAAAGAUGUGCCUCAAACUGUACCUCAAAAGAAAGAGGUACUUCCCACACAAAUUUCAGAGAAGAAAGAAGAAAAAGACAUUUUCUUCAUGAAAGAAAUUACACAUCUACAGAAGGAAGUAAUAGCUCCUGCACAAAUUGUAGAGAUGAAAGAAGAAAUAGAAGAAAUUUUCUUCAGAGAAGAAAUUGCACAGAGGGAAGUAUCCCUUAAAUCAAAACUGGAAGAGAAAGAAGAUAUUUUACCUAAAAAGAAGGAAGUAGUUGCUCUCACUAAAAAAGAAGAGGUUGUAAUGACUCAAAAGAAAGAAGUUCCUCUUCCUGCUAAAAAGGAUGAAGAAAUUGUACCCCAAAAGAAAGAGGUGACCCCUACAAAAGUUACUUUGGAUUCAACAAAAUCUACAACAGAAGAGCUACAAAGAAAGCCGGAUACAAUUCUUUUUCUACCAAAGAAAUAUGAGAAGACCGAAGAAUCCACUUCUGUCCUGAGGAAGGAUGAAGUCACACCAUCAGACAGUCAGAAAAUUGCAAUGAAGUCUCUUCUGAUGGAAGAAACUUCAAAAGAGGACGACUCUCAUCGAAAAGCUGUAUCACAAACAGAAAUACUGUAUGACAGAAAACAUGGCAAAGAAAUUGAUGAUUUACAAAUUUCAAAACUGGGGGGGGAUUCUUCAAAAGAAAGUAUAUUGACUUCAGAAGAAUUUAGGAUGAGUGAAACAUGUUCUGGUGAUGAACCAUCUAGACCACUUGUAAUGACAGCAGAGCUAGAGAAGAAACCAUCUCCAGAGAAGACACCUGUUUCUGUGAAAGAAGUCACAGCCCCAAAAGUUGAAAAGAAACAUUCUCCAGAACCUGAAAGAAAGAAAGAACCUUUGCUAGAGACUGUUUCCCCAACAGUUAAAGAGGUCGAUAAGAAAGCUGAAGAUAAACUCAUCUCUAAGCCCAAGGAAGAGAAGAUAAUUCCAACAAAAGUACCUACACCUAAAGAACCAGAGAAGCUAAAGCCUGCUCCAAAGGAAGAACCGGUACCAAUUGUCCAAACCGUGGAAGAUGGUGAAAAGGAACCAGUUUCUGCACCUGCUCCAGGAAAGAAAGGAAAAGUUCUUAAAGUGAAGCAAGAAGAGGGACGAUUUGAAAUUCCCACCUUAAAGAAACCUACAAGAGUUUCUAAAGAUAAAGACAAAGAUCAGGAAAUGGUAAAACUGAAGAAAGUGCUCAAACCACAAGAGGAGGAAUAUAAAGAGAGUCCCAAAGUGUAUGCUGAGGCGCAUACUGAAGUUAUGAUAACUGAAAGUUAUGAGGCAGAAAUGCAUUUUGAGACUUAUGAAGUGACUAAGAGAGUUGAGAAAAUCCAACCUGAGGUAGACAAAAAGAUGCCUGAUGAACCUGAGCAAGCACCACCUCAAAUAAAACCAGAAACCGAAUUAGAAGAAAAAGCGAAAAAGACACCAAUUGGAAAGGUUCCAAAAAAAGAUACACCAGAGGAGCCUGGCUUAGCUCUGAAAAAGGUUAAAAAGUUACCAGUAGAAACAAAAGAACAAGAAUCUGUCAAAUUAAAGCCAUUUGAGAAAACUGUAAAACCGCCAAGUGAAACCGAAAAAGACACCAAAAAAGAAGAAAAAGGAAGAGAACCUAUAACUUUUGACAGAAGUAGGGAACCAGUUACUUUUCAGAAAGGAGACCGACCUGAAAAGGAUGAGAAGCCAAAAGAACCCGAUAUCCUCACGAAAAAAGAAGUGCCCUCCGUUCCUGACAAAAAGGUGCCUGAUGAAGUUGCUGUUAAACCUGUAACCAGACCUCCCAAAGAGGAAGCACCUACAGAGCCUGAAGAGAAAUUAUUUAAAGGUAAAGGUAAAAUUCCAUCUAAAGAUCAGGAGCCUGAUGUGGUUCAACUAAAAUCAAUUCCGAAGAAACCUUCAGCUGGAUCACCAAAAGAAAAGGAGGUUCCAGAGCCAAAAGAACGAAAACCAAUUGAGUUGUCACCACUUACUAGGCCACCAAAAGAUGAAGUUAAAACAGAACCAAGUAUUCCACCAAAAAGAGUUGACAGUCAAGAAACUCCAGAUAAAGGUAAAGAGGUUGAGAAGAUACCAACUAUUGUACCAGUAGAAGACAAAAAGGCACCGCUUAAAAAGGUUACGCCGGUAAAGAAGGAGCUUACACCAAAGGAGGCUGAGAAGAAGCCAAUAGUCACCAAAAAGGGUAUUUUACCCAAAGAGGCUGAGAAGAAAGAAGAUAUAAUUCUAAAACCAGCUGAGCGUGCAAAGAGUGCAGUAGAGCCUGAAAAGAUUCCUUCGCCUAAGGUUGAGAAACCAAAACCAACUGAACCAGUCUCAGUGGAGAGGAAGCCUAGUGAGGAUUUAGCAAAGAAGCCAAAGAAAGUUUCACCCAAAGACUCGAUUGAAGCUGUUAUUUUGAAGAAAGUACCUCAGAAGGUUUCACCUAAGGAGGACAAAUCUGAAGAAACUCCUCAGAUCCCUGAAAAAGAGGAGAUUCCAGUCAAAAAGGAACUGUCUCCUGGAGCUGUAGAGUUAAGAAAAGUGUCAACUCAGUUUGAAGAAGAACUGUUUGAAGAAGAGGUUGAGGUUGAAUUUGAAGCGGAAUAUGAAGAUGAAGAAGAAGCAUGGGGAUGGGAGGUUGCUUCUCGAGAGAGUUAUGGCUCAGAAGGCUCUGAAGAAAGGUAUUUGGAGGAAGGGGCGCUUGAGACUCCUGGGAUGCCAGGGGGUAGACGAGAGGGAAAGCCUAAAGAGGAAGCUGGAAGAGGCAGAGGCUUAAGACCAAGACAAACUCCAUCUCCUGGUGAUGCUGGAAGGGGUAGAGGGCUGAAGCCUGGUGUUGGUGGUGAUAAGCCUCCAGGAGAAUCACCAUUUGGUGCCCAGCUCAAAGCCGUCCCCUUGAAGUUUGUGAAGGAGCUCAAAGAUAUUGUGUUGCAGGAGGCUGAGUCCAUUGGCUCCUCUGCUGUAUUUGAGUGCCAGAUCUCUCCAUCUACUGCUAUCACCACCUGGAUGAAAGAUGGAAGCAAUCUAAGGGAGAGUCCAAAGCACAAAUUCACAUCUGAUGGCAAAGACCGCAAACUGGCCAUCAUUGAUGUACAGCUUUCAGACACUGGGGAGUACACAUGUGUUGCAAAGCUUGGCAACAAGGAGAAGACCUCAACAGCUAAACUUAUUGUUGAAGAGUUACCAGUGAAGUUCACAAAGAAUCUGGAGGAGGAAAUGUCUGUGAUUAAGGGACAGCCAAUGUACUUAACCUGCGAGUUGAGCAAAGACAGGGAUGUUGUCUGGAAGAAGGACGGAAAAGAGCUCAAGCAAAUUGCUGGCAAAAUUCAAAUCAGUGUUAUUGGAUUGCAGCGCUCUGUGACAAUCCAAGACACAAAUGACGAUGAUGCCGGUGUUUACACUUGCGAGUGCGAGGACAUCAAGACACAAGCCAAUGUCAAAGUCAUUGAAAUAAUCAGAGAUUGGUUAACAAAACCUUUGAGGGACCAGCAUGUGAAACCAAAGGCUACUGCCACAUUCAAGUGCGAACUGUACAAGGAUACUCCUAACUGGAAGUGGUUCAAGGGAGAUGAAGAAAUUCCCACUGACCCUACAAAUAAGACUGAGCUGAAAAAGGAUGGAAAAGAUAUCACGCUUACAAUCAAGAAUGCGCAACCUGGUGAUGUUGGAGAAUAUGCCAUAGAAGUUGAGGGCCGCAGAUAUGCAGCAAAACUCACUCUUGGAGAGCGUGAAGCUGAGAUCUUGAAGCCUCUUGCUAGUGUGGAGGUGGUUGAGAAAGAGGAGGCCAGCUUUGAUACUGAAAUUUCAGAAGAUGAUGUGCCUGGAGAAUGGAAACUUAGAGGGCAGGUUCUGACAAGAUCACCGACGUGUGAUAUCAGAGCUGAAGGAAAUAAGAGAUCCCUUACAUUGAAAAAUGUUCAACUUGACCAGGCUGGAGAAGUCUCUUACCAAGCUUUGAAUGCUAUCACUACUGCAAUGUUAACGGUCAAAGAGAUUGAAAUGGACUUCACAGUCCCAUUGAAGGAUGUUACUGUGCAUGAAAAGAAACAGGCAAAGUUUGAAUGCACGAUCACAAAAGAUGUGCCUAAAGUCAUGUGGUUGAGAGGAUCUGAUAUUAUAACACCAGACCAAAAAUAUGAUAUCAUUGAUGAUGGAAAGAAACACAUGUUGGUCAUAAACCACUGUGAAUUUGAGGAUGAGGGAGAAUAUACUAUUGAGGCGUUGGGUAAAACAUCAACAGCCAAACUGACAGUUGAGGGUUUGCGGCUGAAAUUCAUCUCACCGAUAUCGGAUCAAACUGUUAAGGAAGGUAAAACAGCUCGGUUUGAGCUUGAACUGUCCCAUGACAAUGUACCAGUGACAUGGUACAAAAAUGAAACAAAACUGCAUCCGAGCAGAACUGUACUUACGCAUGUUGAUGGAAAGAAACAUAUAUUAGAAAUCAAGAAUGCCACUCUAGAUGAUACUUGCCAAAUAAAAGCAGAGGCUAAAGGAUUAUCAACAACAGCAAACCUGACGGUGCUAGAGGGAGAUGCCUACUUCACAGUUAAACUGCAAGAUUACACUGCAGUUGAGAAAGACGAGGUCAAUCUUGACUGCGAGCUCAGCAAAGAUGUUCCUGUGAAGUGGUUCCACAAUGAGACUGAAAUUAAAGCCUCCAAGAUGGUUACCAUGAAAGCUGAUGGCAAACGAAGAAUCCUGAACAUCAAGAAAGUUGAGGAAAAAGAAAAAGGAUUAUAUGUUUGUGACUGUGGAACAGACAAGACUUCGGCCACGAUGAACAUUGAAGCUCGUGACAUCAAAGUGGUGCGACCAAUGUAUGGUGUUGAGCUGUUCGAUGGUGAGACAGCUCGUUUUGAGGUGGAAAUUUCUGAAGAUGAUGUCCAUGGCCAGUGGAAGCUGCAAGGAGAAAUCCUCUCCUCAUCACCUGAUGUUGAAAUCAUUGAGGAUGGCGCAAAGCACAUCUUAACUUUGUACAACUGUAAAGUGUCCCAGUCUGGAGAGGUUUCAUUCCAGGGUGCCAAUGCAAAAUGCUCUGCCAAUCUAAAAGUGAAAGAGCUUCCCAUUACUUUUGUAACACCUCUGGCUGAUGUGCAUGUAUAUGAGAAAGAUGAUGCAAGGUUUGAGUGUGAGAUCUCAAGACAACCAAAGAGCUUCCGUUGGUUGAAAGGAUCUCAGGAGAUUACAACUGAUGAUAAAUUUGAGGUACUUCAGGAAGGCAAAAGACACAUUCUGGUAGUCAGAUCUGCUGCCUAUGAGGAUGAAGCUAAGUAUAUGUUUGAGGCUGAGGACAAGAGAACAUCUGCCAAACUUGUUAUCCAGGGCAUCCGUCUUGAGUUUGUCAGACCCAUUAAAGAUGUCACUGUUAAAGAGCGUGAGACUGCAGAAUUCAGCAUCGAACUCUCUCAUGAAAAGGUUCAAGUCACCUGGUACAAGAAUGACGUGCGUUUGCAUCCAAGUAAAGUGGUACACAUGUCAGAGGAUGGCAAAACCCAUACUCUGUCCUUCAAAGAGGUGUCUAUUGAUGACACUUCUCUAAUUAAAGCUGAGGCCCUUGGGAAAACCUGUGAGGCAAUGCUCACUGUACUUGAGGGAGAACCUUACUUUACUACCAAGUUGCAGGACUACACUGCAGUUGAGAAGGAUGAGGUUGUCCUGAUGUGUGAAGUGAGCAAAUCAUCUGCUCAGGUGAAAUGGUUCAAAGACGGCAAGGAGAUCACUCCCUCUAAGAACGUCCUCAUCAAGGCUGAUGGAAAGAAACUUAUCUUGACAGUGAAGAAGGCAGAGAAGGCCAACAUUGGUGAAUAUGUAUGUGACUGCGGCUCUGACAAAACAGCAGCCAAGCUUAACAUUGAAGAGCGCGAUAUUAAGAUUGUCCGUCCACUGUACAGUGUGGAGGUCACAGAGACCGAGACUGCUCGCUUUGAGACAGAAAUCUCUGAGGAGGAUGUUCAUGGUAACUGGAAACUCAAAGGAGAUGCCCUGCACCAGUCACCGGACUGUGAAAUUAAGGAGGAAGGCAUGAAGCACAUGCUUAUCCUUUACAAUGUUCGCAUGGAUAUGGCUGGUGGUGUGGACUUCAGUGCUGCUAAUGCUAAAUCAAGUGCUCAGCUCAGAGUUAAAGCACGAGUGAUAGGCCUCUUGAGGUCUCUCAAGGAUGUAACAGUGACAGCGGGAGAGACAGCAACCUUUGACUGCGAACUGUCUUAUGAGGGCAUACCUGUGGAAUGGUUCCUAGGGGGUACAAAGCUGGAACCAAGUGACAGAGUGGUGCACCGUUCAGAAGGCAGAACUCACACGCUGACCCUUAGGGAUGUGAAACUGACAGAGGCAGGAGAAGUAAAACUCACUGCAAAGGACUUCGUGACACAGGCUCAACUCAUUGUAAAUGAACCUCCAGUUGAAUUCACCAAACCUCUGGAGGACCAGACUGUAGAAGAGGAAGCCACCGCUGAACUAGAGUGUGAAGUCUCCAAAGAGAAAGCAGAGGUCAGGUGGUUUAGAGAUGGACAAGAAAUUCGCAAAACCAAGAAAUAUGACAUGGUUGCUGAUGGCCGUAAAAGAAAACUUCUUAUCCAUGACUGCACACUUGAUGACUCAAGGACAUAUACCUGUGAUGCUAAACAAUUCAAGACUUCAGCCUUCUUAAAUGUUGAACCUCCACAUGUUGAGUUCACAAAGCCACUCCAUGAUGUUGAGGUCAAAGAGAAGGAAUCUGCCAGAUUUGAAUGUGAAGUGUCUCGUGAAAGUGCUAAGGUUCGCUGGUUCAAAGAUGGUAAUGAAAUCAGAAAAGGCAAGAAAUAUGAGAUCAUUUCUGAAGGAGUAAAACGUAUUCUCAUCAUAAGCAAGUCUGUCUUUGAUGACGAAGCAGAAUAUGAAUGUGAUGCCAGGACUUCCAAAACCUCUGGAAUGCUGACUGUCAUUGAGGAGGAGACUAGAUUCACAAAGAACUUGGCUAAUGUUGAAGGCACUGAAACCGACAGUGUUAAACUGAUAUGUGAAGUCUCCAAACCCAGUGCAGAGGUUACAUGGUACAAGGGUGACCAAGAGUUGCCUGAAGUUGGUAGAUAUGAGCAUAUUGCAGAUGGCAAAAAGAGAAUCCUAAUUAUUAAGGGCCUUCGUAUGGAUGAUGCCGGAGAGUACCACUGCAAACUGCCCACCUCACAAACCACAGGGAACCUAAGGAUUAAUGAACUUGCCGCUGAGUUUAUUGCAAGGCCUCAAAACCAGGAGGUGGUUGAAGGUGAAAAGGCAGAAUUUGUGUGCUCUGUCUCCAAAGACACAUAUGAAGUGAAAUGGCUCAAAGGAGAUACGGAACUUCAAUCAGAUGACAAAUAUGACAUAAUUUCUGAGGGCAAAAAGAGAGUUCUUGUUGUCAAAAAUUGUGAACUCAAGGAUGAAGGUGGCUUUGUAGUCCUCAUUGGAACCACAAGAGCCUCAGCUGAUCUGAUUGUGCUAGAAAAGCUUAGGAUUAUCACUCCUCUAAGAGACAUAAAGGCAAAUGAAGGACAAGAGACUGUCCUCAAUUGUGAAGUUAACACUGAGGGGGCCAAAGCCAAAUGGCUGAAGAAUAAUGAGACUUUAUUUGAAAGUAGCAAGUUCAUCAUGGUCCAGAAGGACAAUGUAUUCUCUCUGAGGAUCAAAGACACUCAAAAAUCAGAUGAGGCCAACUACACCGUUACACUGACCAACCAACGUGGUGAACACGCAAAGAGCUCUUCCAACAUUACUGUGCAAGAGGAAGAUCUUAGAAUCAUUGUUCCCCCUGAGGAUGUUGACACACAGGAGAAAAAGACCAUCAGCUUUACAUGCAAGGUGAACAUACCAAAUGUAACAGUACAAUGGAUGAAGGCAGGUCAGGAAAUCACUCUCAGCAAGAGAAUUCUCUAUCGUGUGGACAAGGACAAGCACACUCUGACCAUUAAGGACUGCAGCCUUGCAGACGAGGGUGAAUACAGUGUAGUUGCUGGUGCUGAUAAGGCAACAGCAGAACUGAUCAUCAGUGAGGCACCCGCAGACUUCACCGCUCAGCUCAGUGACCAAACUAUCAUUGAGUUUGAGGAUGCUGAGUUCACAUGUGAACUUUCCAAAGAGAAGGCCGAAAUCAAAUGGUACAGAGAUGGCAGGGAGAUCAGAGAAGGACCCAGAUACCAAUUUGAGAGAGAUGGCAAAACAUGUAGACUGUGUAUAAAAGAGUGCAGACCAGAUGAUGAGUGUGAAUAUGCCUGUGGAGUGGAUGACAAGAGAACAAGAGCCCGCCUCUUUGUUGAGGAGACCCCUGUGGAGAUUGUCAGACCACCCACAGAUGUGUUUGAGCCCCCAGGCUCAGAUGUUGUGUAUGAAGUUGAGCUUAACAAAGACAAAGUUGAGAUCAAAUGGCUGAGGAACAACAUGACCGUUGUUCAAGGUGAUAAGUACCAGAUAAUGAGUGAGGGUAAGAUUCACAGGCUUCAAGUGUGUGAAAUCAGGCCACGUGAUCAAGGCGAGUACAGAGUCAUUGCCAAGGACAAAGAUGCCAGAGCCAAGCUUGAGCUUGCUGCCGUGCCAACAAUUAAAACCUUGGAUCAAGACCUGGUGACAGACGCUGGAAAGCCAUUUGUUAUGGCAGUUCCUUACAAUGCUUACCCACAGGCUGAGGCUGAGUGGUUCUACAAUGACAUCAGUCUUCCAAAAGACAAUGUUCACACUUCUGUUGACAGGACAGAAUAUAGGCUAAAGGACCCAAAGAAGUCAGAGGAAGGCCGCUAUAAAAUCCUCAUCCAAAACAAACAUGGAAAAGGAGAGGCUUUUAUAAACCUGAAAGUUAUUGAUGUUCCUGGGCCUGUGAAGAACCUUCAGGUUGUUGACACUGCUGAUGGUGAGGUCAGCAUUGCAUGGGAAGAGCCAGAGAGUGACGGUGGCAGCAAGAUCUUGGCUUAUGUGGUUGAAAGACGUGAUAUCAAACGUAAGACCUGGACUCUGGCCACUGACUGUGCCGAUAGCACAGAGUACUGUGUAACUGGCUUGCAGAAAGACUCCAAGUACCUCUUCCGUGUCUGUGCACGUAACCGAAUCGGAAGUGGGCCCAAUGUUGAGACAGAUAAAGCUGUUCAAGCUAAGAAUAAGUUUGAUGUUCCUGAUCCACCACAGAAUGUUAUUGUUGGAAAUGUCAACAAGUUUGGUGCCACAGUCUCCUGGGAACCACCACUGUUCAAUGGUGGAUCUGAGAUCACAUCAUACAUUAUUGAGCUCCGUGAUAGAACUUCUGUGAGCUGGUCUCCAGUCAUGGUGACCAAACCACACGAACGCUCAGCUAUUAUUAAUGAUGUUAUUGAGAACAAAGAAUACAUCUUCCGUGUUAAGGCUGAGAACAAGGCUGGAAUUGGCAAACCAAGUGCUGCCACUAACCCAGUGAAGAUCAUGGACCCUAUUGAGAGGCCGAGCCCUCCACUGAAUUUGACACACUCUGAGCAGACAAAGGACUCCUGUCUGUUGACAUGGGAGACUCCCUUAAAAAAUGGAGGCACAACAAUCACCGGCUACAUCAUUGAGAGAUGUGAAGAAGGCACAGACAAGUGGCUCAGAUGCAAUGCCAGGCUUUGCCAGGACCUGCUCUACAGGAUUUCAGGCCUGAAAUUUGGAACAAAAUACAGCUAUAGAGUACUUGCUGAGAAUGCGGCUGGCCAGUCUGACCCCUCAAAUAUUGUUGGGCCUGUGUUGGCAGAUGAUCCACACUUUGCACCUACUCUGGACCUGAGCGCAUUUAAGGAUGGUCUAGAGGUUAUUGUCCCUAAUCCUCUUGCAAUUCGUGUUCCUAUCACUGGGUACCCGGUGCCCACAGCAAAGUGGACCUUCGGUGAAAAUGCACUUACAGCUGAUGACCGUGUGUCCAUGGUUACAAAGUCAACCUUCACAGAGCUCAUUGUAACCCCAAGUGUGCGCCCUGACAAAGGCACAUACUCCUUGACGUUGGAAAAUGAUGUGACUAGUGUCUCAGGAGAGAUUGAAGUUAAUGUCAUUGCCUCUCCAAGUGCACCCAAAGACUUAAAGGUUGCAGAAGUGACCAGAAAGCAUGUUCACUUGAUGUGGGAGGCACCUGAUCACGAUGGAGGCAGUCCGAUCACAGGCUAUCAGGUUGAGAAGCGUGAGGUUUCCAGGAAGACCUGGGUGAAGGUGAUGGCAGGUUUGCAAGACCAGGAAUACACAGUCACAGAUGUUGUUGAGGGCAAGGAGUACUUGUUCAGAGUUAUUGCCUGCAACAAAUGUGGCCCUGGAGAGCCCGCCUACAUUGAUGACCCAGUGAACGUGUCUUCACCUGCAACUAUACCAGACCCACCAGAAAAUCUUAAAUGGAGAGACAAGUCUGCUAGCAAGAUCUUCUUGUCAUGGGAGCCUCCCAAGUGGGAUGGUGGAACUGCAAUUAAAGGUUAUAUUGUUGACAAAUGUCAACGUGGUACUGACAAGUGGGAACCAUGUGGAGACCCAGUUCCUGAUCUUAAGUGUGAAGUGACUGGUCUCAUUGAAGGACAGUGGUAUGCUUAUCGUGUGAGGGCUUUGAACAAACUGGGUGCCGGUAAGCCUUGCAAGGCGACAGAUGAGAUUUUGGCCGUUGAUCCUAAAGAGCCUCCAGAGAUUCAGCUGGAUGCAAAACUGCUGGCUGGCCUCACUGCUAAGGCUGGCACAAAGAUUGAACUUCCUGCUGACAUCACAGGCAAACCAGAGCCUAAAGUCAAAUGGACCAAGGCUGACCUAGUCCUGAAGCCAGACGAUAGAAUCUCAAUUGAUACCAAGCCUGGCCACUCAACUGUGUCCAUUGCUAAGACCAAGAGGGAUGACACUGCUACAUACAUCAUUGAGGCAGUCAACAGCAGUGGCCGUGCAACUGCAACAGUUGAUGUCAACAUUCUAGAUAAACCUGGUCCUCCAGCUGCCUUUGAUAUCUCUGAAAUCACCAAUGAGUCCUGCUUGUUAGCCUGGAAUCCUCCAAGAGAUGAUGGUGGCUCAAAGGUGACAAACUAUAUUAUUGAGAGGAGGGCUUUAGACAGUGAAAUCUGGUACAAGUUGUCCUCCACUGUGAAGCAGACCACCUACAGGGCCACCAAACUUGUGGCUUUCAAGGAAUAUGUCUUUAGGGUCUAUGCUGAAAAUCAGUUUGGAGUUGGUGCCCCAGCAGAACAUGCCCCAAUAACUGCCAGAUACCCCUUUGAUACUCCUGGUCCUCCAUACAAAUUGGAGGCAUCUGAUAUUGCAAAGGAUGCAGUAACUCUGUCUUGGUAUGAGCCUGAUGAGGAUGGUGGAAGUCCUAUUACUGGAUAUUGGGUUGAGAGAUAUGAGCCUGAUCAUGACAAAUGGAUCAGAUGCAACAAGCUGCCUGUCAGGGACACAAACUUUAGGGUAAAAGGACUGCCCACAAGAAAGAAGUAUAAGUUCCGUGUUUUGGCAGAGAAUCUUGCUGGACCUGGCAAACCAAGCAAAGAGACAGACCAGAUUUUGAUUAAAGAUCCAAUAGAUCCCCCAUGGGCUCCUGGUAAGCCCACUGUUAAGGAUGUGGCCAAAACAACUGCCUUCCUACAAUGGACAAAACCUGAACAUGACGGUGGUGCAAAGAUUGAGUCUUACAUCAUUGAACUCCUCAAGAGUGGAACUGACGAGUGGGUUCGUGUAGCUGAUGGUAUCCCCUUUCUUGAGUACUUCCUGAGAGGAUUGAUGGAGAAGCAAGAGUACUCAUUCCGUGUCAGAGCUGUCAAUGCAGCAGGCGAGAGUGAACCUAGUGAACCAAGUGAUCCAGUGCUCUGCAAGGAGAGACUCAAUCCUCCAUCACCCCCAAGAUGGCUUGAAGUAGUUUCUAGUAGCAGGAACAGCGCUGAUUUGAAAUGGACAGCACCUGAGAGAGAUGGUGGCUCUCCAAUCACAAACUACAUUAUUGAGAAGAGAGAUGUCAGACGCAAGGGCUGGCAGGCUGUGGACACCACUGUGAAAGAGCUGAAGUACACUGCCACCCCACUGAAUGAGGGGUCUCUCUAUGUUUUCCGUGUUGCUGCAGAGAAUGCUGUGGGACCCAGUGAAUUUUGUGAACUUGUAGACUCUGUUCUCGCCAAAGAUACUUUCAGUACCCCUGGACCUCCAUAUAAUCUGACCAUUACUGAUGUCUCCAAGACUCAUGUUGACCUGAAAUGGGAAGCACCUAAGAAUGAUGGUGGAAGACCUGUCUUGAGAUAUGUCAUUGAGAAGAAGGAGAAGCUUGGUACCCGCUGGGUGAAAUCAGGAAAGACUUCAGGUCCUGACUGCCAUUACAGAGUGACUGAUGUAAUUGAGGGCACUGAAGUGCAGUUCCAAGUCGCUGCUGAGAACCAGGCUGGAAUUGGUCACCCAAGCGAACCCACGGAUAUUGUGAUCAUUGAGGACCCAACAGGCCCACCAUCACCACCUCAGGAACUGCACGUCACUGAGGCAGCCAGAGAUCAUAUUUGUAUUGCUUGGAAGGCACCAGAAAAGAAUGGAGGAAGUCCCAUUAUUGGCUACCAUAUUGAGCUCUGUGAGACUGGAACUGAGAAGUGGAUGAGAGUCAACUCUCGUCCUGUCAAAGAGCUAAAAUACAGGGCAGGGGAUGAAGAAGGCAUUGUUCCUGAGAAGCAGUAUACCUUCAGAGUCCGUGCUGUCAAUUCUGUUGGUGACAGUGAGCCCUCUGACAUUUCUGAGAAUGUAUAUGCCAAAGAUUCUGACUGCAGCCCAACCCUUGACUUCCAGACCAAGGAUCUUGUUGUUGUAGAGGGUGAAAAGAUGCACCUCCCAAUUCCAUUUAGGGCUGUGCCAUCACCUAAAAUUACAUGGCACAAAGAUGGAAAUGAACUGAAGACUGAUGACAGAACUUUCUUCAGAGUUGAAUACACAUCAUGCCAUCUGGAAAUUCCAAGCUGCUUACACGCUGAUGCUGGCCAGUACAAAGUUACCUUGGAGAACAGCAAUGGUUCAGCUAGUGGAACAAUCAAUGUUAAAGUUAUCGGUCUUCCUGGGCCAUGUAAAGAAAUUGUUGCUAGUGAGAUUACCAAGAGCACCUGCAAGGUGUCCUGGGAUCCUCCAGACUAUGAUGGUGGUAGCCCUAUUCUCCACUAUGUGCUACAACGCAGAGAAGCAGGCAGGAGAACCUAUGUCAAUGUUAUGUCUGGAGAAAACAAAGUUAGCUGGCCGGUUAAGGAUCUCAUUCAAAAUGGAGAGUAUUACUUCCGUGUCAGAGCUGUCAACAAGAUUGGUGGUGGUGAAUACAUUGAACUUCGCAACCCUGUAAUUGCUGAAGAUCAGAAGCAACGUCCUGACCCACCAGUCGAUGUGGAAACACACAACCCAACUUCUGAGAGUGUGACCCUUACUUGGAAGCCUCCCAUGUAUGAUGGUGGAAGCAAAAUUAUGGGUUACAUUCUUGAGAAGAUGAUAAAAGGGGAAGAGAACUUUCAGAGAUGCAAUGACUUCCUUGUGCCAGUGCUGUCCUAUACUGUUAAGGGGUUGACGCAAGGAAAACAAUAUCAGUUCCGUGUACGUGCUGAAAAUGCAGCUGGUAUCAGUGAUCCUUCACGCAGCACACCUUUGAUCAAAGCCACAGAUGCAGUUGAUCGUCCAAAGGUAUUCCUUAGCGGUAGUCUACAAUCAGGCUUGACUGUGAAACGAGGUGAGGAGAUCCGACUGGAUGCCAAUAUCUCUGGAUUCCCUUACCCCCAAAUUACAUGGAUGAGGGACAAUUCAACCAUUUGGCCAGAGCCACUGAAGAAGAGACCAGAAAGGCCCAUUAAGAAGAAGAAGGAGAAAGAAAAAGAAAAGGAGGAAAAGAUGGAGGCUGAUGCAGAAAAGAAAGAGGCAGAUACAGAAAAGGAGGAAGCCAAAGAGGCAAAGAAGGUGGAGGACAAGGAAAAGGAGAAAGAAAAAGAAAAGGAGGUGGAGGAACCUGAGGAGUCUGAAGAAGCAUACUACCCAAGCUUAAAUGAACGUCUUACCAUUGAAUCCAUGAGGAAGGGUGAAUCCUUCAUUAUUGUAAAAGAUACUAUCAGAGGUGAUCAUGGUGUUUUCACCAUAAAAGUGGAAAAUGAUCAAGGUGUUGCCUCUGCCUCCUGUGAAGUUAAUGUCCUUGAUACUCCUGGUCCUCCAGUCAAUUUCAAAUUUGAAGAUGUAAGGAAGAACUCAAUCCUCUGUAAGUGGGAUCCUCCUCUGGAUGAUGGUGGUAGUGAAAUCCUUAACUACAUAUUGGAACAAAAAGAUAACUCCAAGGUGGAGCUUGGAUGGGUCACUGUAACCUCAAUCCUUAGAGGCUGUAAAUUUCAAGUACCAAAACUUAUUGAGGGCAAGGAGUACCUCUUCCGUGUCACUGCAGAGAAUAAGUAUGGUCCUGGAACCCCAUUCAUCUCCAAACCCGUCAUUGCAAAGAAUCCAUUCGAUCCUCCAGAUGUGCCGGAGAAACCUGAAAUUAAGGAUUCCACGGCCAGCAGUAUGCUUGUUACCUGGACAGAACCCAAAGACAAUGGCAGCCCCAUUGAGGGAUACUGGGUAGAGAAACGAGAAAUUAACAGCACACACUGGGCAAGAGUCAAUCGCACCAUGGUUCCUGAUUUGGAAAUAAAUGUAGAGGGCCUUUUGGAGGGUCUGACAUAUAUUUUCAGAGUCUGUGCGGAAAAUGUAGCAGGACCUGGAAAGUUCAGCCCCCCGUCAGAACCAAAAACAGCACAGGCACCAAUCAGGCCCCCAGGUCCACCAAUUCCAAGAAUUGUAGAUACCUCAGACUAUUCAAUUGAUGUUGAAUGGGAUCCUCCUGCAGACAAUGGUGGCGCAGACAUCUUUGGUUAUCAUGUUGACAAAGUUGUUGCUGGUACCAAAGACUGGUCACGAGCCACAGAGAGACCAUGGAAGAACCACACAUUUACAGUGUAUGGUGUUAGAGAAGGAGCUAAAUAUAUUGUCCGUGUAGUGGCAGUCAAUUGUGCUGGUGAAGGACAACCAGGUUUUACUGAUGCAGUAAUUGUGAGAAACCCUGCAGAGGUUCCAGUCAUCGAGCUUGAUAUCUCAGUGAAAAAUGGUGUUGUUGUUAGAGCUGGAGAGAUGCUGAGAAUACCAGCACAUGUGACUGGUAGACCUUUUCCAUCUUUGAAAUGGACAAAGGAUGAUGGUCCAUUAGAAGAAGAUCGUAUGGAGGUAGAGGAAGCUGGAAAGGACAGCACUAUUGUUAUCAGAACCACAAAGAGAAGUGAUCACGGCAAAUACCAAAUCCAAGCAGCAAAUCCAAGUGGUAUCAAGUCUGCAUGGACCAGGGUUGAAGUUAUGGAUGCUCCUGGACCAGUUCUUGACCUGAAACCUGUUGUGGUUACCAGAAAGCUAAUGAUGUUGAAUUGGUCAGAUCCUGAUGAUGAUGGUGGUAGUGAUCUGACAGGGUUUAUUAUUGAAAGGAGGGAACCAAAGAUGCACACAUGGAGACAACCUAUUGAGACCGCUUCAUCCAAAUGUGAGAUUGUAGGUAUUAUUGAGGGACAGGAAUACAUUUUCCGUGUUGUGGCUAAGAAUAAGUAUGGAUGUGGACCUCCAGUCGAUCUUGGACCUAUCCGUGCUGUGGAUCCUCAAGGUCCACCAACUUCUCCUGAAAAGUUCCACUAUACCGAGCGGACAAAAUCCUCUGUUACUAUUGAAUGGAGGCCACCUCGUAAUGAUGGUGGUAGUCCAAUCCUUGGCUACAUCAUUGAGAAAAAGCGACAAGAUCAACCAGCCUUCCAGCGUGCCAACCCAGAGUUGAUGACUGCUCAAAUUUUGACAGUUGAAGACCUUGAUGAGUUGCAUAUGUAUGAGUUCCGUGCAAAGGCUGUCAAUGCAUUUGGUGAAAGUGAGCCUUCAAUUACCAUGACUGUUGUCAUUCAAGAUGAUGAAGUGGCUCCAAGUCUGCAUAUGUUAAAGCACUUCAAGGGUGAUUUGAUUCAAGUAAGGAAAAACCAACCUAUUGAGAUGCCCGCUGAAGUCACAGGCCUGCCAAUGCCAAAGAUCGAAUGGCUGAAGGAUGAUGUUGUUAUUGCCAAGCCAACUGAGAAACUCCUGAUAGAAACCAAAGAGAUUGAUAGGCUGACAUCACAUACAAAACUCUCCAUCCCUGGCGUUACUAGAUUGGACAAGGGCACAUACACAGUUACUGCCUCAAAUCGUUUGGGAUCUCUUGGUCAUUCCAUCAUGGUGGAAGUGUUGGAUCGCCCAACACCACCAAGAAACAUUGCUGUUUCAGAUAUCAAAGCUGAGUCUUGCAAACUAUCCUGGAAUGCCCCAUUGGAUCUUGGUGGCAGUGAACUUACCAACUACAUUGUUGAGAUGAAAGACCUUAAUGGUGAAGAUCCUGAAAAGGCCGAAUGGGUGCAGGUUACUAACUCCAUUAUCGAGAAGCAUUAUGCGGUAUGGAACCUGGAAACUGGUGGCAACUAUAAAUUCAGAGUCAAAGCUGAGAAUAAAUAUGGAAUAAGUGAGGCCUGUGAAACAGAGGAGGUUCAGAUUAAGGAUCCUUUUGCUCUGCCUGGCCCACCUGAGAAGGUCACUAUUGCUGAGCGCUCUAAGGCCCAUAUGUUACUGACAUGGGAACCACCUAGGGACAGUGGUGGUUCUAUGAUUACUGGCUACUGGCUUGAGAAGCGUGAAAAGGGCACUUCCUAUUGGUCUCGCGUGAAUAAAAUCCUGGUGUCAAAAUGUGGCAUGAAAGGCUGGGAAUACCAGGUUACCCGUCUCAUCGAAGGAACGGAGUAUGAAUUCCGUGCAAUGGCUUGUAAUUCUGCUGGUAUUGGACCACCUAGUGCCAUCUCUGAGUCUGCCGUUGCUGACGAUCCCUUGACUCCACCUAGCAUGCCAGCAGCUCCUGAGAUUUCUGACAAAACCAAGCAUAAUGUCACCCUUGCGUGGACCCCACCAGCUAAAGACGGUGGCCGCCCCAUCAAAGGUUACAUCAUUGAGAUCCAGGAUGAAGGCACUUCUGAGUGGUCCAGGAUCAAUGAUGCUGAAAAUCUGCAUCCUUCUACUGUGUUCACCGUUCCAAACCUUCCAGAACUUAAGAAAUACAGAUUCAGAAUCAUUGCAGUCAAUGAAAUUGGCGAGUCUGAGCCAAGCCCCAGAACCACUGAAGUUCGCAUAGAGGACAUUCAAACUGCACCAAAGAUCUUCGUGGAUAUCAGUGCUAAUGAACUGCUCUUUAUCCGUGCUGGAACUCCAUUUAAGAUUCCAGCUACCAUCACAGGACGUCCUGUUCCUAAAGUUUCAUGGGAGUUUGAUGGCAAAGCAAAGACAGAAAAGAAGGAUCGUCUCCAUGUCUUACCAGUGGAUUCACAGGUUGAAUCUACGGACACUACCUCAGUUGUUACAAUUCCUGUGAGUUUGAGAAGCCAUUCUGGCAGGUACACAAUUACAGCAAAGAACAAAUCAGGACAGAAGCAUGUCAAUGUCAGAGUAAAUGUGCUUGAUGUUCCUGGAGCACCCAAAGAGCUCAAAGUUACUGAUGUCACCAGAACCACAAUGAGACUUAUUUGGAAACUGCCAGAUAAUGAUGGUGGUGAGAGAAUCAAGAGUUAUUUUAUUGAAAAGAAGGCUGUGAAUGGAAAGGCUUGGACAGUUGCCAACGCUGCUUGUGCCAGCAUGGCCUUUGUUGUGUCCAACCUCCUCGAGGGACAGGACUACUUGUUCCGUGUUCGUGCUGAGAAUCGCCUUGGCUUUGGACCGUUUACUGAGACCACAGAGCCUGUUAGGGCAAGGGAUCCUAUCUAUCCUCCUGAUCCUCCUACCAAGGUGAAAAUUAACCUUGUUACCAAGAACACUGUGACCCUGACAUGGGUGCCUCCCAAGAAUGAUGGUGGAGCACCAGUAAAACAUUAUAUCAUUGAGAGGCUGAGCUGGGAUACCAGUGGUCCACAGAAAGAGACGUGGAAACAGUGUAACAAGAGAGAUGUUGAAGAGACUACCUUCAUUGUUGAAGACCUUAAGGAAGGUGGCGAGUAUGAGUUCCGUGUUAAAGCUGUGAAUGAAGCUGGCGCAAGCAGACCCUCUGUUACUGCCGGACCAGUUGUCAUUAAGGACCAGACAUGUGGUCCAAGUAUUGAACUCAGAGAGGCUUUAGAAGGUGCAGAAGGAUAUGAUGUCAGCAUUGUUGCCAGGAUUCAAGGCUGCCCAUUCCCAUCUCUUGUCUGGCACAAGGCUCCACAGGAAAAGCCUGAUGACAAAGCACUUGUACAGUAUGACAAACAUGUCAAUAAACUUGUUUCUGAUGAGAAAUGCACCCUGUUAAUUCAGCAGUCAAAGAGAGAUGACAGCGCCGUAUACACUCUCACAGCCACCAACAGUUUGGGAACAGCCACCAAAAGCAUCAAGCUUAGCAUUUUGGGACGUCCUGGUGUACCUGUAGGACCAAUUAAGAUUGGGGAGAUUUUCGCUGAAAGGAUUGGCCUCUCCUGGAAUCCACCAUUAGAUGAUGGCGGUUCCAAGGUUACAAACUAUGUCAUUGAAAAGCGUGAGGAAAACAGAAAAACAUGGGUCCAUGUCUCUAGUGAUCCAAAAGAAUGCCAAUACACUGUACAAAGGCUAACAGAGGGCCAUGAGUAUGAGUUCCGUGUUAUGGCUCAGAAUAAAUAUGGAGUAGGACCACCUCUGUACAGUGAACCUGAGAAAGCACGUAACCUUUUCACUGUGCCUGGCCAAUGUGAGAAGCCAACUGUCACAGAUGUUUCACUUGAAUCUAUGACCGUUAACUGGGAUGAACCAGAAUAUGAUGGUGGCUCUCCUGUAACUGGCUACUGGCUAGAGCGUAAGGAAACUACAGGCAAGCGCUGGACAAGAGUGAAUCGUGAACCUAUCAGAAUCAGGACUCUAGGAGUUUCCCAUAUUGUGACAGGCCUCUUGGAGGGUGCUAUCUACCAGUUCCGCGUUCUUGCAAUUAAUGCAGCUGGAAGCGGCCCACCUAGUUUACCUUCUGAUCCUGUUGCAUGUAGAGAUCCAAUAGCACCUCCAGGACCUCCAACACCAAAAGUAACGGAUUGUACCAAGUCAACUGUUGAUCUUGAAUGGAUUCCUCCACUUAAUGAUGGUGGAUCUAAGAUCACAGGAUAUUUUGUUGAGUACAAAGAAGAAGGACAAGAGGAAUGGGAGAAGGUUAAAGACAAGGAAAUCAGAGGCACCAAGUUUGUUGUUCCUGGACUUAAAGAGCUUGGACUCUACAGAUUUAGAGUGAGAGCUGUAAAUUCUGCAGGUGUGGGAGAACCUGGCGAGGUUGCUGAAGUGAUUGAAGUCAAGGAUAGGACAAUUCCCCCUGAGGUAGACCUGGAUGCAACUGUCAAGGAAAAGAUUGUUGUUCACGCUGGUGGGGUAAUCCGCAUCCUGGCCUAUGUGUCAGGAAAGCCUGCUCCAGAAAUUAUUUGGAAUAGAGACGAUGGUGAUUUGCCAAAGGAGGCUGCUAUUGAGAUCACUUCUAUAAGUUCAGCUUUGGUUAUCAAAAGUUGCAGGAGACAACACCAAGGCAUUUAUACAUUGACUGCCAAGAAUGCAGGUGGAGAGAGGAAGAAAGCAGUCAUUGUUGAAGUGCUGGAUGUCCCUGGCCCUGUGGGUCUGCCCUUCUCUGGUGAGAAUCUCACCAAUGACUCUUGUAAGUUGACAUGGUACUCUCCUGAAGAUGACGGUGGCUCAGCUAUCACCAACUAUAUAAUUGAGAAAAGAGAAGCUGACCGCAGAGGCUGGACUUCAGUGACAUAUACUGUCACAAGACACAAUGCUGUUGUCCAGGGUCUUAUUGAUGGCAAGGGUUACUUCUUCAGAAUUGCGGCUGAAAAUAUUAUUGGGCUGGGUCCGUUCACUGAGACCUCAGCUCCUGUCGUCAUCAAGGAUCCACUUUCUAUACCUGAGCGCCCAGAGGAUCUUGAGGUGACAGCCAUCACAAAUGAUUCAAUCAGUGUCACAUGGAGACCUCCAAAGUAUGAUGGAGGUUCAGACAUUACAAGCUAUGUUCUUGAGGUUCGUCUUAUCGGACAGGACAACUUCAGCCGUAUUGCCAUAGAGGACAAACUUAUGGAACGUAAAUUCACACACGUGGGUCUUAAGGAAGGUUCUUCUUACGAAUUCCGAGUUAGUGCUGUGAAUCAAAUCGGUCAAGGCAAACCAUCAUUCAGCACCAAACCAGUUACAUGCAAAAAAGAGUUUGAACCACCAAACCUUGAUCUUGAGUUCCGUGACAAGCUUGUUGUUCGUGUUGGGGAAACUUGCACUCUUCAAAGUGGGUACUCAGGAAAACCAGCACCAACUAUUAAAUGGUUCAAAAAUGAUGAGGAGCUUCAGGCAAAUGAAGAAAUUGCUCUCACCAGCACAAAGAAUAAAUUGUGCUUGACUAUUGCAAAGGCAAAACGUGAUCACAGUGGAAAAUACACUGUUGUUCUGGAGAACUCCAUUGGCUCAUGCAAGGGCAUAUGUAAUGUUAUUGUUGUCGACCGUCCACAACCUCCAGAGGGUCCUGUUAUCUUUGACGAGAUCUACAGGAAUUAUAUGCUCAUUUCCUGGAAGCCCCCACUGGAUGAUGGUGGAGCUGCUAUUUCUAACUAUAUUGUUGAAAAGAGAGACACCAACAGGGAUCUAUGGAUGCCUGUUACAGAAUCUUGUACAAGGGCAUCAUGCAGAGUUCCAAAACUGAUUGAGGGAAGAGAGUACAUCAUUAGAAUCUGUGCUCAGAAUAUUCAUGGCAUUAGUGAUCCAUUGCUAUCUGCUGAGACAAAAGCAAAGGAUGUUUUCAAGGUUCCAGAUGCUCCACAGGCACCUGUGGUAAAAGAAAUCUAUAAAGAUACAGCGCUUAUUUCUUGGCUUCAGCCAACUGAUGGUGGAAAACCAAUCACAAGCUACAUUGUUGAAAAGAAGGAGACCAAGGCCAACAUGUGGUCUAGAGCUGGAAAAGACCGCAUUUACCCUAACACAGAAUUCUGGGUUCCUGAUCUUCUCAAGGGAUGUGAAUAUGAAUUCCGUGUCAUGGCAGAGAAUGUGAUUGGUGUUGGUGACCCCAGCCUAUCAUCAAAGCCCAUCUAUGCCAAAGAUCCUAUUGUGAUUCCAAGCCCACCUGUACUUCCAGUAGCAAUUGACAAGACAAAAGAUUCUGUCACUCUUUCUUGGCAACCACCAAAAGACUGUGGCAGAGGCAAAAUUUUUGGCUAUCUCAUUGAGUAUCAGAAAGCUGGUGAUGAGGAAUGGCUUCAAGUUAAUCAAACACCUGACUCUUGCCAGGGCACUACAUUCAAGGUUAUCAACCUUGAGGAUGGUGCACUUUACAGAUUCAGAGUGAAGGCAGUGAAUGCUGCUGGUGAAUCAGAUCCUGCAUAUGUCCCAGAGCCCGUUCGAGCACAAGACAGACUUGAGCCCCCAGAACUUCAACUGGAUUUGGGCAUGCCUCGUGAGAUCAAAGCAAUGGCUGGAACCCAUAUUAAUAUUAUUGCUGGAAUCAAGGGAAUACCUUUCCCCAAAGUCACAUGGAAGAAAAAUGAGGCAGAUGUUCCAACAAGAGCAGAGAUUGAAACAUCUGGAACAGCAACCAAACUAGAGAUGCGUUAUUGCACCCGUGCAGAUUGUGGAGAUUACACACUUACUGUUGAAAAUCCAGCUGGAUCAAAGACAGCCACAUGCACCGUGCUUGUUCUUGACAAGCCUGGACCAGUUCAGCAUCUCAGAGUAUCUGAUGUCAGAUAUGAUUCUGCCCAGCUAUCUUGGAAAGACCCAGAAGAUAAUGGUGGUACACGCAUCACUAACUUUGUUGUUGAGAAAAAGGAUGCAGCAUCUGCACAAUGGGUGCCAAUCUGCUCAUCUUCCAAAAAACGUAGCAUGUUGGCCAAAUAUUUGAUUGAGGGAACGUCAUACAUGUUCCGUGUGGCGGCUGAAAAUCAGUUUGGAAGAAGUGAAUAUGUUGAAACACCAAAAGCUAUUAAAGCAAUGAAUCCACUGUUCCCACCUGGUCCACCUAAAGACCUGCAUCAUGUAGAUGCUGACAAAACUGAGGUGUGGCUCCAGUGGAAUUGGCCUGAUCGUACAGGAGGAAGUGACAUCACAGGGUUCUUGGUUGAGUACCAAGAAGAAGGUGAAAGGGAUUGGGUAGUUUUUAAGACUGUCAGCAUUCCUGAGUGCCAUGUGACUGGACUGGAAGAAGGAAAGACCUACAGGUUCCGUGUUAAGACAGAGAAUGCAGUUGGUUUAAGUAGACCAGACACCACUGUGCCAGUACUUUGCCAGGAAAAACUAGUGCCGCCAAUUGUUGAGGUGGAUGUGAAGUUGAUAGAGGGAAUCAUUGUGAAAGCUGGAAGCACUAUAAGAUUGCCUGCCAUUAUGAGAGGCCUUCCGGUUCCCACUGCCAAAUGGGUCAUUGAUGGAGAGGAAAUAAAGAGUGAAGGCAAUAUCAAAAUUGACACUGACAACUUCUCCACUGUUCUGAGCAUUGCUGACUGCACAAGACAUCACACUGGAAUCUAUAUUCUCACAGUGUCUAACUCAGCAGGAAGUAAGACUGUUUCUCUGAAUGUCACAGUGCUUGAUGUGCCAGCUGCCCCAAUAGGUCCUGUAAAUAUCCUUGAAGUGACUCCUGACUCCAUGGUCAUUGAAUGGCGUCCUCCCAAAGAUGAUGGUGGAAGCCCUGUCAUGAACUAUAUUGUUGAGAAGAGGGAAUCGAAUAAGGAAACUUGGGGAGGAGUAAGUUCUGGCAGCACUUCCACAACACUCAAAAUUUCUCGUCUGCAGCAAGGAGUUGAGUAUGUUUUGAGAAUUCGUGCUGAAAAUAAAAUGGGAAUUGGCGCAGCUCUUGAAAGUGCUCCAACUGUAGCCCAGCACCAGUUUGAGCCCCCUGGCCAUCCUGGAAAACCAGUUGCAUCUGAUAUUUCUGAAGAUGCUCUCACACUUGGAUGGACAAUGCCUCUGUUUGAUGGUGGUAGUCCGAUCAGUGGUUAUAUUAUUGAACGAAGACAUAAAGGGGGAAAAUGGAUUAGAGUGAAUAAAACACCUUGCAAGGACCUUAGAUACAGAGUACUUGGGCUUUUUGAAGAUAAUGAAUAUGAAUUCAGAGUAUUUGCUGAAAAUAUUGCUGGCUUUAGUGGACCUUCACCUAUUUCAGAUCCUGCCAAACCUUGCAGACCAAUUACUGUUCCAGGACCUCCAGUGAACCCUAAGGUAAAGGACUACAGUUGCACAUAUGCUGACUUAGUCUGGAUCAGACCCACACGAAAUGGAGGCAGUCCAGUCUUAGGAUAUAUUGUUGAAUACCAGAAGGCAGGUGCUGAGUGGGAGAAAGUAAAUAAGGAUGAUCUAAUUAAACAGUGUGCUUAUAGAGUUAAGGGACUGGCAGAGGGCACAGAAUACAGGUUCCGUGUUAAAGCCGUCAACAUGAUUGGAGAAGGUGAGACCAGGGAAAUCCCAGAGUCAGUUAUUGCUAAGGAUAUUGUCAUUCCUCCGGAAAUUGAGGUGGAUGCCACAUGCCGUGACCGUUUGACUGUUCGUGUUGGGCAUAACAUUAAUGUUGUAGCAUAUGUAAAAGCACGACCUGAUCCAGAAAUCACUUGGAGCAAAGGUGAAAGUGUUUUUGAAAAGGACAAGCGCACCACUCUGACAAACAACUUCCCAGUAGUGCAAAUGCGUAUCAAGGAAGCAACCAGAGCAGAUCAUGGAAAGUAUACACUAAAAGCUGUAAAUGAAGCUGGAGAGGCCUCGGCUACUAUUACAGUAAAUGUUCUGGAUAGACCUGGGCACUGCCAAAAUCUUAAGUUGACCUAUGUAACUAAAAACUCUUGCAUGGUGUCCUGGGAUGCACCAGAGGAUAAUGGAGGCACUGAGAUAACAAAUUACAUUGUGGAAUGUCGGGAGCCAAGUAUACGAGCCUGGUCAAUGAUCUCAUCUGACUGCACAAAUCGCAUGGUAAAGGCUAAGCUCAUGGAAAAUCAUGAAUAUUUAUUCCGUGUAUCUGCCGAGAACAAGUGUGGUCCUGGGCCAGCAACAGAAACCAAAACUCCCAUCCUUGCAAUCGACCCACUUCAGAAGCCAGGUGAGCCAGAGAACUUCCACGUCAGUGAUAUUGGUAAAAACUUAGUUUUCCUUAAAUGGAGAAAACCAGAUUAUGAUGGUGGCAGUCCUAACCUGGGCUACUAUUUGGAGAAAAAAGCAAAGGAUGCUGAAGAGUGGGAGAAGGUACAUGAAGGAGUCCUGAAAGAGACAUUCUUCAUGGUAGACAAAUGUGUUGAGAACCACACAUAUCAAUUUAGAGUCCAGUCAACAAAUGAUGGAGGAGAAAGUGCCUGGGUUAGGACAUCUGAUAUUCUUGUCAAAGAAGAAGUUCAGAAACCAGUUCUUGACUUGAAAUUUGUUGGUACUGUUGUGGUCAAAGCUGGUGAAUCAGUUAGACUUGAAGCUGGACUUAGAGGAAAACCACAGCCUGAGGUUACAUGGGUUAAGGAAAAGACUACAGGCGAUAACCCAAGGAUCAGCAUUGACACUGGACAUGAUUACUCCAAAUUCCUCCUUACUAAAACCAAGCGUAGUGAUACUGGAAAAUAUGUGGUCACUGCUACAAACUCAGCAGGAUCAUUCACAGCAUAUGCCAAUGUUACAGUUUUGGAUAUACCAGGACCUGUCAGAGAUAUGAAGGUUUCUGGCAUUUCCACAGACAAGUGCAGAGUUGUAUGGGAUCCUCCAGAGGAUGACGGUGGUUGUGAGGUGGACAGCUAUAUUAUAGAGAAAUGUGAGACGAGAAGAAUGGUUUGGUCCACUUACUCUGCCUCUGUUAUCACCAAUUACUGUAAUGUAACACGUCUUGUUGAAGGAAAUGAGUACAUAUUCAGGGUAAGAGCAGAAAAUAAGAUGGGAACUGGACCACCAAUGGAGAGCAAGCCUAUUACUGCUAAGACACAAUACAACAGGCCUGGUCCACCUGAUGCACCUGAGGUAACAAAAAUUGGUAAAGAUGAGAUGACUGUGGUAUGGGCUCCUCCUGAAAACGAUGGUGGAAAGUCUAUCACUGGUUACAUUCUGGAGAGAAAAGAAAAGCGGGCUGUUCGGUGGGUCCCUGUCACAAAGAGCCCUAUCUCUGAGAGGCGUAUGAAGGUCACCAAUCUGAUCCCUAACCACGAAUAUCAAUUCCGUGUCAAAGCAGAAAAUGAAGUAGGAUUGGGAGAACCAAGCAAACCAUCCAGACCCAUCACUGCAAAAGAUCCAAUUGAGCCCCCUGGUCCUCCUGGCAGCCUUAAAGUAGUUGACAGCACAAAGACAUCCAUUACACUUAGCUGGGCGAAGCCUGUGUAUGAUGGUGGUGCUCCAAUUAUUGGAUAUCUGGUUGAAAUGAGGGAUAAGGUGCAAAUGGAAGGUGAACAAGAGAGAGAUCCAGAGGAAGGCUGGAAGAAAUGUAAUACUGCUGGACAGCUUGUCAUAACUGAAUUUACAAUGAUUAACUUGGAUGAGAGACAGGAAUAUGAAUUCCGGGUGUCUGCUCAAAACCAAGUUGGCAUGGGCCGUCCUGCAAACCUCAAGGAUGCUGUAUCACCAAAGGAGAUCCAUGAAACUCCAGAGAUUGAUCUUGAUGCUAGUCUAAGAAAAGGCCUUAGCGUAAGAGCAGGAUGUCCUAUCAGACUUUUUGCAACAAUUAGAGGAAGACCAGCACCUAAAGUGACUUGGAAGCGCAUGGGUGUUGACAAUGUCAUUAGGAAGGGCCAUGUGGAUCAGAUUGAUACAAUGACCUUCCUUGUGAUUCCUGAGUGCUCACGCGAAGACUCUGGCAAAUAUUCUUUGACUCUUUCUAACCUCUCUGGAGAAAAGGCUGUGUUUGUUCGUGUUAAAGUCUUAGAUACUCCUGGUCCCGUUGGUGGACUGGAGGCAACUGACAUUACCAAGACAACCUGCCAGCUUGCAUGGUUGCCUCCAGAAAAUGAUGGUGGUAGCCCAAUCUUAAACUAUGUUGUUGAGAAGCGUGAGGUUGAUAGGAAGACAUGGACAAAUUGCACAAGUGACUUGAAAAAAACAAGCUUCAAAGUCACGACUCUGACACCAGGAAUAGAAUACUACUUCCGGGUCAUGGCAGUUAACAAGUAUGGCAUUGGGUUGCCUCAAGACUCACCAAAAUCCUACCUCGCUACAGACCCCAUGAGUGAGCCUGAUCCUCCGAAGAAGAUGGAUAUAUUAGAAAUUACUAAAAACAGUGCAACUCUAGGGUGGCUGAAGCCACUUAGAGAUGGUGGAUCUAAGAUUAAUGGCUACAUUGUUGAAUACCAGCAGGAUGGUCAACCUGAGGACAAUUGGACAUUAUACUCUGUUGUGAAAGACUUGACAAUUGUUGUAGCUGGACUGAAAGAAAACACUAAGUACAGAUUCAGGGUUGCAGCAAGAAACGCAAUAGGAUGCAGUUUGGCAAGAGAAGCUGAGGGCAUAUUUGAGGUCAAAGAACAGCUGAUGGCACCAAAGAUCAUCAUGUCUGAUGUGGUUACAGCAAGAGCAGGAUCUAAACUUAUAGUUGAGGCUCUUGUGUCUGGGAAGCCUGCUCCAGUCACAAAAUGGAAAAGGGGAAAUGAUGACAUAGUUACAUCUGAUCGUCUCUUCAUACAAAAAACCCCAACCACAAAUUCACUUUUGAUCAAAGAUGUCACAAGGAAGGAUAGUGGUUAUUACAGUCUGUCUGCUGAAAACAGCACUGCAAAGGUCAACCAGAUCCUCCGAAUAAUUAUUAUGGACAUCCCUGGUCCUCCACAGGGUCCUCUACAAGUUCUUGAGUUUGACAUGGAUUCCUGCACACUUGCAUGGGAUUCACCUGCUGAAGAUGGUGGCAGCAACAUCACAAACUACAUUGUUGAGAAGUGUGAUGUGAGCAGAGGUGACUGGGUCACAGUGGCAUCUUGCACCAAGACCAGCUGCAGAGUUGGAAAGCUCACACCUGGCAAAGAGUAUGGCUUCCGUGUCCGUGCUGAAAACCGUUUUGGCAUUUCAGAACCAAUUUACUCUGAGAAAAUGAUUGCUAGACAUCCAUUUGAUCCACCCAGUGAGCCAAGGAACUGUUGUGUCAACAAAAUUAACAAGGAAUCUGUUGUGUUGUCAUGGGAGAGACCAGUGAACGAUGGUGGCAGUCCCAUCACUGGAUAUUGCAUUGAGCGCAAAGAAAGAAAUAGCCUCCUGUGGGUCAAGGCAAAUGAGGUCCUUGUUCGCUCAACUGAAUAUACAUGCUCUGGCCUCAUUGAUGGUCUGGAGUACACAUUCAGAGUGUCUGCUGUCAACAAGGCGGGACAAGGCAAACCAAGCAAGCAGACAGAUUUUAUCACUGCAAGAAGUCCAGUUGAUCCACCUGGAAAACCCCAAGUUCUUGAUGUGACCAGAAAUUCUGUCUCUCUUGUCUGGAGCCGUCCAAAACAUGAUGGUGGAAGUAAACUCAUUGGUUAUGACGUUGAAUCUCUGAAGCUUCCAGGUGACAAAUGGGUGCGAGUUAACACAAGCAGUCAAAAUAUACCAAAGGAAGAGUACAUUGUUCCUGGACUUGAGGAGGGAGCCCAAUACAAGUUCAGAAUAAUUGCAAAGACAGCAAUUAAUGUCAGUCUGCCCUCAGAGGAAUCUGAUGCUAUCCCAAUUAUUGCAGAGCAUGUUCCACCUAGAGUUGAGAUUAGUCUUGAAAUGAAGAACUUAAUUGUUGUCAAAGCCGGAGCAAAUGUCUGCAUGGAGGCUGAAGUUUUUGGCAAACCAUUGCCAAAGGUCACUUGGAAGAAAGAUGGUGUUCCUUUGAAAUUGGCUGAAGGUAUGAAAAUGACUCAGAAGGUUCAUCGCUUCUGCAUGGAACUGUUCUCUGUGACAAGAAAGGAAUCUGGAGAGUACACCAUUACUGCUGAGAACCCAAGUGGCACAAAGUCUGGCAACAUUAAAUUGAAGGUUCUAGACAAACCUGGACCCCCAGCAUCAGUGAAGAUAAGCCAUGUGUUUGCCGACCGUGUGAAACUGAAGUGGGAGCCACCUCUUGCCGAUGGUGGUUCUGAAAUCACAAAUUACAUUGUUGACAAACGAGAAACAAGCAGAGCUAACUGGGCACAAGUUACUGCUAACAUCAAUGGUCAGAUAACAGACUGUUCUGUGGAGAAACUGAUUGAAGGCCAUGAAUAUGAGUUCCGCAUCAGUGCUGAGAACAAGUAUGGUGUUGGAGACCCAAUUGUGACUAACUCUGUGAUUGCCAAGAAUCCAUUUGAUGUCCCAGGACCAUGUGAACCUCCAGUUAUUACCAAUAUCACCAGGGAUCACAUGACUGUUAGUUGGAAGGCCCCUGCUGAUGAUGGCAAGGCCACCAUUCUUGGAUAUAUGGUUGAGAAACGUGAAACUCAAGACCUCAAUUGGGCUAAAGUGAAUAGAAGACCAGUUAUUGACAGGACAAUUAAAGCUGGAGGCCUCACAGAGGGAUCGGAGUAUGAAUUCAGAGUCAUUGCACUCAAUAAAGCUGGUCUUGGCAAACCAAGUGAUCCAUCAGCUGGUGUUCUUGCAGUAGACCCAGUGUAUCCUCCUGGACCACCUGCUUUUCCAAAGGUUGUUGACUCUACACACAGUUCAAUCAGUUUGUCCUGGACCAAACCCGCCUAUGAUGGUGGAUGUGAAAUUCUGGGCUAUCUUGUUGAGUUCAAAAGAGCAGAUGCAGAAGACUGGCUGAAGUGCAAUGUGCCAAAGAAUCUCCAAGUAACAAAAUUUAAUGUUACUGGUCUUAUGGAUAACACUGAGUACCAGUUCCGUGUUACUGCUGUAAACAAGAUUGGAUUUGGUGAGCCAAGUGAAGUUCCUGGAAAACAUAUGGCAAAGGAUAUCCUAAUUGCCCCUGAGGCUGAACUUGAUGCAGAUCUCAGAAAAGUACUAGUUUUACGUGCUGGAGUCACAAUGAGAAUUUAUGUACCUCUGAGAGGGCGUCCUGCUCCAAAGGCAACAUGGACUAAGGUCAAUGCAAACUUGAAAGAAAGACAAGGUCUUAUGAUCAAGACAACUGAAUGGGAUACCUUCCUUUAUUGUGAGAAUAUCAACAGAUAUGAUGCUGGCAAAUAUGUCUUAACUCUAGAAAACAGUAGUGGUACCAAGUCAUAUACCAUUGUUGUCAAAGUACUAGACACACCUGGACCCCCAGUCAAUCUGAUUGUUAAGGAGACCUCGAAGGACCAUGCAUCUAUUACUUGGGAUGCUCCAUUAAUUGAUGGUGGUAGUCCCGUUAAGAGCUAUGUUGUUGAAAAACGUCUGGCUGAGAGAAAGGCUUGGACCUGUGUUGCUCCUGAAUGUCCCAAGACAUCUUACAGGAUUACUAAUCUCGAAGCUGGUAAAGCUUACUGCUUCAGAGUUUCAGCUGAAAAUAUAUAUGGUAUCGGUGAGGGUUGUGAAACAGCUGGACCAGUCAAAGCCUCAGAGCAACCUGGACCAGUUACAGAUUUUAAACCUUCAGAGAUCAACAAGAAUUCUUGCACUCUUGGCUGGAAGAAACCAAUCAGUGAUGGUGGAAGCCAUAUUGUUGCAUAUGUUCUCGAGAUCUGUGAAGGGGAAGACAAAUGGAAGCUGCUAAUGAAGUCUAAGCUCACCCAGUACACAAUAACUGACCUUGAAGAAGGAAAGGAGUACUUCUUUAGAGUCAAAGCCAUUAAUGAAGCAGCUGAAGGACCAUCAUCUGAGCUCACUGUCUUGGCUAAAGAUCAAAUAGUCCUUCCAGACUUUAAUCUUAAAGGUUUGCCAGACUCUACCUAUGUGGCAAAGGAAGGAAGCACUGUUCGUCUUAAUAUCCCUAUUUUUGGUAUCCCAGCUCCUGCAGUCACAUGGAAAAAGGGUGAUGUUACUUUAUCAGACAGUGGCAGGAUCUCAGGUGAAUCAACGGCAACAAACACGGUCUUGCUGGUUCGUGAUUGCAAUAGAGGUGAUGCUGGCAAUUUCACUGUUAUUUUGAGAAACAGUGCUGGAACAAAGGAAUCAGCUAUUGACAUUAAAGUUGUUGGAAAGCCUGGAAACUGCACCGGUCCCAUCAAAUUUGAUGAAAUCACAGCUGAAGCGAUUACUGUAGAAUGGGGUCCACCCAAAGAUGAUGGUGGAUCAGAAGUUACCAACUAUAUUUUGGAGAAGAGGCAUUCUACUGCCAACAAGUGGGUCACAGUUGCUUCUGCAAUUCAAAAGAACUCUAUGAGAGUUACAAGACUUCAUGACGGAACAGAAUACAUUUUCAGAGUUUGUGCUGAAAAUAAAUAUGGAUUUGGAGAGUUCCUCAAAUCUGAUCCAGUGGUUGCUAAACAUCCAUUCAAUGCACCAGGGGCUCCAGCACCACCUGAGGUUGUGAGCAUUCGUCAUGAGUCUGCUAUCCUAACAUGGUCUGAUCCAAAAGAUAGUGGAGGCUCACCCAUCACAGGAUAUUACUUGGAAUUUAAAGAUAGAAAUAGCCUGAUGUGGAAGAGAGCCAACAAGACACCUUUGAGAGUGAAAGAAUGCAGAGUAACCAGUUUGGUUGAAGGACUGGAAUAUGAAUUUAGGGUCAUAGCUAUGAAUGUGGCUGGACUUGGAAAGCCAAGCAAAACAACUGAAUCACUUGUUGCUCUUGAUCCAAUUGAUCCACCUGGUAAACCUGAUGUGAUCAGUGUCACAAGAAACAGUGUAACACUAAUUUGGGCUGCACCCAAGUAUGAUGGUGGCCACAGACUAACUGGCUAUAUUGUCGAGAAAUUAGAGCAUCCUGGAAAGACCUGGAUGAAGGCCAACCAUGUGAAUGUCCAAAGCUGUGCAUACACUGUAACAGACCUACAGGAAGGCUGUACUUAUGAAUUCAGAAUAAGGGCUAAAAAUGCAGCUGGAGCUAUCAGUGCUCCCUCAGAGACAACUGAGCCUCUUGUCUGCAAAGAUGAAUAUGAACCACCAACUAUCACAAUUGACCCUGAAAUGAAGGAUGGAGUGACUGUGAGGGCUGGAGAAACAAUUGUCGUAACAGCAUCAAGCAUUCUUGGCAAACCACCUCCUACAGCUGUGUGGUCUAAGGGUGGAAGAGAAUUCAAGACCUCAGAUAUUGUCCAAAUUACAAGCACUCCCACAUCUUCAACACUGUCAAUCAAGUAUGCCAGCCGAAAGAACACUGGGGAGUACACUAUUACUGCAAGUAAUCCAUUUGGUAUUAAAGAAGAAAAAGUCAAAGUGAAAAUCCUGGAUGUGCCUGGACCUCCAGGUCCUAUUGAAGCCAGCAGUGUCUCUGCUGAAAAAUGCACUUUGACAUGGUUGCCACCAGAAGAAGAUGGUGGCUGCACUAUCAAAUCAUAUACAUUAGAAAAGAGAGAAACCAGCCGCCUUCUCUGGACAAAGCUUGCUGAAGAUGUUAUGGAUUGCCGCUAUGUUGCCAGCAAGCUGAUAAAGGGAAAUGAAUACAUAUUCCGUGUUUCAGCAGUCAAUCAGUAUGGUAUUGGUGAUGCAACACAGUCUGGACCAGUUAAAAUGGUUGAUAGUUUUGGACCUCCUGGGCCACCAUCAAAACCAGAAAUUGAUAAUGUCAGUAAAAAUGCUGUAACAAUUUCCUGGAAGAGACCAAUUGUAGAUGGAGGAAGUGACAUUAGAGGCUAUAGUGUUGAGAGAAAAGAGAGAAGAGGAAUGAGAUGGGUCAGAGCCUCAAAAAAGACCAUUUCUGAUCUACGUUAUAAGGUCUCAGGCCUGUCAGAGGGAAUUGAAUAUGAAUUCCGUGUAACUGCAGAGAAUAAGGCUGGUUUUGGCGAGCCCAGUGAGCCAUCACAACCUGUAAUGACAAAGGAUAUUUCAUAUCCACCAGGACCUCCAUCCAACCCACGGAUUACUGACACCACCAAAACUACAGCAACAUUUAACUGGGGUAGACCCUUCUAUGAUGGUGGACUUGAUGUGACAGGAUACAUUGUUGAACAUAAAAAGGAAGGUGAUGAUGACUGGGUUCAAGACACAACUACUCCAUUGAGAAUAACAGAAUUUGUAGUUUCAAAUCUACAAUCAGGAGGAAAAUAUCACUUCAGAGUCAGAGCACUGAAUUCAGAAGGACUUGGUGAACCCUCUGAAGUUGAGCAAGUUGUUGAACUGGUGGAUCAAGAGGAGGUUCCUGAAUUUGAACUUGAUGCAGAGUUGAGAAAAACACUUGUUGUUAAGUCAGGUGCUUCAAUCCGCAUAUUUGUGCCAAUCAAGGGCAGGCCAGCUCCAGAAGUAACAUGGAAUAAGGAAGAUGUACCGCUUAAAGGCCGUGCUCACAUUGACACUACUGAAUCAUACACGCUAGUAGUCAUCCCUGAGUGUACAAGAUAUGAUGCAGGGAAAUAUGUCCUAACAUUGGAAAAUGUUGCUGGAAAGAAGUCUGGAUUUGUCAAUGUUCGUGUUGUGGACACCCCAGGACCUCCAGUGAAUUUGAAACCAAGUGAAAUCACAAAGCAUAGCAUUACUUUACAAUGGGAGAUUCCAAUCAUUGAUGGUGGUUCAAAGAUUACAAAUUAUAUAAUUGAGAAGCGGGACGCAACACGAAAGGCUUACUCAACCAUUACAGCAAACUGGCAGAAAUGCUCGUACAAGAUUCCAGACUUGGAAGAGGGCGCUGAAUAUUACUUUAGAGUUUCUGCUGAGAAUGAAAGGGGCAUCGGUGAACCAGCAGAGACACCUGAACCAAUUAAAGCUUCUCAGGCUCCUUCUGCACCAGAUAAUCUGAUUGUUUCAGAUGUUUCCAAGGACACAGCAACUCUUGCAUGGACUAAACCAAAAUAUGAUGGUGGUAGUCGAAUCACUGGCUAUGUGAUAGAGGCUCAACUGAAAGAUUCUGAUCAGUGGACACAUGUGACAACAAUAAAAGCUUUAGAUUACACUGCAACAGAAUUGGUGGAAAAUGCAGAAUAUGUGUUCCGAAUCUUUGCUGUAAACAGCUCAGGUAGGAGUGAACCUCGUGAAAGUCGACCAGCUGUAAUCAAGGAGCAAACCACUGCUCCAGGAUUUGACCUCAGAGGUAUAUAUCAGAAGAUGGUGGUAGCUAAAGCAGGUGAUAAUCUUAAAGUUGAGAUCCCUGUUCUGGGACGUCCAAAACCACUUGUUGUAUGGAAGAAAGAAGAUCAGGAACUUAAACAGACACAGAGAAUAAACGUUGAAAAUACUGCAACUUCUACAAUUCUCAACAUUAAUGAAAUUAAGAGAAAAGACGGAGGACAGUAUUCAAUGACAGGAAAGAACAUCCUUGGAACUGUGACUGAAAUCAUUACUGUUCAAGUACAUGAUAUUCCAGGACCUCCAACUGGACCAAUAAAACUGGAUGAGGUUUCUUGUGACUAUGUGAUAAUAUCAUGGGAAGCUCCAGAAAAUGAUGGAGGAGUUCCUAUUAAUAACUACAUUGUUGAAAUGCGUGAGACAACUGGCACAUCCUGGGUAGAACUGGCAGCAACUGUUAUCCGCACAACAUUUAAAGCAGCACGCCUUACAACUGGUAUUGAAUAUCAAUUCCGUGUAAAAGCUCAGAACAGAUAUGGUGUUGGACCCUACAUAACAUCAGAACCAGUGGUGGCUGCUUAUCCAUUUGAUGUUCCAGGACAGCCUGGAAUUCCACAAGUAGUUGCCUUCACCAAGGAUUCAAUGACAAUCAGCUGGAAUGAACCUUCUUCAGAUGGAGGUAGCCCAAUUUUAGGAUACCACAUUGAGAGGAAAGAGAAGAACAGCAUACUCUGGCAGAGGAUCAGCAAAGCUCUAGUUGUUGGCAAUAUGCUUAAAUCACCAGGUCUGAUUGAUGGUAUUGCAUAUGAAUUCCGUGUUAUUGCAGAAAAUCUGGCUGGUCUCAGCAAAGCAAGCAAGCCAUCUGAGAUGACAUAUGCACUUGAUCCUGUAGACCCCCCAGGUCAACCAGUGGCACUUAACAUAACUAGACAUGAAGUUACUCUUCAGUGGUCAAAGCCAGAGGGCGAUGGUGGUUUCUCAAUAACUGGAUAUACAGUUGAAAAAAGAGAGCUGCCUAAUGGUCGCUGGCUCAAAGCCAACUUCAGCAACAUUCUUGAAACAAACUUUACUGUUAGUGGUCUCACAGAAGAUGCUUCUUAUGAAUUCCGUGUAUUAGCAAUGAACUCAGCUGGGGCUGUCAGCAAACCAUCUAAACCUUCAGAGGUCAUGGUCUGCAGAGAUGACAUUGAAGAGCCAAAAAUUGAUGCUGAUGCAAGUUUCAGUAGUGCUGUGGUAGUGAAAGCAGGAGAUGUCUUCAAGCUAGAUGCACGUGUUACAGGUCGCCCAAUUCCAUCCUUGGUUUGGACUAAAGAUGGCAAGGAGCUUGAGGACACUGGAAAACUAGAGAUCAAAACAUCAGAUUUCUAUACUUGUUUGAUUAACAAAGAUUCUUUACGUAGAGAUGGCGGUGCAUACGCUCUAACUGCUAGCAAUCCGGGAGGAUUUGCCAAAUUUGUCUUCAACGUUAAAGUUCUUGACAGACCUGGCCCACCUGAUGGACCACUGCAUGUCACAGACAUGACAACAGAGAAAUGUAUUCUGUCAUGGCUGCCACCACUUCAUGAUGGAGGAGGAAAGAUUGAAUAUUACAUCAUUCAGAGACGUGAAACAAGUAGACUUACAUGGACAAAUGUAGCCACGGAUUUACAAGUAAACCGCUAUAAGGUUACCAAAUUGCUGAAAGGAAAUGAAUAUAUUUUCAGAGUCAUGGCUGUGAACAAGUAUGGAGUUGGAGAACCUCUUGAAUCUGAGCCUGCUGUUGCCACUAACCCAUAUGUGCCUUCUGAUCCUCCACAGGCACCAGAAGUAACUGCUAUCACAAAACAUUCAAUGGUGGUGUGUUGGGGACAUCCUGAACACAAUGGUGGAAGUAGUAUAAAUACCUACAUCAUUGAGAGGAGAGAUAAAACUGGUCUUCGUUGGGUAAAAUGCAAUAAAAGAACUGUUACUGAUCUGCGCUUCAAAGUGUCAGGACUAACACCUGGACAUGAGUAUGAAUACAGAAUCCUAGCCGAAAAUGCUGCUGGCUUAAGUGCACCAAGCCCUUCAAGUCCAUUCUACAAAGCAUGUGACACAAUAUUUCAACCUGGACCCCCUGGAAAUCCCAGGGUUUUGGAUACAAGUAAGUCAUCCAUUACUAUUGCUUGGAAUAAACCAGUUUAUGAUGGUGGCUCAGAUAUCACAGGUUAUAUUGUUGAAACAUGCCUGCCAGAGGAAGAUGAAUGGACAGUUGUCACUCCAAAGGCUGGGCUAACAGCAACAUCAUUCACCAUAACCAACCUUAUUGAAAACCAAGAAUAUAAGAUCAAUAUUUCAGCUCUUAACUGUGAAGGUGUUGGAGAGCCAGCCUCUGUACCUGGUUCACCAAAAGCAGAAGACAGACUCCUUCCACCUGAAAUCGAGCUUGACUCAGACCUUCGCAAAGUAGUGAACAUCAGAGCAUGCAGUAACUUAAGAUUAUUUGUGCCAAUUAAAGGAAGACCUGCACCAGAAGUCAGAUGGUCAAGGGAGACAGGUGAACCCCUUAAUAAAGCAUCAAUUGAAAUUACAUCAUCUUUCACCACAUUGGUUAUCGAGAAUGUAAACCGAUUUGAUGGUGGAAAAUACAUGCUAACAGUGGAAAACAGUUCAGGAACUAAAACGGCGUUUGUUAAUGUCCGAGUUCUUGACACUCCUGAUGCACCACAGAACCUUACAAUCAAAGAAAUCACAAAAGUUUCUGCUUCCCUCAUCUGGGAUCCUCCAGUCAUUGAUGGUGGAUCAAGAAUCAGGCAUUAUAUUGUUGAAAAACGUGAAUCUACACGAAAAGCAUAUUCCAUCGUUAAUACCUCCUGUCCCAAAACAAGUUGUAGAAUUGGAGACUUACAAGAAGGAAGCAUGUAUUUCUUCAGAAUUUUGGCUGAAAAUGAGUAUGGUGUUGGUCUUCCAGUAGAUACCACGGAAGCUAUAAAAAUCUCUGAGAGACCUCUUCCUCCUGGAAAAGUGACUCUAAAAGAAGUAACUGGCAACAGUGUAACACUUUCUUGGGAGAAGCCAGACCAUGAUGGAGGAAGCAGAAUUACGGGUUAUACUGUUGAAAUGCAAGGGAAAAACAGUGAAAAAUGGACGCAAGUAAUGACUGUUAAAGUAACAGAGGCAGUUGUUGUUGGCCUAACACAAGGUGAAGAAUACUUCUUCCGUAUUUCAGCAACUAAUGAAAAGGGAACCAGUGAUCCACGUCCACUUAGUGUCCCUGUGGUUGCUAUGGAUGUUGUUAUUGCUCCUGCCUUCAAACUUUUGUUCAGCACAUUCAGUGUUCUGGCAGGUGAUGAUCUGAAAAUUGAUGUGCCUUAUGUUGCUCAGCCCAAGGCAGCAGUUACCUGGCAAAAAGAUGGUAUUGCUCUGAAAGAGACAACAAGAGUAAAUGCUGAAAUAGCAGAGAGACACCUGUACCUUGUGAUAAAAGAGGCAACACGGGAUGAUGUGGGCAAAUAUACUAUUAAACUGACAAACUUAGCUGGUGAAGCUACAGCAGACAUCAAUGUUAUUGUACUUGAUAAACCUGGACCACCAACUGGCCCAAUCAAAAUAGAGGAGGUAACUGCAGACUGUGUUACAUUGUCAUGGCAGCCUCCAGAGUACGAGGGAGGCUGUAGCAUUAAUAACUAUAUUGUGGAAAAACGAGAUACAUCCACCACCAACUGGCAGAUUGUAUCUGCAACAGUGGCAAGAACAACAACUAAAGCUGCAAGAUUGAAGACUGGCUGUGAAUAUCAAUUUAGGAUUGCUGCUGAAAAUAGAUAUGGAAAGAGUUCAGUUCUUUUGUCUGAGCCUGUUGUUGCACAAUAUCCCUUUGAGGUUCCAAAUCCACCAGGAACUCCAACUGUUCAAUCUGCUACUAAAGAAAGCAUGGUUAUUGUGUGGAACAAACCCAGUAGUGAUGGUGGAAGCAAGAUUUUGGGAUAUCACAUUGAGAGUAAGGAAAGAAACAGCUUGUUGUGGGUAAAGCAAAACAAAACACUCAUUCCAGACACAAGAUUCAAGAUAGGUGGCCUUGAAGAAGGCAUUGAAUAUGAAUUUAGAGUUUAUGCUGAGAAUAUAGUUGGUCUAAGCAAGGCAAGCAAAGUAUCAGAAAUCCAGGUGGCUAGAGAUCCAUGUGACCCUCCAGGCAAACCUGAAGCAGUGAUUGUCACCAGAAGCUCUGUAACACUCAGGUGGACACCACCACAGUUUGAUGGCGGCAGCAAGAUUACAGGAUAUGUCAUUGAGAAAAAAGAAUUGCCUAAUGGCCGCUGGAUGAAAGCUUCUUUUACGAAUAUCAUUGAGACCGAAUUUGUUGUCAGUGGUUUGGUAGAGGAGCAGCAGUAUGAAUUUCGUGUCAUUGCAAAAAAUGCUGCAGGUGUGUCUAGUGUUCCAUCAGACAGUACUGGUGCAAUCACAGCCAAGGAUGAAGUUGAUCCACCCCAAAUUGACUUGGAUGCCAAAUAUUCUCAAACUAUUGUUGUUAAUGCUGGAGAAUCAUUCAAAGUAGAUGCAAGAAUACUUGGCAAACCUAUUCCUUCAGUUCACUGGAUAAAAUCUGGCGAAGAACUUACAAAUACUGCAAGACUUGAGAUAAAGAAUACUGACUUCACAACUACUCUUAGUGUGAAGGAGGCUAUCCGUGUUGAUGGAGGCCAGUAUACCUUGCUAUUAAAAAAUGUUGGUGGAGAGAAAUCAGUAGUUGUCAAUGUCAAGGUUCUGGACAGACCUGGGCCUCCAGAUGGCCCAAUUUCAAUCUAUGGGGUUACCAGUGAAAAGUGCUGCAUUGCCUGGAAAACUCCAUUGCACGAUGGAGGUGCGGAGGUGUCUCAUUACAUUGUGGAAAGAAGAGAGACCAGCCGCUUAGUUUGGACUGUUGUGGAAUCUAAGGUACAAACCCUCAAUCUUAAAAUUACAAAACUCCUUCCUGGAAAUGAGUAUAUUUUCAGAGUGAUACCUGUAAAUAAAUAUGGAAUUGGUGAGCCUUUAGAAUCUGAUCCAGUGAUUGCAGCAAAUCCAUUUGUCCCACCUGAUGCACCAAGUAAUGUUGAAGUGUCAAAUAUAACAAAGGAUUCCAUGGUUAUCACAUGGCAAAGACCCACUAAUGAUGGCGGAAAUGCAAUUACAGGAUAUAUUGUUGAAAAGAGAGACAAAGAAGGUGUUAGGUGGGCAAGAUGCAACAAACGUGUAGUGAGUGAACUACGCUUUAGAGUAACAGGACUUCUUGAAAACCGAAGUUAUGAAUUCCGUGUGUCUGCUGAGAAUAAAGCUGGAGUUGGUAAACCAAGUCCACCCACAGUGUACUUCAAGGCAGUGGAUCAAGUCUUCAAGCCUGGUCCACCAAACAACCCCAAGGUAAUUGAUGUCUCAAGAGCAUCUGUUGUCCUGCAUUGGGGAAAGCCAAUUUAUGAUGGUGGCUGUGAAAUUCAGAGUUACAUUGUUGAGGCAUGUGAAGUCACUUUCGAUGAAUGGAUGAUGUGUACACCACCCUCUGGAAUAACAGAGACAAGAUUUGAAGUUAAAAAACUGCUUGAAAAGCAUGAGUACAAAUUCAGAAUCUGUGCCAUAAAUAAGGUUGGUGUGGGAGAAACUGCUGAUAUCCCAGGAUCCAUUAUCAUAGAGGAUAAACUUGAGGCACCAGAUAUUGAUCUUGAUGCUGACCUGAGAAAGAUGAUUACUGUCAGGGCUGGAGGCUCUCUAAGAUUGUUUGUUCCUAUUCGUGGACGGCCAACUCCUGAAGUCAAGUGGGGAAAGGCUGAAGGUGAAAUCAACGAGGCAGCUCAAAUUGAUAUUACAAGCAGUUUCACUUCACUCAUAAUUGAAAAUGUUAAUAGAUUUGACAGUGGAAAAUACACUUUAACUCUGGAAAAUGCCAGUGGAACAAAAUCGGCAUUUAUUAGUGUCAGAGUAUUAGACAAUCCUGAUGCACCUGCAAACUUCCAUGUGAAGGAAAUAACAAAUAAUUCAGUCACUCUUAGCUGGGAGCCACCGUUGCUUGAUGGUGGAGCUAAAAUUAAAAAUUACAUUGUUGAAAAACGAGAGAGUACAAGAAAGGUAUACUCUGCUGUUGGUACCUGCAACAAGAUGACAUGGAAAAUUGAACCACUCCAAGAGGGAAGCAACUUUUUCUUCAGGGUUCUUGCUGAAAAUGAACAUGGUAUUGGAUUGCCUGCAGAGACUCUAGAACCAAUAAAAAUCUCAGAGGUGCCACAACCCCCUGGUAAAGUUUCUGUAGUGGAUGUUACAAGGAAGAGUGUUUCCCUCAAAUGGGAAAAACCAGAGCAUGAUGGAGGCAGCAGAAUUACUUAUUACGAAGUUGAAAUGCAAGCAAAGGAUCAAGAUAAAUGGUCUCUUUGUGCUCAAGUAAAAUCCCUCGACACUGUUGUAACUAAUUUAGUCCAAGGUGGGGAGUACAAUUUCAGAGUCAUUGCCGUUAAUGACAAAGGAAAGAGUGAUCCCAGACUCUUGGCAAAUCCUGUUGUUGCAAAGGACCUUGCUAUUCAGCCCACAGUAAGAACAAAACUUAGCACCUACAAUGUACAGGUUGGGCAAGAUUUGAAAAUUGAAGCACGAAUUUCUGGUCAUCCAAAACCAACUAUUACAUGGACCAAAGAUGGUUCAGCUCUGAAACAGACCACAAGAGUAAAUGUUGCUGACACUGCACAUCAUACCACUCUUACCAUCAAAGAUGCAACAAGAGAAGAUGGUGGUAUGUAUAACAUUGCUGUGGCUAAUGUACUUGGACAAGCAGAAGCCACAGUUGAAAUAAUUAUACUUGAAAAGCCUGGCCCACCAACUGGCCCAGUCAGGAUUGAUGAAGUGAGUGCAGAGAGCAUUACAUUAUCUUGGGACCAACCAACAUACACUGGAGGCUGCCAGAUUUCAAAUUAUGUUGUCCAAAAGAGAGACACCACCACCACUAACUGGGUAGUUGUUUCUGCCACAGUAGCAAGAACCACACUUAAAGUUAGUAAUUUAAAAACUGGAGCUGAAUACCAGUUUAGAAUUUUUGCUGAGAAUAGGUAUGGUAAAAGCUAUGGCAUUGACUCAGAUCCGGUUCUCGCCCAGUAUCCUUUCAAGGAGCCUGGGCCUCCAGGAACUCCAUUUGUGUCUGCAUUCACAAAAGAAUCUAUGGUUGUUGAAUGGCACAAGCCAGUCUCAGAUGGUGGAAGUGCUAUUCUAGGAUAUCAUCUAGAGAGAAAAGAGAAAAAUAGCAUUCUUUGGACAAAGAUCAAUAAAAUACUCAUUCAAGACACCAGAUUUAAAACAUCUCCAUUGGAAGAGGGCAUUGAAUAUGAAUUCAGAGUCUAUGCUGAAAACAUAGUUGGAAUUGGAAUGUGCAGCAAAAUUUCUGAGGGUUGUGUGGCACGUGACCCAUGUGACCCACCAGGCACCCCUGUGCCAGUGAUUGUGACAAGACACUCAGUGAAACUUAGAUGGACACCACCGGAAUAUGAUGGAGGCAGCCUUGUCACUGGAUAUGUUGUGGAGAAACGAGACCUGCCAGAGGGUCGUUGGAUGAAAGCUAGUUUUGCAAAUAUUAUUGAAACUGAAUUUACAGUCACAGGCCUGAUAGAAGACUGCAAAUAUGAUUUCAGAGUUAUUGCCAGAAAUGGAGCUGGAUCAGUUAGUAGACCCUCUAUGAGCACAGGCUCAAUUACAGCUAAGGAUGAAGUUGAACCACCAACCUAUGAGGUUGCCUCAGAGUAUAGCCAAAUUUUGACCGUGAAUGCCGGAGACACAUUUACCCUGGAAGCAUCCAUACUAGGAAAGCCGGUUCCAACAAUGCAGUGGUUUAAGGGUGAUGUGGAAGUUGAAAAUUCAGCAAGAGCUGAAAUCAAGAACACUGACUUGAAAGCAAUUCUUGUUGUCAAAGAUGCCAUUCGAAUUGAUGGAGGACAGUACACAUUGCACCUCACUAAUGUGGCUGGAACAAAGUCUGUGUCCUUCAGUGUAAGAGUCCUUGAUAGACCUGGACCCCCUGAAGGUCCUUUUUCUGUCUCUGGUGUAACAUGUGAGAAGUGCUCAUUGUCAUGGCUGCCUCCAAAACAUGAUGGUGGCAGUAGCAUUUCUCAUUAUAUCAUACAGAAGAGAGAAACAAGUCGCCUUGCUUGGACUGUAGUUUCAGGUGAUUGUGGAGCAACCAUGUUUAAAGUUACUAAACUUUUAAAAGGAAAUGAAUACAUAUUCCGUGUCAUGGCUGUCAACAAGUAUGGAGUUGGUGAACCACUUGAAUCUGCACCAGUGAAUAUGAGAAAUCCUUUUGUUCCAUCUGGGCCACCUAAAGAACUAGAAGUAACAAAUAUUUCAAGGGAUUCUAUGACAGUAUGCUGGACUCGUCCUGAGACUGAUGGUGGAAGUGAAAUUAUUGGUUAUAUUGUAGAGAAGAGAGACAGAGCUGGAGUGCGGUGGACAAAAUGUAACAAACGCAGAGUCACAGACUUACGUUUCAGAGUCACAGGCUUGACAGAGGAUCAUGAAUAUGAAUUUAGGUUAUCUGCAGAAAAUGCUGCUGGAGUUGGACAGCCAAGUCCACCAUCUGUUUAUUACAAAGCCUGUGAUCCAACAUUUAAGCCUGGCCCACCAACUAAUGCACACCUUGUUGACACUACAAAGAAUUCAGUCACAAUUGCAUGGAGUAGACCAAUAUAUGAUGGUGGUUUAGACAUCCAAGGCUAUGUUGUUGAGAUAUGUAAAGCUGAUGAAGAAGAAUGGACCACAUGUACUCCACCCUCUGGAUUAAAUGAUACUAAAUUUACAAUAACUAAACUUACUGAACACCAAGAAUACAAAGUUCACAUAUGUGCUUUUAAUAAACUGGGUGUUGGUGAGCCAGUGUCUAUCCAAGGAACUGUCAAACCAGUGGAUAAGAUGGAUCCCCCUGAAAUUGAGCUUGACUCGGAGUUGAGGAAAGGAAUUGUUGUGCAUGCUGGAGGGUAUAUGAGAAUCAACAUACCAUUCAAAGGACGCCCCAUUCCUGAGGUAAACUGGGCCAAGGAUGAGGGAGAUUUACCAGAUAAAGCCCAAAUAGAAAAGGGACCAGAUUACACUCAGUUAUCAAUUGAUAUAUGUGACAGAAAUGAUGCUGGUAAAUAUACUCUGACUUUGGAAAAUAAUGCUGGCACUAAAUCAGCCUUUGUGUCAGUAAAAGUACUCGAUACACCAGGUGCUCCACAGAACCUUGUUGUGAAAGAUGUAACAAGAAACUACACCACCCUUGUUUGGGAACCUCCACUUAUAGAUGGUGGUUCAAAAAUCAAAAAUUAUAUCAUUGACAAGAGAGAAUCGAAUAGACAAGGAUUUGUAAACAUUACUACCAAGUGCUCCAAGACCAGCUUCCGUGUUGGUGAUUUGACAGAAGGUGGUGUUUAUUACUUCAGAGUCAUGGCAGAAAAUGAAUUUGGAAUUGGUCUUCCUGUAGAAACAGAAGAAUCUGUGAAGACAGCAGAUCCUCCUUUAUCUGUCGGCAAGGUAACUUUGACUGAUGUGACAAAAACCACAGCAUCACUUUCAUGGGAUAAACCAGAUCAUGAUGGUGGUAGUAGAAUCUUGGGUUAUUAUAUUGAAAUGCAGCCAAAAGGAUCAGAGGAAUGGACAAUUGCUACAGUCACCAAAACAGGUGAAGGUACAGUGACAGGACUUAGUUCAGGACAAGAGUACCUCUUCAGAGUUUUAGCUUACAAUGAGAAAGGAAAAAGUGAUCCAAGGCCAUUGACUGCUCCUGUCGUAGCCAAAGAUGUUACUAUUGAACCAAGCUUCAAACUACUUUUCAACACAUACAGCGUUCAAGCUGGUGAAGAUCUCAAAGUGGAAAUACCAUUUAAAGGGCGUCCAACUCCAAAGAUUGCAUGGAUGAAAGAUGGACAAGCACUGAAAGAGACGACCAGAUUAAAUGUCUCAAGCACUGUAACUUCAACAGUUCUUAAAAUUAAAGAUGCAAAUAGAGAGAACUCUGGCAAGUACACAGUUACAGCUACAAAUAAUAUAGGUACGGUCACUGAAGAGGUUGGCAUAAUCAUUCUUGACAAACCAGGCCCACCAGUUGGACCGGUUAAAAUUGAUGAAGUAAGUGCCACCUAUGCUACCAUCUCCUGGGAGCCACCAGUAUACACAGGAGGUUGUCAGAUAAACAACUACAUAGUGGAAAAACGUGAUACAACCACUACUAACUGGCAGAUUGUUUCAGCAACCAUUGCUCGUACCACAAUAAAAGUCACAAAGCUGAAGACUGGUUCUGAAUAUCAGUUUAGAGUGUUUGCUGAGAACAGAUAUGGAAAGAGCACAUCGUUAGAUUCAGCGCCAGUUGUGGUCAGUUAUCCUUUUACUGAGCCUGUAGCUCCUGGUGCACCAUUUGUUUCAUCAGUGACAAAAGACCACAUGACAAUUGAAUGGAAACCCCCCAGCAAUAAUGGAGGUAGCCCUAUUAUUGGGUAUCACCUUGAGCGUAAAGAAAAGAACAGCAUCUUAUGGACCAAACUUAACAAGCUUCUUAUCGCUGACACUCGAUUCAAAACAAAUGGUCUGGAGGAGGGAAUUGAAUAUGAAUAUAAAGUGUUUGCUGAAAAUAUGGCAGGAAUCAGUCCAUCAAGCAAAGUCUCAGAAAGUGUUGUUGCACGUGAUCCCUGUGAUCCCCCUGGAACUCCUGAAGCCAUUGUUAUCACAAGAAACCUAGUAACUCUUCAGUGGGCAAAACCACAGUAUGAUGGUGGCAGUGCUAUUACAGGAUACAUUAUUGAAAGGAAGAAGCUGCCUGAAGGUCGUUGGAUGAAGGCCAGCUUUACAAAUAUUAUACACACACAAUUUACAAUAACUGGAUUGGAAGAAGAACAAAGAUAUGAAUUUAGAGUAAUUGCCAAAAAUGCAGCUGGUAAUUUAAGUGUACCCUCUGAAAGCACUGGACCAAUUACUGCUCAGGAUGAGAUUGAAGCUCCAUCUGUCUCCAUGGAUUCAAAAUUUAAAGAUGUUAUCACUGUAAAGGCUGGUGAGUCCUUUGCUAUUGAUGCAGACAUUGCUGGAAAACCUCUUCCUGAUAUUAUGUGGCUUAAGGAUGGAAAAGAAAUUGACAGUGCUACACCCAGAAUGGAGAUUAAAUCCACCAUCACACAAACAGUUUUGACUGUUAAGGACUGCAUUAGAGUAGAUGGUGGUCAUUUCCUCUUAAAUCUCAGUAAUGUUGGUGGAACCAAACAGGUACCCAUUAGUGUCAAAGUUCUUGAUAGACCUGGUCCACCUGAUGGCCCUCUGAAUGUAACUGGUGUCACAGCAGAAAAAUGCUAUUUGCACUGGAGCCACCCAUCACAUGAUGGUGGAGCUGGCAUUUCUCAUUAUAUUAUUGAAAAGAGAGAAACUAGCAGACUGUCAUGGACAGUAGUGGAACCUAAAAUUCAAGCAAUUAGUUACAAAGUCACUAAACUCCUACCUGGUAAUGAGUAUAUAUUCAGAGUCAUGGCAGUGAACAAAUAUGGUAUUGGCGAACCACUUGAAUCUGAACCUGUCCUUGCAAAAAAUCCUUUCAACAAACCUGGACCACCUUCAACUCCAGAAGCAAGUGCAGUCACCAGAGACUCAAUAGUCCUUACAUGGGAACGGCCAGAGGACGAUGGCGGAUCACAAAUUGAUGGUUAUGUUCUUGAGAAACGUGAUAAAGAGGGUAUAAGAUGGACAAAGUGUAACAAGAAAAGACUGAAUGACUUGAGAUUCAGAGCCACUGGGCUUACAGAGGGACACUUCUAUGAAUUCAGAGUAUCUGCUGAAAAUGCUGCUGGUGUGGGCACACCAAGUGAACCAUCUCAAUAUUACAAAGCUUGUGAUGCAACUUAUCCUCCUGGUCCUCCUAAUAAUCCUAAAAUAACAGAUCACUCAAGCACAACUGUUUCCUUGGCAUGGAGUAGACCAAUUUAUGAUGGUGGAGCACUGGUCUCAGGAUACAUUGUUGAGGCAAAGGAAGUUAGUGAAGAUGAAUGGACAGUAUGCACUCCACCAACCGGUGUGCAAACAACUCACUUCACCGUCAAAACAUUAAAGGAAAAUGCAGAAUACAACUUCCGUAUUUGUGCACUUAAUAUUGAGGGGGCUGGAGAGCAUGUUGAUGUUCCAGGAUCUGUAAUUGCUGCUGAAAAUCUUGAAGCUCCUGAGAUAGAACUUGAUGCAGAUCUUAGGAAAUGUGUGACUGUGCGUGCCAGUGCAACACUUCGGUUAUUUGUCACCAUAAGGGGAAGGCCCGAGCCAGAGGUUAAGUGGACAAAGGCAGAUGGUAUCUUACCAGAGCGGGCUCAAAUUGAAGUAACAGGCUCUUACACUGUGCUUGUUAUUGACAAUGUUAACCGAUUUGAUACUGGAAAAUAUGUUGUGACCCUUGAAAAUAAUAGUGGCACAAAAUCUUCAUUUAUUAAUGUCAAGGUCCUUGACUCUCCAAGUGCUCCAGUGAAUUUUGAAAUUAAGGAUGUAAAGAGAGAUUCUGUCCAGCUACAGUGGGAGCCUCCACAAAUUGAUGGUGGAGCCAGGAUCACCCAUUACAUUGUGGAAAAGCGUGAAUCUAAAAGGCUGGCAUUCACAACUGUGACAAAUAGCUGUGUCAGAAAUUCAUUCAAAGUUGAUGAUCUCCAAGAAGGAGGUCUUUACCACUUCCGUGUUUUGGCUGUGAAUGAACUUGGUGUUGGUUUGCCUGCAGAGACCAUAGAGGCUGUCAAAGUUUCCCAAGCACCCUUACCACCUGGUAAAAUUACAGUUGUUGAUGUAACUCGCCACACUAUUACUCUAGCAUGGGAAAAGCCAGAUCAUGAUGGUGGCAGCAAAAUCACAGGCUACACAGUGGAAAUGAUUACUAAGGGAUCAGAUAAAUGGACUGUAUGUGCUACAGUAAAGGCACUGGAAACCACAAUUGAAGGACUUACAACAGGAGAGGAAUACAGUUUCAGAAUUGCAGCAGUUAAUGACAAAGGAAAGAGUGAUCCUAAACCCCUGGGAGCAUCUGUUGUGGCACGAGAUAUUACUAUUGAACCCAUUAUUGAUUUGCUGUUUAAUACCUACAGUGUGAAGGCUGGAGAUGAUCUCAAAAUAGAUGUUCCAUUCAGAGGCAGACCUCUUCCAGAGGUUACAUGGAAAAAGGGUGGUCACUCAUUGAAGCAAACAACCAGAGUUAAUGUUUUGACAUCAAAGACAUCAUCAAAGAUUGUCAUCAAGGAUUCAACAAGAGAGGAUGCUGGAAAAUAUGAAAUUAUUUUAACCAAUUCGAUUGGCAUUAAAUCAGCAGAAAUAUCUGUUAUUGUUCUUGAUAAACCAGGUCCACCAGGUGCAAUCAAGGUAGAGGAAAUAAGUGCUGAUUUUAUUUCACUAUCAUGGGACCCUCCAAUUUAUGAUGGUGGUUGUCAAAUUAAUAAUUAUGUAGUCGAGAAGAGAGAUAUGACCACUACAGCAUGGCAAAUUGUUUCAGCAACAGUUGCUAGAACAUCAAUCAAAGUAACUCGUUUGACACAAGGAACAGAAUAUCAGUUCCGUGUUGCUGCAGAGAAUCGUUAUGGAAAAAGCCAUGCAAUUGACUCUGCCCCAGUAGUUGCACAGUACCCCUUCUCACCUCCAGGCCCUCCAACCAGUCUUCACAUUGCUCAAGCCACUAAAUCAGGAAUGCUAGUUACCUGGAACAGACCAGCAAGUGAUGGUGGCAGUCCCGUCUUUGGAUAUCACUUGGAAUGCAAAGAUCAGAGCAGCAUUCUCUGGGCAAAGAUGAACAGAGGGCCUAUUACAGAAACUCAGUUCAAGGUAACUGGUUUGGAAGAAGGUCUCUUGUAUCAGUAUAGAGUAUAUGCUGAGAAUAUAGCUGGCAUUGGACCUUGCACAAAGGCAUGUGAUCCUGUUUCUGCCCGAGAUCCAUGUGCACCUCCAGGUCAGCCAGUAGUUAUGAACAUCACAAGAACAUCUGUUUCUCUCUCCUGGGCAAUACCUGAGUUUGAUGGUGGAGCUAAGGUGACUGGCUACAUUGUUGAACGCAGGGAACUUCCAGAUGGACGAUGGUUAAAGUGUAAUUUCACCAAUCUUCAAGAAACAUUCUUUGACGUGACUGGUCUGAUUGAAGAUCAGAGAUAUGAUUUCCAUAUAAUUGCUAAGAAUGCAGCUGGCUUACUCAGUGAACCAUCAGAGGGUACAGGACCUGUCACUGUAAAAGAUGAUGUUGAUCCACCACGCAUCACAAUUGAGGACAAGCUAAGGCAACUGGUUGUAGUGAAAGCUGGAGACAUACUUAGAAUUGAUGCUGAAAUAUCAGGACGUCCAAUUCCUGUGAUUUCAUGGGCAAAGGAUGGGAAAGAAAUUGAAGCCAAGGCCAGAUUUGAGAUUUCUUCAACACUCACUAGUACAACAAUAAUUGUGAGAGAUGCCAUUAGACGAGACUCUGGACAGUAUGUUCUAACAUUGCAAAAUGUUGCAGGCACCAGAUCUUUGGCAGUAAACUGUAAGGUCCUGGACAGGCCUGGCCCAUCAGCUGGACCGUUGGAAGUAACUGGUCUGACUGCAGAGAAAUGUACAUUGAACUGGGGACCACCUCAAGAAAAUGGAGGUGCUGAAAUUCAGCACUACAUAGUUGAGAAACGUGAAACAAGCCGGCUUGCCUGGACUCUGGUCUAUGCAGAUAUGAAAGCCACAACAUGUAAAGCAACAAAACUGCUCAAAGGCAAUGAGUAUAUAUUUAGAGUUCGGGGAGUUAAUAAAUAUGGAACCGGUGAAGCUCUGGAGAGUGAUCCUGUUAAGGCAAUGGAUCCAUUUACAAUCCCUGCUGCACCUACAAAUGUUGAUGUCACCAGUGUUACAAGUGAAGCAAUGACAAUUUGCUGGGAAAGACCUGUCUCUGAUGGAGGCAGUAGUAUUUCUGGCUAUGUAAUUGAGAAACGUGAGAAAUCUGGUCUCCGCUGGGUACGUGUCAACAAAAAGCCUGUUUAUGACUUAAGAGUAAAAGCUUCCAAUCUCCGUGAAGGAUGUGAGUAUGAAUACAGAGUAUUUGCAGAGAAUGCUGCUGGUUUGAGUGCCCCAAGUGUGCCUUGCCCACUGACAAAGGCAGAGGAUCCAUUGUUCCUACCAUCACCUCCAGCUAAACCUAAAAUAAUCGAUUCUUCUAAAACAUCAAUAACUUUGUCUUGGAACAAGCCAUUAUUUGACGGUGGCUCUCCAGUUACAGGAUAUAUGGUGGAAUAUAGGAAAACCAAUGAUGAUGACUGGACACUUGGUGUCAGUAACACUAAGAGCACAGAGUUCACUGUGGUGGGACUCACUUCAGGAGCAGAGUAUGUCUUUGUAGUCAGAUCACUUAACAAGAUUGGUCAAAGUGAGCCAAGUCCUGAAACUGAUCCUCAGAUAGCAAAAGACAGAGAAGAUGAGCCAGUUUUCCUAAUCAGUAAUGAAAUGAGGAAGACACUGAUUGUCAAAGAUGGCAGCUCAUUUACACUUAGAGUCCCAUUCAAGGGAAAGCCUGUACCACAUGUAAUGUGGAACAAACCAGAUGUUGAUCUGAGAGUGAGGGCUGCUAUUGAUACAACCGAUAACUGCACAUCUAUCACAAUUGAGCAAGCUACAAGAGAUGACUCAGGGAAAUACACUGUAACCCUCCAAAAUGUUGCUGGAACUUCUACACUGACAUUGAGUGUAAAGGUCCUAGAUUCUCCAGGCCCACCAGCCCACAUUGAAAUAAAGGAAGUCACCAAGAGCUCUGCAACUAUUACAUGGGAUACUCCUGAGAAUGAGGGUGGUGCUCCAGUCAAGAACUACCUUGUUGAUCUUCGUGAGGCAACUAAAAUGGGCUGGACCAGAAUUACAGACAGUUGUCCCAGGUUGACUUUUAAAGUUAAUGAUCUUCAAGAAGGGGGUGUUUAUUAUUUCAGAGUUACCGGUGAAAAUGAGUAUGGUAUAGGAGUCCCACUUGAGACCAAAGAAGGAACAAAGAUUACAGAAAAACCAAGUCCACCACCCAAGCUUGGAGUCACUGAUGUCACAAAAGACAGUGUCUCACUAGCAUGGCUUAAACCAGAACAUGACGGAGGUAGCAGAAUUACAAAUUACCUGGUUGAGGCUCUUGAAAAAGGACAACAAAAAUGGAUAAAGUGUGGUUCUACCAAAUCAACUCACUUUGUUGUCUAUGGAUUGAGAGAAAAUGCUGAAUACUACUUCAGAGUUCGGGCUGAAAACCAUGCUGGACUUAGUGACCCCAAGGACAUGGUUUUACCUGUGCUUGUAAAAGAUCAGCUGGAGGCACCUGAAAUUAACAUGAAGGACUUCCAACACAACACUGCCUAUGUUAAGGCAGGUUCAAAUCUCAAGAUUGAGAUCCCCCUCACUGGUAAACCACUACCAAAAGUAUCCCUAUCUAAGGAUGGACAGGUUCUAAAGUCAACCAUGAGAUUCAACUCUGAUGUGACAACUGACUCCCUUAUAAUUUCUUUGCGUGAAAGUGUUGCUUCAGACGCAGGCAGAUAUGAUAUCACGGCCUCCAACUCCAGUGGAACCACAAAGUCUUUUGUGAAUAUUGUGGUCCUUGACAGACCAAGCCCACCAGUUGGUCCUGUUGAAAUGUGUGAUGUCACAGAAGACAGUGUCAGUCUAAAAUGGUUGCCUCCUGCUUAUGAUGGUGGUAGCCCAAUCACCAACUACAUUGUUUUCAAACGUGAGACCACUACUGCAAACUGGAUAGAAGUCUCAUCUGCUGUUGCACGGUGCACAAUCAAGAUCAUGAAGCUGAUUAAUGGAGUUGAGUACCAGUUUAGAAUCAGGGCUGAGAAUCGUUUUGGCAUCAGUGACCACAUUGAUUCACCAACUGUUACAGUCAGUCUUCCAUACACACUCCCUGUGGCACCUUCACAACCAUGGGUAUCAGCUGUAACAAAGGAAAGUAUUACUGUUAACUGGAAGGAGCCAUGUUCAGAUGGUGGAAGCCAUGUCUUUGGAUAUCACCUUCAGAUGAAAGACAGAAACAGCAUUCUUUGGCAGAAAGUUAACACAACUGUUAUCCGUGCUACACACUUCAAAGUAUCAAACGUGAAUGCUGGUCUGAUCUAUGAGUUCAAGGUUGCAGCUGAAAAUGCUGCUGGCAUUGGUCCAGUUAGCAAGCCCUCAGAUCCUGUGCUUGCAAUUGAUGCUUGUGAAUCUCCAAACAACCUUAGAGUCACUGAUAUCACAAAGAGUUCCAUUAGCCUUUCCUGGGAGAAACCCUCAUAUGAUGGAGGAAGUAAAAUUACUGGAUAUUUGAUUGAGAGGAAAAAUGGUCCAAAAGGCAGAUGGUCAAAAGCUAAUUUGACAAAUGUUACUGACACAAAGUUUACUGUAUCAGGUUUGACUCAGAAUGAAUCUUAUGAAUUCCGGGUCAUGGCUAAGAAUGCAGUUGGCUCCAUUAGUAACCCAUCAGCAACUGUUGGACCAGUCACAUGUGUGGAUACAUAUGGUGCCCCUGAGAUUGAACUUCCUCCAGAAUAUCUUGAUGUUGUGAAAUAUAAAGCAGGUGCUACAGUUCAGCUUAAAAUUGGUAUUAUUGCUAAACCUCAACCAACAAUUGAAUGGUACAAGGAUGGAAAAGAGCUUGAGUCUGGAGCUCAGAUUUCCAUUUCCAACACCACUGUGUCUGCAUGCAUCUCAAUCAGGGAAGCCAGCCGUUUGAAUAGUGGAACAUAUGAACUCAAGAUCAAGAACUCUUUAGGCUCAGCAUAUGCUGCUGUCAGAGUACUUGUCCAAGACAAGCCAGGACCCCCUGAUGGAGAGAUACAGUUCAAGAAAGUCACAGCAGAUACUAUGACUAUCAUGUGGGAUCCUCCAGCUGAUGAAGGUGGAGCAAUGGUUACCCACUACUUUGUGGAGAAACGUGAAACAAGCAGAAUUUUGUGGUCCAUUAUCUCAGAAAAACUAGAAGACUGCAUUGUCACAGUCCCAAGGCUAAUUAAGGGCAAUGAAUACAUAUUCCGUGUUCGUGGUGUAAACAAAUAUGGAGUUGGAGAUCCUCUGGAAUCUAGACCAGUAAUUGCACAGAAUUCCUUUGUUCCUCCUAGUCGGCCUUCUAAACCCCAAGUCACUAUGAUUACCAGGUCAACAAUGACUGUGGUAUGGGAAAGACCAAGUUUAGAUGGUGGCAGUGACAUUGAUGGAUAUUACUUAGAGAAGAGGGAGAAGAAAAGUCUACAGUGGUUCAAGGUUAUUAAAGAUCCAAUUCGUGAUACCAGACAGAAAGUCAACAACCUCACAGAAGGAAAUGAAUUUCAGUAUCGUGUCUGUGCAAUCAACAAAGCUGGAGCAGGCCCAUAUUCUGAUGUGUCCAUCUUUUACAAAGCUUAUGACCCAAUUGAUCCACCAAGUGAGCCAACCAAGCUCAGAGUUGUUGAUUCAACAAAGACAUCUAUUACCCUUGGAUGGGUCAAGCCUGUCUAUGAUGGUGGCAGCGAAAUUACAAGUUAUGUUGUUGAACAAAGAAUGGCAGAUGAGACCGAAUGGGGCACUAUAAGUUCUAAAGGAGAAGUAAGAACAACUGAGUUUGUAGUGUCCCACUUGAAACCUGGAGUGUACUACUUCUUCCGUGUCUCUGCUGUUAAUUGUGUUGGAACUGGACGUUCAAUUGAGAUGGUGCAGCCAAUGCAAGCCAAAGAUAUUCUGGAGGAGGCGGAUGUGGAUCUUGACAUCUCAAUGUCAACUCAGUACAUAGCAAAGGCUGGUAGAGAUGUGGAGAUUGUAAUCCCUCUUAAGGGUAGACCUGCUCCAAAUGUAACAUGGAGAAAGGGAGACAAAAACAUUAGUGGUGAUGCAAGAUAUGCCAUCAGAAACACAGAAUACUCAACUACACUCAUAAUUCCAAAGGUCACAAGGGAUGACACUGGCAAAUAUCUUCUUGAAAUUGAAAAUGGGGUUGGAGAGCCAAAAACCAUCACAGUGUCUGUUAAAGUAUUAGACACACCAUCUGCUUGUAAUAGGUUGAUAGUGAAGAAUGUGACACGAGGUAAACUCACUUUGAGCUGGGAACCACCCUAUAUAGAUGGUGGCUCUCCAAUCACAAACUACGUUGUUGAAAAGAAGGAUGCUAAAAUGAAGGCAUUCACCAUUGUGACAAAUGAAUGUGCCAAUACAACCUACAGGGUUGAUGGUCUGUCUGAAGAAAUUUACUAUUUCUUCCGUGUUUCUGCUGAAAAUGAAUAUGGUGUUGGUGAUCCUUGUGAGACUGCACAGCCUGUAAGAGCAACCGAGAUGCCUGGUGCUGUAAAAGACCUUGUACUGGUGGACUCAACUAAUACAUCUGUAUGGUUGGCGUGGACAAAGCCUGAUCAUGAUGGUGGCAGUCACAUUUCUGAGUACAUUAUUGAGAAGAAAACAAAGGAAGAGGAAGCUUGGAGCAUUGGUGGUACGUGCAGGCGUUGCCAGUAUGAGGUAACACACCUUAAAGAACUUUCAGAAGUUUACUUUAGAGUAUUCGCAAAAAAUGAGAAGGGUCGCAGUGACUUCUCUCAAAUUGGACCCAUCACUGUAAAGGAACUCCUUAUACCACCUGAGGCAAACCUUAUUGACUAUCCUAAUUCAGAAUUAAGUGUUCGCAUUGGACAAAAUGUGAAUAUUGAUUUGCCCUACAAGGGUAAACCUAAACCAACGAUUCAGUGGAUGAAAGAUGACGUGCCACUCAAGGAAAGUGAACAAGUUCGUUUCAGGCAAACAGAGAACAAGGCAAGUCUCAUUGUAAGAAAUGCAAGAAAGGAGAAUGCAGGAAAAUACACCUUGGUCCUUGAUAGUAAACUUGUCAAGAACUUCUUUGACAUUAAAGUCAUUACACUUGGGCCACCCUCUCAGCCUAUAGGUCCAAUUCGUUUUGAUGAAAUUAAAGCCCAGAGUAUUAUCAUCUCAUGGGAUGAACCCCAGGACAACGGUGGAGGCGAGAUCACCUGCUAUAGUGUAGAAAAGCGAGAGAAAUCUCAAGCAGCAUGGAAGAUAAUUUGCUCUAGUGUGGUCAGGACCACAUUCAAGAUACCAAAUUUGGUUAAGGGUACUGAAUACCAAUUUAGGGUGCGUGCAGAGAACAAAUAUGGAAUGAGCGAGCCUCUAACCUCAUUAGAUGUGGUUGCUCAACACCAAUACAAGCCACCAGGUUCACCAGGAAAACCUGUAGUAUUCAAUGUUACAAGUGAUGGCAUGACUGUUCAGUGGGAAGCCCCAGGAUUUGAUGGCGGUUCUCCAAUCACUGGAUACCAUCUUGAGAAAAAAGACAGGAACAGCUUAUUGUGGAUGAAAGUGAAUUCCAGUGUUAUCUCUGGAAGAGAAUACAGAGUCAUUGGACUUAUUGAAGGUCUGGAGUAUUCAUUCAGAGUUUAUGCACAAAACAAUGCUGGAAUGAGUCCAGUCAGUGAACAGAGCAAGCACAAACUGGCAAUCUCCCCUGUUGAUCCUCCAGGCACACCUAACUGCAUUGAUGUUACAAGAGACUCUGUAACACUUCAGUGGGAACCACCGAAGCGUGAUGGAGGCAGUAGGAUUGUGGCAUACAGUGUUGAAAGGCGUCAAGGAAGAGCACGUUGGUUGAGAUGCAAUUUCAUUGACAUCAGCGAAUGUCAGUUUACUGUAACAGGUCUUGCUGCUGGUGAUCGCUUUGAAUUUAGGGUAAUUGCCAGGAAUGCUGUCGGAACAGUUAGUCCACCUUCUCAGUCAUCUGGCUACAUCAUGACCAAGGAUGAAAGUGUUAUCCCUGAGAUUCAGUUUGAAGCUGAGAAGACCCUCGCCAUCAAGGCAGGAGAAAAUAUUAAACUCAACUGCAGUAUAAGUGGACGCCCUGUACCUCAAGUCACAUGGUAUAAAGAUGGAAAGGAAGUUGAUAAAAUGCUGGUUGACAUCACAACUGUUAUUGGAUCAAGCUCACUGUUCAUCAGUGAUGCUGACCGCAAUGACCGUGGUAUCUACACAGUUGAGGCCAAGAACAGUUCAGGCACAACAAAAGUGGAUGUUCUUGUCAGAGUACAAGAUACCCCUGGACCACCUGAGGGCCCGCUCCGCUUCACAAAUAUAUCUGCAGAGAAAGCAACUCUUUGGUGGAGCCCACCUGAAAAUGAUGGUUGUGCACCUAUCACUAAUUAUGUAAUUGAGAAGCGUGAGACUUCCAGAAUUUCUUGGGCACUUGUAACAUCCAAGUGUGAAGCCUGCUCCUUUAAUGCCACAAAACUGAUUAAAGGCAAUGAAUAUCAGUUCCGUGUAUCUGCUGCCAAUAAAUUUGGUGUGGGCAAGCCACUAGAGUCUGAGCCAGUCAUUGCUCAGAUGCAAUACACGGUACCAGAUGCUCCUGGAACACCUGACUGCACCCAUGUGACAGGAAACAGUAUCACUCUAUGCUGGACAAGACCAAGACAUGAUGGUGGAAAUGAGAUUAAGCAAUACAUUCUUGAAAGACGAGAAAAGAAGAGCUUAAGAUGGGUGAAGGUUUCUGCAAAGAGACCAAUAUCUGAGCUUAGGCAUAGAGUAACAAACCUUACAGAAGGAAAUGAAUAUGAAUUCCAUGUUAUGGCUGAAAAUGGUGCUGGAAUUGGACCUGCAAGUGGUACAUCCAGAUUGUUCAAAUGCAGAGAACCAACAAGUGCCCCCAGUGCUCCAACUCUGGUGAAGGUCAUUGAUUCCACCAAGAUGUCUGUUACCUUGGAAUGGACCAAACCAGUGUUUGAUGGUGGUAUGGAAAUCAUUGGUUACAUUAUUGAGAUGUGCAAGGCAAGCCUUGAGGAAUGGCACAGAGUCAACAACCAGACUUGCAUCCACACACAUUACGCAGUAACAGAGUUAGAACCUGGUGAAGAAUAUAAAUUCCGUGUGUGUGCAGUCAAUGGUGCUGGCAAGGGAGAAUUCUCUGAGACUCCAAAUGUAGUUCAAGCAGUUGAUAGACUGACCUCACCUGAAAUUGAUAUAGAUGCAAACUUCAAGCAGACACAUGUUGUGAAGAGCAGCGGAACAGUUACACUUCAUAUUCCCUUCUGUGGAAAACCAGCCCCACUUGCCACAUGGACAAAGGCAGACAGAGAUCUUGGUGUAAUGGUGGAUAUUAAUACCACAGACACAUUCAGCACUUUGACAAUUGAAAAUUGCACCAGGUAUGAUGCUGGCAAGUAUACACUCUCUCUUGAAAACAACAGUGGUCGUAAAGCCAUUACAUUAACAGUCAAAGUGUUGGACACACCUGGCCCUCCUGGACCUCUCUCAUUCAAGGAUGUAACAAGAGGUGCUCUGACACUCAUGUGGGAUGCACCAUCCAAUGAUGGAGGUGCACGUGUUCAUCACUACAUUGUUGAAAAGCGAGAGGCAAGUCGGUUAAGUUGGCAAGAGGUCAGUGAAAAGUGUACACGUCAAAUAUUAAGAGUGGCCAACCUUGAUAUUGGUGUAGCAUAUUUCUUCCGGGUUAUUGCUGAAAAUCAGUAUGGCAAAGGUGAGCCAUUUGAAAUGAUGGAACCUAUUAUAGCCACAGAAGAACCUGCACCUCCUAAGCGACUGGAUGUCAUUGAUACUACAUCCUCAACAGCCAGUUUAGUAUGGAUGAAGCCUGAGCAUGAUGGUGGAAGCCGCAUUACUAGAUACAUUGUUGAGACUAGAAAGAAGGGUUCUGAUCACUGGGUUAUAGGUGGUCAAACCAAAUCUUUAAAAAUGGUUCUUGAAGGCUUGGUUGAGAACACAGAAUAUGAGUUCCGUGUUAAGGCUCAGAAUGAUGCUGGCAUUAGUCAGCCACGAGAUGCCCUAGCCUCUGUCAUUAUAAAGGAGCCACGUAUAGAGCCAACAGCGGAUCUCAGUGGCAUAGAUAAACAGCUCAUCACUUGCAAAACUGGAAAUUCCUUUGCAAUUGAUAUUCCAAUCAGUGGCAGACCAGCCCCCAAGGUAACAUGGAAGCUUGAAGAAAUGAAACUUAAAGAAACAGACAGAGUGUCGAUUAAGAUUUCUAAAGACAGAACAACUCUACUGGUUAAGGAUGCCAAGAGAGGCGACAGUGGAAAGUACUAUCUCACACUUGAAAAUGUAGCCGGAUCAAAAACAUUCACUGUCACUGUCAAUGUCAUUGGUAGACCAGUCCCACCAACUGGACCUGUUGAAAUUUCAGGAAUAUCAUCAGAAUCCUGUGUAUUGACUUGGGGAGAACCUGCAGAUGAUGGUGGAACAGACAUAACCAAUUAUAUUGUUGAGAAACGUGAGUCUGGCUCCACAAAAUGGCAGGUUGUGAAUUCAAGUGUGAAACGGACCACCAUCAAAGUAACUCAUCUCACAAAGUACAUGGAGUACACUUUCAGAGUCUGUGCUGAGAACAAGUUUGGUGUUAGCAAGUCUAUUGAAUCUCAAGCUAUUGUUGCUGAGCAUCCAUUCAUCUCACCAAGCCCACCAACUCGCCCAGAUGUAGUUUCAGUGUCUGCUAAUGCAAUUUCUAUCCGCUGGGAUGUGCCAUAUCAUGAUGGUGGAAGCCAAGUAACUGGAUACUGGAUUGAGAAAAAGGAGCGUAAUACCAUUCUGUGGGUGAGGGAGAACAAGAUUCCUUGCCUUGAGUGUCACUACAAGGUCUCUAACCUUAUUGAGGGCCUCGAGUAUCAGUUCAGAGUAUAUGCAAUGAACAUCGCUGGUUUGAGUAAAGCAAGUGAACCAUCAAGACCAGUACUGGCUCUAAAUCCAGUUGAUCCACCUGGCAAACCAGAGGUUUAUGAUGUAACCAAGACAUCAGUGUCUAUUAGAUGGUCUAUACCAUUCAAUGAUGGUGGCAGCAAGAUUGUUGGAUAUGUGGUUGAACGCAAGGCAUUAAGUGAUAAUGAAGAAGCUCGUUGGUUGAAGUGCAACUACACUACAAUCACAGAAAACUUCUUUACUAUUACAUCACUCAGUGAGGGAGAGCAGUAUGAAUUCCGUGUUAUUGCCAGAAAUGGUGCUGGAGUCCACAGCAUGCCAUCUGAAUCAACAGGACUUAUCACAUGCAAAGAUGAAUAUACACCGCCAAAGGCUGAGCUGGAUAGUAAACUUGUGGGUGAGACGAUCACUAUUAGAGCAGAAUCAGACCUGGUUCUUGAUGCUGCUGUUGGUGGAAAACCAGAGCCUAAGGUUUUUUGGGCCAAGGGUGACAGGGAGCUGGAACUCGGAGAGAAAUACUCACUGACAUACACAAGUACAAGAGCGAUGGCAAUCAUUAAGUCAUGUAAUAGAAAUGAUACUGGAAGAUACAUCCUUACCGUGAAGAAUGCAAGUGGAAUCAAAACAGCUGCUGUCAAUGUUAAAGUACUUGAUACACCUGGUCCACCUGAGGGUACAAUAACAAUUAGCAGGGUCACAGAAGAGAAAUGCACAGUUUCCUGGAAGAUGCCAAUGGAGGAUGGUGGAGAUCGUGUCACUCACUAUAUUGUUGAAAGACGUGAGACCAGCAGACUCAACUGGGUCAUCAUGGAAGCUGAAUGCAAGGCUCUGUCUUGUGUCAGCACAAAACUGAUCAAGAACAAUGAGUACAUUUUCCGUGUCAGAGGUGUAAAUAAGUAUGGGCCUGGUGUACCCUUAGAGUCUGAACCAGUGAUUGCAAGAAAUGCUUACACUGUUCCAUCACCUCCGGAAGCACCAGAGAUUACUGCUGUUGGAAAAGAACAUGUCAUUAUUGAGUGGCUGAAGCCAGAGAGUGAUGGCGGAAGUGAAAUCAAAAACUACCUUGUGGAUAAACGUGAGAAGAGUAGUGUUAGAUGGACAAGAGUGAACAAAACCUACACCAUUUAUGAUACACGCCUCAAAAUCACUGGUCUCCUUGAGGGUAGUGAUUAUCAGUUCCGUGUUGCAGCUGUCAAUGCUGCUGGCACCAGUGUUCCAAGUGAUGCAUCUCAGUACGCUCACUGUAAAGACCCAACAUAUACCCCAGCUCCACCAUCAGUUCCUCGUGUUACAGACACCACAAAGCACAGUAUUAGUAUAACAUGGACACGACCAAUGUAUGAUGGUGGAUCCGAUGUCACAGGCUAUGUUGUUGAAAUUCUGGAGGAGGGAACAGAGCAAUGGUAUAGAGCCACACAGAAGAUACUGACAAGUACUCAGUACACAGUAGCUGGUCUGGCAAGUAACAAAAAGUACAGCUUCAGAGUGGCUGCAGUCAAUGCUAUGGGUACUGGAGAGUUCAGUGAAGGCAGUAUUGAGGCUGCACCUUCAGAAAGAGUCGAAAUUCCUGAUAUUGAGCUACCUGACGAACUGAAGAAGACUGUUUGCAUCAGGGCUGGCAACACUUUACGUCUUCAUGUAACUACAACUGGAAGACCUGCACCAGUUGUUGCCUGGAGAAAGCCUGGAAUUGACCUACAAUCCCGUGGAAUCAUAGAUACUACAGAAAACACUACAACUUUAAUAGUUGAGAAGGUUCAUCGUUACGAUGCUGGAAAAUACACAAUUGAGGCAGAAAAUCCAUCUGGCAAGAAAAUAGUUACUAUUCUUGUCAAGGUUUAUGAUACUCCUGGACCAUGUGGUGCAGUAAAUGUUAAAGAUUACACAAAAGAGUCUGUUGUAAUCACAUGGGAUGUGCCUACUGUUGAUGGAGGUGCUCACAUCAACAACUACAUAAUUGAGAAGCGUGAAGCUUCAAUGAAAUCUUACAAAACAGUUACAACAGAAUGCAAGAAGACAUUAUACAGAAUCACUGGACUGGAAGAAGGAACACAGUACUUCUUUAGGGUAUUGCCUGAGAACAUAUAUGGUAUUGGAGAACCUUGUGAAAUUACUGAUCCAGUAUUGGUUUGUGAAGUUCCAUCUGUUCCUCAAGAUCUGUAUGUAAUUGAUACCACAAAAUCUACUGUCAUUCUUGGAUGGGAAAAACCACUUCAUGAUGGUGGCAGCAGACUUUCUGGCUAUGUUAUUGAAGCCUGCAAAACUGAAAGUGACCGCUGGAUGAAUGUCGCUAGUGCAAAACCAUCUGUGCUACAGCACACAAUUGUCUCACUGAAUGAAAAUGAGCAAUAUCUCUUCAGAAUCAGAGCUGAAAAUAGCAGAGGUGUCAGUGAGCCCAGAGAUCUCAUGACACCUGUAACAAUACAGGAACAGAAAGUCAUGCCAAAGAUUGACUUGACUGGCAUCCCACAAAAGAUUGUCAAUGUGCCAGCUGGUAAGCCAAUUGUGCUCAACAUUCCCAUUAAAGGUAGACCUGCACCAGUGUGUUCAUGGUUCUUUGGUGGAGUCAAGAUGAAGGACAAGCUUGACCGCAUCAAGAUUGAGACAACUGCUAAAUUUACUAAGCUGACAGUCCGUGAAACCACAAUUGAUGAUACUGGUGACUACACUCUUGAAGUGAAAAAUGUCACUGGAACAGCAACUGAGGUCAUCAAAGUUAUCAUUCUUGACAAACCUGGAGUACCUGUUGGGCCUAUGAAAAUUGAUGAGGUUGAUGCCACAUCAGUGACCUGCAGCUGGGAACCACCACUGAAAGAUGGAGGUGCGAAUGUCAGUGGUUACAUUGUUGAGCAGCGGGAUGCGCAUCGACCUGGAUGGAUGCCAGUGUCUGAAUCUGUCACAAGACCCAUGUUCAAAUUUACAAGACUCGCGGAAGGAACUGAAUAUGUAUUCCGUGUUGCUGCAACAAAUCGUUUUGGUAUUGGCGGGUUCUUGCAAUCUGAAGUUGUUGAGUGCAAGAGUGCCAAAACUGUACCUGGAGCACCCAGCACACCUGAAAUACUUGAUAUGUCUCAUGAUGGCAUGACACUUACUUGGUCACCACCCGAGGAUAAUGGUGGUUCUACUAUUGCUGGCUACAUCAUUGAGCGAAAAGAGGCUGGAUCUGACAGAUGGAUUUGUAUAAAUAAGAAUACAGUGACCAUGACAAGAUACAGAGCCACAGGACUUAUAGAGGGUCUUGAAUAUGAAUAUAGAGUUACAGCAAUCAACUCUAGAGGCUCUGGAAAACCAAGUGCAAACUCUAAACCAACUAUUGCAAUGGAUCCUAUCGAGCCCCCUGGUAUUCCACUGAACCCAAGAGUCACAGAUACCACGAGAACAUCAGUUUCACUUGCUUGGUGUCCUCCGGAGGAAGAGGGAGGUGCCGCUAUAACUGGCUAUCUAAUUGAGAUGCAGAAGGUUGACCAGGUUGAAUGGACAAAAUGCAACACAACACCAACAAAGAUUUGUGAAUACACUCUGACACACAUGCCUCAGGGAGCUGAAUACAAGUUCCGUGUGAUGGCAUGUAAUGCUGGUGGAGCUGGAGAACCAGCUGAGAUUCCAGGAGUGGUCAAAGUUACAGAAAUGCUUGAAUAUCCUGAUUUUGAGCUGGAUAAAAUCUACCAGGAAGGCUAUGUUGUCAGACAAGGUGGUGUCAUCAGGCUAUCUGUGCCCAUCAAGGGCAAACCCUUCCCAACAUGCAAGUGGACAAAGGAAGGUCGUGACAAUUCUCACAGAGCUAUGAUUGCAACCAGUGAAGAACGUACUGAGCUUGUGAUUAAGGAAGCCCACAGAGACGACACUGGCACCUAUGACCUUGUGUUGGAAAACAAAUGUGGAAAGAAGGCUGUCUAUAUUAAGGUUAAAGUUAUUGGGCGCCCAGAUCCACCUGAGGGUCCUCUUGAAUUUGAUGAUAUUCAGGCACGUUCAGUCAGAGUGAGCUGGAGACCACCCUCAGAUGAUGGAGGCUCUGAUAUCUUUGGUUACAUUGUGGAGAGGCGAGAGGUGCCUAAAGCAGCUUGGUAUACUGUUGACUCACGUGUGGUCGAUACAUCCCUUGUGGUCAAGGGACUGAAGGAAAAUGUUGAAUAUCACUUCAAGGUUACAGCAGAGAACCAAUUUGGCAUAAGCAAAUCCCUGAAAUCUGACGAAUCUGUUACACCAAAGACUCCUCUUUGUCCACCAGAACCUCCUAGUUUCCCUCCAGAAAUCAUGGAUGUUACAAAGACCACGGUUGGCCUAUCCUGGUCAAGGCCAAAGGAUGAUGGUGGAUCUCGUGUAACUGGAUACUAUGUUGAGAGAAGAGAGGUUUCCACUGAGAAGUGGGUGCGUCAUAACAAGACUCAUAUCACAACGACAAUGUAUACUCUCACUGGUCUCAUCCCUGAUGCAGAGUACCAGUUCCGUGUGAUUGCUCAAAAUGAUGUUGGUCAAAGUGAGCCUGGACCUGUAUCCGAGUCAGUUGUGUGCAAAGAUCCAUUUGAUAAGCCAGGCCAACCCGGUGAGAUUGACAUCAUCUCUAUAACCAAGGACAGCAUAACCAUUCACUGGUUACGUCCUGAAUCUGAUGGUGGAAAAGAGAUCCUUGGGUACUGGAUUGAAUACAGGCAAGCAGGUGAAAGUGCCUGGAAGAAAUGCAACAAAGAGCGUUCAAAGGACAGACAGUUUACCAUGGGAGGACUCAUGGAAGCUACAGAGUACGAGUUCAGAAUGCUUGCUGAAAAUGAAGCUGGACUAAGUAGACCAAGAAGAACAGCAAUGGGCAUUAAAACCAAACUGAGUGUCGGAGAGGCUCCAUGCCUGAAAGAGGAAAUCAAAGAAAUUAGCACUAAACUAGGAGAAUCUGGAACAAUGGCAUGCCAAAUUAUUGGAAGACCUCUUCCUGAAAUCAAAUGGUAUAGAUAUGGAAAGGAGUUGAUCCAGAGCCGAAAGUACAAGAUGAGCUCUGAUGGACGAAAUCACUCUCUAACAGUAUUCACAGAUGAGCAAGAAGAUGAAGGCUUGUACACAUGCAGAGCUAUCAAUGAGGCAGGUGAAAUUGAGACCAGUGGCAAGCUCCUGUUGCAGGCUGCACCACAAUUCCAUCCUGGAUUCCCAUUGAAGGAGAAAUACUAUGCAGGUUGUGGAAGAAGCCUACGUCUCCAUGUCGUUUACAUUGGUCGCCCUAUUCCACAAAUCAUGUGGUUCUAUGGCAAGAAGCCUCUCAAUCCAUCUGAGAAUGUCAUAAUUGAAAACACAGAAAGUUACACUCACUUAGUUAUCAGAAAUGUCCAGCGUAAGACAAAUGCUGGAAGAUAUAAAGUGCAAAUGAGCAACAAAUUUGGCACAGUGGAUACUGUUCUUCGUGUUGAAAUCCAAGAUAAACCUGUAAUACCUGAAGGACCAAUUGUUGUUGAUGCUCUCUUGAAGAGUUCUGUGAUCAUUAGCUGGAAACCACCCAAGGAUGAUGGUGGAUCAAUGAUCACGAAUUACAUUGUAGAGAAAAGUGAAGCAAAAGAGGGUGAACAAUGGCAUCUUGUGUCAUCAGCUAUCUCAGGAACCACAUGCCGUGUUCCAAACCUUAUUGAGAGUGCUGGAUAUUACUUCCGGGUUUCUGCACAGAAUCAGUAUGGAAUAAGUGAACCUCUUGAGAUUCCAUCUGUUGUCAUUAUCAAGAGUCCAUUUGAGAAACCUGGAGUCCCGCAAAAGCCAUUUGUUUCUUCUGUAACAAAGGAUUCAUGUGUUGUUUCUUGGAAAGCACCAUCCAGUGAUGGAGGUGCCAAAAUUAAGAACUAUUACCUUGAAAAAAGAGAGAAAAAACAGAACAAAUGGAUUGCAGUUACUACAGAAGAAAUCCAUGAGACAUCUUACACUGUUAAAGGCCUUCUUGAAGGUUUUGAAUAUGAAUUCCGUGUCAAAUGUGAAAAUAUUGGUGGAGAGAGUGACUGGAGUGAGAUUUCAGAACCAGUCAUUCCAAAAUCAGAUACAGCUCUCCGUGCCCCAUUCUUCAAGGAAGAAUUGAGAGACAUGUGUGUCAAAUACAGGGCAACUGCAACAUUUGUCACAAAGGUUAUCGGACAUCCCAAGCCAGUGGUUAAAUGGUACAAGAACGGCAAAGAAAUUUUACCUGAUGGAGAGAAAACAAAGGUCCAAGAAUUCAAGGGAGGUUACUUCCAAAUUGUUAUCAGCAAUGCUGAUGAGAAUGAUGCAGCUGUUUACCAAAUUAGAGCUACUAAUCAGCUUGGAUCAAUCUCAAAAAGUAUGAACCUGGAGGUUGAGGUUCCUGCCAAGAUUCACUUGCCAUUACAUCUCCAAGGCAUGGGAGCUGUUCAUGCCAUUCGUGGUGAAGUGGUUACCAUCAAGAUUCCCAUUAGUGGCAAACCUGAUCCUGUUGUGACUUGGCAAAAGGGACAAGAGAUGAUUAAUAAUACAGCUUACCAUCAAGUAAUUAUCACAAGAUCUUUCACCUCCCUGGUGUUCCUAAAGGGAGUACAAAGGAAGGAUUCUGGCUACUACAUCAUUUGUGCCAAAAAUCGAUUUGGUGUGGAUAAACAGACAGUUGAACUUGCUGUUGCUGAUGUCCCUGAUCCACCAAAAGAUGUUAAAGUCAGUGAUAUUGGCAGAGAUACACUCACCCUCACUUGGAGUCCUGGAAAUGAUGGUGGAAGUGAAAUUAUCAAUUACAUUAUAGAAAAGUGCCCUACCACUGGAGACAGAUGGAUUCGUGUUGCUCAGACAUCUGAGACCGAAUACACCGUGAUGAGUCUCUUUGGCAAAACAAAAUGCCAGUUCCGUGUGAUUGCAGAAAACCAUUUCGGCUUGAGUGGUCCAUCUGUGCCAACUGAUCCUGUGACAACAAAAGAAGACAAGUUAGCAAUUCGAAACUAUGAUGAGGAAGUGGAUGAAACAAGAGAGAUUACAAAGGAGGAGGCACCACAUUCAAAAGUUAAACUUUUGCCAUCUCUGUACACAGUCUCUGAGGAACUUGCACGAAAUGGACAGUUUGGAAUUGUACAUCGCUGUGUGGAAAUUAGCUCCAAGAAGACAUUCUUGGCAAAAUCCAUCAAAGUUAAAGGUGCUGAUCGAGAACUGGUUGCAAGAGAAAUUGAGACACUCAAUAUUGCAAGACAUAAAAACAUUGUUUAUCUUCAUGAAUCCUUUGAUAGCCUGGAAGAAUACGUCCUUAUCUAUGAAUUCAUAUCUGGUAUGGACAUCUUUGAGCGUCUUGGUACUAACUUUGACCUCACAGAGCAAGAAAUUGUUCGGUAUAUGAGACAAGUGUGUGGAGCCCUUAAGUUCUUGCACAGUCACAACUACUGUCAUUUUGAUAUCAGACCUGAUAACAUUGUUUAUUCUACUAGGAAGAGCAAUACAAUCAAGAUCAUUGAUAUGGGUCAAGCAAGGUUGCUUACACCUGGAGAAAACAUCAGGAUUCAGUUUACUGCCCCUGAGUACUGUGCACCUGAAAUCCACAACAGUGAUUUUGUCACCACUGCCACUGACAUGUGGUCUGUAGGUGUUCUUGCAUAUGUCCUCCUUAGUGGACUUAAUCCAUUUGCUGCUGAAUCACACCAGAAAAUGGUUGAGCACAUUUCAAGUGCAGAGUAUGUGUUUGACAGUGAAGCCUUUAAAGAGACCAGCCUUGAAGGUAUGGACUUUGUCGACAGACUGUUGACUAAAGACCGCAAGCUACGUAUGACUGCCUCUGAAGCUUUGGAGCACCCUUGGCUCAAGAUGAAAUUGGAAUAUGUUAGUUCAAAGGUCAUCAAGACUUUGAGACACAGAAGAUACUACCAAUCACUGGUGAAAAAGGAAUGGAGCACUGUUAUUUCAGCAGCACGUGUUGCCUAUGGUGGUGGCUACAGAAACCAGAGAAAUGUUUCCAUUGGCAGAGUGAAAGUUGGACAUCCUGAACAAGGCUUGAGAGCGGGUCCUGUCAUGCAUUGCUCUGCUGAAGAGGGAGGACAUAUCAGGUUUGUGUGCUGCAUUGAGAACUACAACAGAAACACCGAAGUGACCUGGUACUUUGGUUCCCGCAAACUGACUGCAAGCCACAAAUAUGAAAUCAGUUAUGCUAAUGGAGUUGCUAGCAUCUAUGUUAAAGACAUUGAAGAAUGUGACGAUGGAUUUUAUAGAUGCAAGGUUGUCUGUGAAGAUAGGGAGGAUAGUGCAUAUGCUGAGUUGUUUGUUGAGACAGUUAGGUCCUACCGAGAAUACUAUCUGGGACGCUCGCUCAAGAAACCAAGGCGUAGAAUUGACAAAACAAAAAUUUUGCAGAGGCCUCCAGAGUUUACUUUGCCAUUGUACAACCGUGCAGCAUACAUUGGUGAAGAUGUGCGCUUUGGUGUAACAAUUACAGUCCAUCCAGAGCCAAGUGUAACAUGGUUAAAGGCCGGGCACAGGAUCAAACCAGAUCCUACAAAAUACACAUUCACAAGUGACAAGGGUCUUUAUCAACUCAUGAUACACGAUGUUGAUCUCAGUGAUGAUGCUGAAUACACUGUUGUAGCAAACAACAAGUUUGGUGAGGACAGUUGCAAGGCCCGUCUCACUGUAACACCACAUGUUGUUGCUGAGGACAAUAUGAGACCAAUGUUCAAACGUCUCUUAGCUAAUAUUGAGUGUGUUGAGGGUCAAAGCGUCCGCUUUGACUUAAGAGUAUCAGGAACCCCUGCUCCAACUCUGAAAUGGGAGAAAAAUGGGAAACCUCUUGAGUUCAGACCACAAGUUGAAGUCAUUCAAGAGGAUGUAGAACAUCAUGUUCUACAUAUCAGAGAAACCCUCAUAGAGGAUUCAGGCACAUACAGAGUCACUGCAACAAAUACAGCUGGAUCAGCAAGUUGUCAAGCUUCUCUCAAAGUUGAACGCCUAACAUACACAAGGAGGGAGUUCAAGAGUGAGGAAGAGAGGCAGACGUAUGUAAGGAACCAAAUAGAAAAGACACUGAAAAUAGCACAACAGUUCUCAACAGCAGAGGUUGUUACACUUAACCCUGUAGCACAGGAAGCUUUGAAGGAAGCUGCUGAAUUAUAUAAACCUGCAUUCAGCACCAAAAAUGUGCAGGGUGAGUUUGACAUCUCUGUUAAAGAGGAUCAAGAACUAAAGAAAAUAAAAGAGGAAGAGAAGAAGAUACGUAUGCCUUAUGAAAUCCCUGAAGCUCGUGCAUAUGAUCCAACUGUUCUCAGUGAAGAUAAGUUGAUCAAACACUUUGUGCCCCUAUCUGACAUGAAAUGGUACAAGAAACUACGUGACCAGUAUGAGAUUCCUGAGAGAAUGGAAAGAAUUGUCCAGAAGAGACAGAGGCGUAUUCGUCUUUCCAGAUGGGAGCAAUUUUAUGUCAUGCCACUGCCUAGAAUAACUGACCAGUACAGACCAAAGUGGCGCAUUCCUAAACUUACACUAGAUGAUUUAGAAACUGUUCGACCAGCAAGAAGAUCACCAUCCCCUGAGUCAGAGGCAUCAUUCAGACUGAGAAGACGCUCACUAGGAGAUCUUUCAGAUGAGGAGCUCCUCGAGGGUGAGGACUAUCUGACAAUGAAGAGAACUGAAAAAGAAAGGCAAGAGCUUGAAGAAGAACUUGAACUUGGCUUCUCUGCCUCCCCACCCAGUGGAAGCCCCGUCCGCUUUGAGCUGUCUGCACUGCAUCAUGCUUCAUCCAGACCUGUUCACAAAGCUGAAGUGAGACGCGUAGAGACAAAACAUGUAACAACAACUGAGCAAGCUCGGGGCUCUCCUCCUCCCAUUUCAUAUUUCAUGAGGAGGAGGAGAUCAUUGUCUCCAACAUAUAUUGAACUGAUGCGUCCUGUCUCUGAACUCAUCAGACAACCUCGUGCCCGCAUCUCAACAGAGGCUGAAGUUGAAAUUAUUGAAAGAAGAUCACCCACCCCUGAGAGGACACGUCCUCGAUCACCAAGUCCUGUGUCAACUGAGAGAAGAUCUUCCAGAUCCUCCUCUAGAUUUGAAAGGUCUGCAAGAUUUGACAUCAUGUCUAGAUAUGAAGCAAGAAAAGCAGCUCUCAAAUCUGAGCGCAAGUACCAGGUUGUGACACAACAGCCCUUCAGUCUUGACCAUACUCCACGUAUCACAGUAAGAAUGCGUUCUCACCGUGUUCCAUGUGGACAAAACACUAAAUUCACAUUGAAUGUUCAAUCAAAGCCAGAUGCUGAUAUCCAGUGGUUCCAUAAUGGACAACAAAUACAAGAGAGCAGCAAAUACCAGUUCACAAAUAUGAGUGGAGUCCUGUCUCUUCAGAUUAAUGACUGUCAGGAAGAGGACAGUGGCACAUACCGUGUCGUCUGCACAAAUUCAAAGGGUGAGGCAUCAGACUAUGGAACUCUUGAUGUUUCAGGUGGAGCAUUUACUACAUACUCUUCAAGACGUCGAGAUGAAGAGGCUCCAACACCAUUUGUACCUGAUAUAACAAAAACUGAUUGUUAUCAUUCAACAACAAUCAGAGCUUCCUCUGCCUCAAGAACUCACUUGGAGAUCAAAGAAACCAAAACUAAAUUGACAGAGAGAUGUGAAGUUUCUGCCUUUGAAAAGUAUGAAUCGCAGAAGCUUGCAUCAUCUCCAAUUAGAUAUGCAUCCGCCGAAUACCUAUCAUCAGCUUCAUAUUCAUCCUCUGACAGGCAUACAACAUCAAAGAUAAAAGAAUCAGAAACAACAUCUGAAGUUUCAGUAAAGAAAGUGAAAGCUACUCUUUCAGCCAAAAUACUCACAAAACCACAGUCUCUGACUGUAUCUGAGGGUGACUCAGCACGAUUUGUCUGUGAUAUUGAUGGAGAGCCAGCACCAAGUGUCACAUGGAUGCAUGAGGGAAGAACAAUUGUCUCUUCGCACCGUUUCCAUGUGUCUACAACACAAUAUAAGUCUACAUUUGAAAUUUCAUCAGUUGUGUAUUCAGAUGAAGGCAGUUACACUGUAGUUGUAGAAAAUUCAGAAGGAAAGCAAGAGGCAAGGUUUACCUUAACUAUUCAUAAACAAAUAAUUAAAGAGGAAGGUAUACCUACACAAGUGAAGCCACCAGAACCCUCAGUGACAUCUCCAGUGCCAUCAGUUAAAUCUCCAGAGCCAUCAGUUGCAUCUCCAGUGCCAUCAGUAAAGUCUCCAGAGCCCUCUGUGAAAUCCCCAGUGCCAUCAGUAAAGUCCCCAGAGCCCUCUGUGAAAUCACCAGUGCCAUCGGUAAAGUCUCCAGAGCCUUCGGUAAAGUCUCCUGUUCCCUCAGUGAAGUCUCCAGAACCCCAAAUUAAAUCACCAGAACCCACUGGUGUUAAAUCUCCUGAACCUCAAAUUAAAUCUCCAGAGGGUGUCAAAUCCCCAUUGAAAUUGAAGUCACCAGAGCCAGCUGCCUAUCUUCAGAGGGUAAAGUCUCCACCUCCUAUUAAGUCUCCUGAACCAACCACCCCUCAAAGAGUAAAGUCUCCAACAGCUCUGAAGUCUCCUGAGCCUAUAGCUUCACCUCCCAGGGUAAAAUCCCCACCUCCAAUUAAGUCUCCUGAGCCGGUUGCAUCCCCUCUGAGAGUUAAAUCCCCUACAGGACUUAAGUCUCCUGAACCUCAGAGAGCCAAAUCCCCACCAACAGUCAAAUCUCCUGAGCCGAUCAUGUCACCUAAAAGAGUUAAAUCUCCACUUACAGUGAAAUCCCCAACCCCCUCAAAGGAAGCACCACCAAAGAUCAUUCAGCAACUCGAAGCUGAAGCUUAUGAAGACAAAAUUAAGAUGAUCUUUGUUGCAGAGAGCUCAGUAAGAGAAGUUGUGUGGUACAAGGAUAGCAGAAAACUGAGUCAAAGUAGUCGGUUUCAGAUUCAUUCAUCUGCAGAUGGAACUUGCUGUCUCUAUAUAUCUGAUGUUUCACAGAGUGACCAAGGGGAAUACUCCUGUGAUAUCAUAAGUGAAGGAGGAGCAGUGUCAAGAACAUCAUUCUCUUUUGUUGGUCAAGUGUUCCAAGCAAUCUACACAAAAGUAAAUGCAUUCGUGGCUACACAAAUGGCAGUUCAAGAAUCCAUGUCAUCCCAAAUACGUGGGGGAAGCGAAAUGAUUCUUAAAAGGGACAGUGCAGCUGUUAGCAGUAUGCAUGAAAGCUUUUCUUCUAAAUCCAUCCAAAUGGAGAGCACAAUCCAAGAGGCAUCCUUCAGCAGUUCUUCAAUGGCUGAGAUGAAAUUUGAAACUAUGUCAAUGUCUAGCAUGUCCUCUAUGACAUCGGAGUCAGUAUAUGCAAUGAGCUCAAGUAGUAUAAUGUCAAGUCAUUCACAUGUUGAAGAAUCUUCAGUUAGAGCAGCCCUCCACAGUGCUCAAGGCUUAGCUCCAAGAAUUGAAGCUCUUCCUGAAGAUAUCAGCAUCGAAACUGGAAAGGUUCUAACAGUGGCCUGUGCUUUCUCUGGAGAGCCAGCACCUCGUAUUGAGUGGUCACGUGGUGGAAAGAAACUGCCUGGCGAGGAAGAAAGCAGUAGGUUCCAUAUCGAGACAACAGAGGACCUAACCACACUCAUCAUCACUGGUGUGAAAGAGAGUGAUGCUGGGACAUACACACUCAAACUGUCCAAUGAGCAUGGAUCUGACAUGGCAACUGUUACCAUCAGCAUUCGAUCAAAGUAAAGCCAUAAUUUCUACCCCCACCCCUUCCUUUAUUAAGCAACUUUUGUAUUUAUUAAAUGAGGGGAGAAAAAGUCUUGAUAAAUACCUGGAUAUCUGUUCCUGUAAAUAUAAACUAUUUUUAUACCAAACUUGACAUUAAUUUAUGCCAAUCUAGACUAAAGUCUAAAGUUAUUAUAAAAUAUGCCAUAUUGGAUAAUUAUGACUUAGGAUUUUGAUCCAUUUUUCUGUGACAUGUACAUAAUGUAUAUAGCCGAAUUUAACGGUUAUGGAAAAUGUAUGAAUUGUUAUUUAUAACAAUAUUAACUGAAACAAAUGGAACUAAAUGUUUAUCAGGAGAAAGUUUCACAUGGAACGAAUACCUUGAUAAACCUGAAACUAAACUCUGUGCCUCAACAAUAAGUUGAAGUCUUAAGAUUGCCUCAACAGGUAGAGAAGGCUCCCUGUUGACGUUAACACUAAAUCUAAGAGACUAAGUUAUACCUGCAUGUUUACACAUGCAGUGAUAUUAUAAGCAUACUCUUAUGCAUUGUUACUUGAACAUAAGGCCUUGAGUGCUGUUUGCAUGUUACCCUCAUGUAAGCAGGGCGACUAGGCCUUGUGUUUAGACUGACUAUGUCAUACCACCAUUUUAAUGACAAGCUCAAGGUGCGAGCGGCCUGCACUUUAUGAGCAAAAAUGUUUAAUGUGCUCUGUUUCUGGCAAGGGACUGCUUGAAUACACUUUCAAAAUGAACAUCUCCUGGCCAAUAAGGAAAGUAUAUCUUGUACUUCCUUGCAGAAGCAGAGCCUCCUCUUGGAGGAUUGCUUUGAAGCAUUGUGUGUUUGUGUGUUAGCUUUAGAAUUCACCUUGUCAGUUGUUGGGCAAACAUCAAGAAAGUGUGCCACAGCAACUCCACCUGCUGUGCAAUGGGAAAGAAAUGGUUUAGUAUCUAAAUGCCCUGCACUUUGGUUUGAUUUUAUGUAGAAUUGUAGUAUUAUCUAUAUAUGCAACCUCCUUGAGUAUUAAUGAUUCAAUAAAGCAUGUUCUCAGCACUAAA